AUCCACUCUUUGUUUAUAAAGACAACACGUCAACUUCGCCGUCAGCUGUUUUCCGAUAAACAACGACGGAAUAGUGUGAAUGUCCAGCCGGGAGUUUGAUUUCCACAUCCACCGGAGCGACUCUUAACUUCAGCCGAGUUUACUUGGGCAUUUUCUGGAGACUUCAUGGUACGUCCGCUCGUUUUCAAGAUCUGUGUGUACAUAACAGUUAGCUCUUUUAAAGACGAUUAUAUCCCAUCAAAAGACUCGUAUUUCUAACUGAGUGUGUCAAAAUAUUGAAAAUAACCCUUUUUGGUCAACCUAACUGUCAGUGAAUCCAGCUGAACACAUCUGCCUGAAGCCUAAAGCCGUUGACAGGCAACUUUCCUUCCUCCUCUCCUUUUGCUUGAAGCUUGGGGCUUUUAUCCUAUCCGUCCUCAAAGUCGAUAUACUGUUCGUUUCGAUGCUGUUCUGAGCCACUUUUUUUUCUGAAGAGAAGUGCAUAUAACCAGGUAUUAGAGAGGCAUCCCCGCUGAUAGCGAACCGCACGACGGUGUAGGUUCUGCUCUCAGUUUCUGGUUUCAUCUCCGGCGCUCCUCAGGGAUGACAGGCACCGAGUCACUGACGUUUGUUAUUUUACUCAAUAUUUACAACUUUACUGGACUCAACAUGUCUGUAUGGCUGUGGAAUUUCUCUGCACUUGAGUUGAUUUGUUGCGCUAGUGAAAACCACUUUUAUCAGUUCGUGUUACUUUGAUGGAGUGUAGUUGAAUUUACCUAACGCUUGCACCAGAAGAUCAACACUGAAACCUUAGAUCAUGGAUGCAUCUUGGAGGAAUUUCUAUCACAUCUGAUAAACAGCCUUUAUUCAUAAAGAAUCAUGCCAAUGCUAUAUUGUUAUCCAUACUGUUUUGUAUACAGAGGUAAAGGGAAUAGAUAUGUUUCUAAAUAUUAAUUGAUUAUAACAAAGUACCCUUCUCAAAUUGUCAGAGCUUAAGCCUGACAAGUUGCUUGAUGAUUUUUGUGCAAACGUUUUUGAAAUAGUCAAUGAUAAACAAAAAAAUCUGCUUCACAGUACCAGCAUAAUCAAUGUUUGAGCUGUAGUGACAAUAAAUUUGCACUUUAAAGGAGUAUUUUCUUGUGCAAAUAACUUCAUUUGGGGGUAUUAAAUGCUAUUUCUCAUUGUCAGUCAAGAUUUAUGUAAAUUAACACUUUUUCAGCUAUGAUGCUCCUCUUAGUGUGAUGCAAAUAGUGCCAGGGGAAUGAUGAACUGUUGACUUUGAGCUUGUUAUGCAGGUCAAAUUCAGUGAUUAUAUCUUGAAACUGUUGUGCACAAGUAGUUUUCCUAUAUGUAGGAUAUUUAGGAGAUACAAGACACAAUGAUACAUCUGUGACACACCUGACUGAACCAUGGAAAGUUUGUUACUAAGAGACCAGCAGUCCUCAUUCAAAAAUAUUUAAGAUUCAAUGACAAGCAAUAAAAAUGGAAGCAGAAAAUGUUUUUGUUUCAAAAGCCACUUGAUACAAAUAUUGAACUUUUAGUGUCUCAUUUAGUAAAGUGGUCUGAAAUUAAGAGGAAUUAGGUCCUGCACUCAGUCCAGGGUAUGUGUAUUGUAUUAAAAACAUUGUGUGUCAUAUAUGUGUACAGGUUAUAUAAAAAUGAGGCAGGAUACUGUAGUCAGUCAUUAUGGGAUGGAAGGAAAAGGUGGUUUGGUGUUUCUCUAGUCCUCAGCCUGCAUACAAUCACACUGAAAGAGGAGAAGAGCUCAUUUGUGAUCAUUCACCAGGUCAUAUGACCACAUGAACGCCUUAAUGACUUAUAAAUAAAACCAAUGUCAAAUAAAUAGUAUCCAAUCAUGUAACGCAAGAUGCUGUGUGGAAAACAGACACUGGCUCCGCCCUCUGAGCUGCUGCUCUCUUCACAUUAUGGCUUUAUGAUUAGAGGAACAUAAGCACCUCUGGGCAUAACGACACUCAACUCCAGCGUAUGUAUGCACAUAUGAUGAAAAUUGAUACAAGCCAGGCCUUUAACAUUGAAGCUGCCACAAGUAUGCAACUUGGUUUGGGUUAUGUGCUGGACGCUCUGUCUGGGGUCUGCAUGUCCUGAUGUUCUUUCCAGAUCUUCUUUGGGUGAAAUAGUUGCUCGGCUUAGACGGUCAGGGUUGAAGAGAAGUCACAUGAGGUGAUUUGAGUUGUUGCCGCAACAAAGCUGGCACCAUGGCACAGAGCUAUUGGAAUAAAACCUGAACACUCAACACAAAAUAAAUGGGGAAAGUUCUGCUGUCUCAAAAUGAAAAAAAAAAAAAAAAAGACUGCUGUAUACACCAAAGAAGUGCACCUCUUUCUUUAAAUUUUGAACUUUCCUUUGACUUGCUCUUUGCCUCAUGGAAGGAAUUGCCAUGCAGUAAACCUGCAUUUGCUUGUGAGGAGAUAAGGGUCAAGGAGGGAAAUAAAUCAAACAGAGGGUACCGGCACUCCUGGACUUGCUGAAAGUGUAAUAUUUGUCAUGAUCUUCCAAAAUGACUCCCCAGCCCUGCACUGAAAGGCCCCUUUGUCCUUUGAAAGAAGCUUGCACUGCAGAGUGAUGCACCUCAGUACUUUGUGCAUCACUUCCCACGUAACCUUUGUAGUUCACCACUGUCAAGAUAGGUGCACAGCUGCUUUUUUACUUCAUGGUUCUGUACUUGUCACAUAUGCAACUUUUUAAACCACGGGCAAGAGCAAUUCCUGUCACAGCACCUUUACCACAUGAGGCAGGGUUACAAACUUGUUUUCUGAAAGCCACAGAUAUCUCUCAAACAUCUAGUGAGCCUAAGUUUAUCUGUAGACCACAUCUUUCUAAAAUUAUUUUGGUUGCAGCUGCAAAACAAGCAACAUGACAUUUAGAAUUUAGCAAAGCCAAAAACAUACUGUUGCAAAACCAUUCUCCAGAAUAAAUAGGUACAAAUUUAUCUUGCACUGAUCCACUUUUUAUGGCAUUGAAUUAAACCCUUAACUAAAGCCUUGAUUAUGAAAAGGAAAAGCAUUUCUUUUGUGUGUUUACAUCUUCCAAAUUGAGCAUAAUCAGCAUCCACAGCCUCCUUUCAGUGAUAGCCACAGCUCUGCGUUUUGUGGCAAUGGCAAUAUUUCCUGUCUAGUGUCUUUUUAGCUUUUAAGUCAAGGCCAGGAAAAACAUAAAAAAAUCAAAUAUUGGCAUUGAUAUUAGUAAUAACAGCAAUGCCAUAGGACAAAAAGCAGCUCUUUAAAUGCCUAUUUUUCAGCUGUAGUAAAGAGUCAGAUGUCCUUUUACUGAACUGAACUAUUAGAACUGUUACUCUCACUCUCAUUAAUCCUCUUAUAUGUAUAAAUGUUUAAGAGUAGUUUCUGCAUCUUUCUCAUUUUUUCAGAAGAGUUAGGACAGUUUUUGACAUGAGUUGUUGAAACAGCAUCUAGGUGUCGAUCUUCCCAGGUGGGGUUUUCCCAUGGUGGCUGCUGACUGACAUCUGGAGGGUUUUGUUGCUAGGAGACAGACUGGCAGUUUCUGUGGUGUGCGACUAACUGCUGCUUGUCACAUCCAACAGAAGUCAACGGAUAUUUUACCGCAAUGAAAAAGCUCAACUAGCCUGAGUUAUCUUCCGAAGCUGUAUGAUCUUUCACAAUAUUUAACUUCAGGGAGGAGACAUCACGCUGCUUGAACCACCCCACAAAAGCUGUAGUUGGUUGUCUUGCAAACAGAUUGAUUGAUUGAUUGAUCUUCAUUUCAACACCUGCUGAGUCAUCUGCAGCCCUGGCUUGCUCAAGCUUGUGUUCAUCCCACUUUAAAGGAAUAAGUCUAGUGUAAGCUGACUGUCUUUCAGUGCUCCAGUUGUGGUGGUUGAAAUAAGCAGGGGUUGAAAACUUAUAGCAUUGAGAAUUUUGCAAUCACAGAACUUACAUUGGUUUGAGUCAGGAAAUAAAUCAACAUACAUAUUGCAUGCUCCAACUUGACUGCUCAUAUUCUGACCAAUAUUCGACCAAAAUAAGCAGUGAUGCAUCUCUAUGUUAUACAAUAGUAAACGAGACCAUGGUUGACUAUAUGAAUCAUUUCUGUUUUGUAGCUUUUAAUGCCAGUAACUGCUGUGAUGGGGUAGGCAUGCUGAAGCAACAUCUUAAGUUACAUGUUUUGAAGCAAAUGUUCACAGUAAGUGAUAAAUCUCCCCUUAAAAUGAAAACAGGAGAAUAGUUUUGGGAGCUUUAAGAAAGCAUUCUUUAAGUAGGACUGUGGGAUAUUGGGAAAACCUGACUCUGGAAUGUUCUCAUUUGAUUUCAGUUGUUAGUUCACUAAAAUAUUGAACUUAUUUUAGAUAAGAGCAAAUAAAUGUCAUUUUAAACACACCAGAUUUACAGGCUAUAGGGAAAGUAUUGAAUUUGCUUUACAUUUUUCAUUGCAGUACCAAUGAUGUGAAAGUAUUUUUUUUUUCAUGUAUUCUGUUGCAUUUUGACUUCUGUGUGAAUUGUAAAUUCACAGGCUGUAAUGUCAUUAAUAUGGCAAUAUUAUUUGCAGCCCUAUUAUUGAGUAACUUCCACACUGCCUAUUCAGGUAAAUCAGUGCACAAUCCAGCUGUUAAAUAUAUACUUUAAUUUCAGCUCAAAAAUGGACUAAUGCGCAUUGUUUUUUGUAAAACUCUCCUAAAACAUUUGUUAUCAGUAGAGCGUUCUUGCAGAUAUUCAUUUUUGGCAACAGUAAAGUUUAAUUAGUUAUUAACUUUAUUGAGUAAAUUCAGAUGUCAUUUAAAGUUCAAACAUUGAACCGUCAUUAUUUUUUAAUCCUUUUUCUAAAUGCUCAAAUUGGAAGAGUUGGACAAUUGGAGUGUAUCAUGGUACAUAGACUUAUGGUUCCAUCAUGGUGGUCAGUGUUUGAGGUUAGAUUAAUAAAGUUAAAGCUUCAGAAGAGGUCAUGCUGAUUAGUAUGGUGGUACUAAGCUGCUUACUCAAGACCCCACUGGAGCAUUCUUAGUUUCCUGACGCUCUCAAUUAAAGUCUGUGAAUAACCUGUGGCAUGUUCCAAAGUGUUUCACACCCAGAGAGUCACUCAGCCGCCCCUUACUCCUCACACACUCUGUCUGGCCAUGAGCACUGGAAGGUGUUUGCGGCAGGGCCCUUUGAAGCAUGCAUGACCCCUAAUUAACCCUUCUAGAUUAAUCCCCUUCCCUCCAAACCGCUGCUUCUCUUGUCUCAUCUCAUCACUCCCACAGGGUUUAUUAAGCUGAGGCCAGUUCCCUGCUGUUUGUUCGUGCUCUGUUCAACCUGCUUCUUCUGGAUGACUUUCUCUACUUUUGUUCAUUUUGCAGCUGGGACUUGGAGCUGACUUCCUGAAUACUGCGUCAUAAAGAGGGACACCUUCAAAAAAAAAAAGCAGGAGAAAGGCCUGUUUUCCAUUUUUCCUCAUACUGGAAGCUGCAGGAUAAUUACAAAAUGGCAAGAAGAUCCCCUGUCCCCUUGUUACUGCUUGCAAUAUGCUGCCUUACAUCUGCAGGUAAGUUCGUCUUGUUGCUUGGCAACAUUUUGAAUGAAACAACACUCAGAUGUCAAGAAUUUAACUCUUUUACUUCAGAGUCAAAUCCAAUGCAACACUCCUAUUAGGGUUGACUAGUAUUGACUAUGUAUCAAGCCUUGACUGCUCUUAUGUUUGACAGCCAUAACUUUGCCUAUAGAGUGGGAUUUUCCACUGUUUCUCCCAGCAUGCCUUUCCAGACAGUGCCUGUCAGGUUUGAGACUGAGGGGGAUUUACAUUUAAGAAAGUGCUGACAAGUUCGAUCUCAGAAACACUCAGCAAGCCUGCAUGUAUCUGUCAGUUUGGUAAGAAUGAGACUCAGAUAUUGCCAAAUCCGUCAUUAUUUAUGACUGUAUAACUGAGAAACUCAAAAGAAAGAGUAUGUGUAAACUGCUGUACAGGUGCAUAAAUGCAUGGAUGCAUUUAGGUGUUCAUGUUCAUUAAAAUUAUGCUUUUAAACUUGUUCACAUUUACAGGCAUAUCAGGAGCCAAAUACAUAUUAAACAGCUUUUUUGUUUCGAAACAAUGGUAUAGCAGACAGUCUGAAAAUCACAGAUUAGAGCUACAUCCAUAUGGGGUAAUAUUUUUAAAAACUGAUUUAUCUUCUCAAUUUUCAGGAAAAAUCCAAAGCUGUUUAUGAAUAUAUCUCUGUCUCCAUGAAAAUGUAGAAAUAGUUUGAAAUGUCAAUAUGUCAUACCAGUAUGUGGCAACAAUGUCUGUCAUGUCAAACACUGUAGAGGAAAAUUGCAGACAUGCUUAUUGAGUGUCUUCUUACUUAUUCAGAAAAAUCCAUUUACUGUAUGUGAGGACAGCUUUCGAGAUAUCAGUCAUGUAGGGUGGUGCUACAGCAGAAGGAGGAGGAUCAGAGACAGUAUCUGGUGUUAAAACAUGUUAGUAUUUUGCAAAAGAGAAUUUGAUUUUGUUUAAGAGUUGGAAAUUAAUACUUAUGUUUCUUAAAAAAGUAGCGCAUUUUCCAAAGUUUUCUGUAACGUGAACAAUAGCCUACAUUUCCGAAACCAUAACUAUUCUGUUGCUUUGAUUGACCCUGUGUUACCUCACAAAGCCGCUUGACAACUUAUAAAGGUUUGGGGAUAUUUCAGUCCAAAUCCCAUGAAAAACCAGUAUGUUUCAUAUUCUCUCAUAAAGUGGUCCUAUUUUGUUUUGGUCCUGUCUUGACCUGUUUUGAUUAAAAUACAACGUGAAGGCUGAAAUGUAAACUCACACCUAUGCCCUUACCAGGAGGCUACAUAAAUGCCAUUUAAUAAAAUGUACUGCCAAUCAUAGGGUGCUUUCAGUAACUUUUGUUUCCCAAACUGUUGAACUUCACAUUAUUUAUUAAAAAUAAGAGUAAAAGCACCUCUUCAUAUGAGGGAUGUCAUACAUACUCAUGUACUCAUGUGCUUUUUGACAACCACAGUCUCAUUCAGCAAAAAGUCCCCAGUAGACCUGUUAGUUGGCCAGUCAGAUUAUUUAAGUGACUGAUAAUUCUGGUGCCAACCAACAAGGGUGAGGAGGUUUGAAUAUUUUGUUGACUCAACGCACACACCCCUUGUUUCAACUGCCGUAACGAAAGAGAAAAAGUGCAGCUCUCCUUAGUUCGUGGUCAGAUCUGUAAUGGUGUAUGGGGGGGGGGGGGAUCUAGUGACUGGAGGUGGCCAUGAGAUGUAAUCAAAGGAGCUAUUACUGUUGUAAUUGAUGUGAUGACCACAUUCCCUUCAGUACUCAGUGUUGGUUUUCGUCUCUUGGUAACUUAACCAAAAUACUCAUUUAGCUGACCAAAGGCUGACACUCGGCUCUCAAGUUUGAUGAAGAAUCUGUCAACUUGGCAACAAGCUGAACCAAACCACUCUGAGGAUCUAGUGGGCAUUCCUGUCUCUACUUUUCAGAUAGUGAGAUGUCCUGUUGACUGAAACUGGUUUCACAAUGUUUUCCUUUGGCUGUGGACUCACUCCAGCUCAAAUCUGCAACAUCCCUGUUUUGUUUCUCUGUGGUAACACAGGAAUAAUUACCCAGUAGGAGGCAUGCUACAUAUCUGGCUCUCCCAAAAAAAUGUGGUUUGUGUUUUUCAUGCUUGCUGCCUCCCUCUUGCCAACAUAGGUCAUUAUCUAAGAAGUUGUCUGGACGUUCGAACCAUACUCCACAGAGCUGACUUUUACUGAAACAAUAGCAGUGUAGUCAGAAUGUGCUGUGGGUAAAGCAAACAUCAUUUCUCCCACAAUGCCAGGAUCUGCAACACAAUGAAGGCACGUAUGAAGUUUUCCUCUAAAUUCUUCCUCAUACGGCACGAUGCAUUGUUAUACUGUGUCACAAGGGACAGAUAUUUACAGUAAGACGACUGAAUGCCCUUUCCUCUAAAGAGCACUGGCAGAGAGUUGACUAAAUGACUGAGAGCUGAAUCUUCAGAUCUUUCAUUUUUGUAAACAAACCAGAUAUUAACAGAUAAAAUGAACUCCAGUGAGCCAGUUUAUUGAAUAAUAAAAGACAAUCUGCCAUUUCCUUUUGGCCAAAUUCACUUCUUUCUUUUUUUUUUUUUACAAUAACUUCAUGCAUUAAUCUUGAUUAUUUUCCUCCAUUAUCUGUCCACUCCAGAAUCUAUCUCACCUUUUUUCUCAGUUCUAUCAUCUCACAGCAUCUGUGUAAACAGUCACAUCUGCCCUCUAAACUGUUAGGAGAGCUCUUACGUAAUGUUUAGAUUAGUCUGCAAUGAGUCUUCUCUCAGCGUAAUGCAAUCCAGGAUCUGUGCCUCCCAUAACUCUUUAAAGCCAGACUGAGUGCACCUUGACGUCCAUAUUUCAAAUCUCGGCUCCGUUCUUUCGCUCCAGUUUUUUUUUUUUUUUUGCUUUUAAUAACUUUUUUCCUCAAGUAUCCUUACGACCAUUUGUGGUUGACUGUCCUCAGCUUGCCAAACAGUUAUUUUGUAAAGGAUAUGGCAAGCACACCAGGCUGAGUUUGGGUUUGUUAUAAAAUAGAGUCUUGUAGGAGCCGUGCCAGAUAUUAAUUUGGGGCACUUGCCAGAAACAGCUCCUGCAGGAUGCUGGUUUUAGUGGAGGCGCAAUGCCGGCAUGGUGGCUCACUGGAAAGCAAGCCAACAUUAUUGAUUGCAGGAAUACUUUUUCCUCCUUUAAUGGCCUUUCCUGAUUUAACUUUUGGGACAGCUUGAUGAAUGAUGAGUGAUUAAUGUGAAUCUGUCUUAAGCUGUUUAUUACUGGACCACAUAUCUAUGCAAUGGAAUUUUUUUAAUGCAACAAUAAGUGGAAAAGGAAAUUGAAUUGUGCCCUUAGUAAGUCUGCAUGUGUUUAGUUUGAAGGUUUUUAAGAGUGUGAUUUCACAGGAACCUUGAACAGUAUGGAUAAAUAUAUUCUUGUGCCAUUGUAGACUUUCAGCAAUUAGGGAUGGGUGAUAAAUUAUCGUUCAUGAUAUUUCGUCAGAAAAAUCCUCCAUGAUAAAUAUUUGCCAGCUCAUGAUAAAUACGAUAAAUUCGAGUUGAUGACAUAAGCGCGAGCAACAGACUCGCAGCCAUUGCCCAUACUGAGCAGAAUAGCAAACAAACAUGGCCAAAGGUAAUGAAGAAGACAUUUCUGAACUGCGCAUUACUGGACAAGGAUUUCCUUCAAGAUUAGGGCUUAGAUGAAUGCAAUCAGGUAUGCCUGACAUUGGACAGUGAAUCUGCUCACUCUGUUCACUUGGUGCAAUAAGAGUUUUCAACAAAUGUUGAAAGUGUUUUCACAGUAGAGACUUGUUUGAUGUCAUUAGUUUCCUCCAUGACCUACUACUCAAACUUGUGGUUAAGUAUCUUAUUUGAGUACUACAACUGGUGUUCUCAAGACAAAAUGAGGCAAAAAUAUAGAAUUACAUUGGAAUUAUAUUUUUUAUCAGGACUUUAAUCGGUAUCACCAGAAUGGCAAAUCUUAUUGUGAUCUUUUUAGCCCAUAUUGCCCAUCCUGAUCAGUAAUGUGUCAGCUGUCACUUUUCCAUUCAGUCAACCUAUGUAAACUGUCAUAGCAUAUACAUUACUAAAGCCUCACCUUAUUGGUCUACAACCAUAUUAGUACAAUUGUUCAUAUCUGCUUAUACAGAUAAUAGCUUUUCAUCUGUCAUCUUUUGAUAACAAUAUCAAAUCAUAUUAUCAUGCCGGUGGUAUCAUGCAUCCCAAAAAAUAGACAGCUUGAAUGAGAAAGAUGUGACUGCUGUUUUUGCAACAUACUUCAAAUUAGGGCUGUACAGUAUUUAAGAAAACUAAUUCUGAGAUAUUAUUUCUCUCAGCAGUGUCUUGCUGUAUAAACAACUAUAUUUAUUUAUAUUUUUCAGCAAUACUAUAAAAUUAUCAUUCAGAUUUUUAUUUUCUGCUUGUACCACACAAUGUCCAGCCCUCUGACAGCAGCUCUGACACCUGCAUGGAUAGUGUAAACAAGUCCUCAGGUGUGAAUGCAGGAAAGACAGACAUCAAGUUUAUUUUUCAUUUAUCAUAUAUAUUUUUUUGUAUAUGUAACCUUUCGGUGAGCUGUCUGCGGCAUUGUUGGUUAGAGAUUGUUGCACACGCUUUUUGUACAUAAAUCCUGCCAUAAACAAUAUACUAUGGUGAAAUGUCAGAAGGUAUGAUGUUUUUAAAAAGUUUAUACCACCAGCCAAUUUUGUAGCUGGCAAACAACUUCCUUUCUGUCUGUUUUUUUGUAUACAGUUGGCAGACCUAAGUCAUUUCAAAGGCAAAAGUGGUUAUAAUGUUUUCCCCCCGCAGUUUAGCGAAAGGUUCAUCUCUAAAUCCACAAUGCUCUCUUAAAGCCAACAAGAAGGGGGAGUGCCAAAAUGCAUUGUGCAACCGCUGUAAUCUGAGAGGUGGGGUAGCUGGGGGGAGGAGAGAGGCAGGAGCAGGCGUAGGUUGUCUGGUCCAAAAUCGACACACUCCACACACUUACAGCGUGCCAAACCGACAGAGUCCCUUCCAGCAUGCUAAACCAGAUGUUGCCUUGUGAUUCAUGCGAGGAGCCGGAGCAGCACGGCUUGGUGCAGAGGCAGAGUGCUGCUCGGCAGAGUGGUUGGGAUGUUUACAUAGCAACGGGAGUCCCUUGUGUGUGUAAUUACAGGUCUCCUCUCCCCCAUGGUGAGGACUUUAUCUUAACAGUGCUGUCAAGGAGGACAAGGCAGACACUCUGACCAUUAAGGUUACCCCACUAUUACCCAGUUUAAUUAUCAGCAGUGUGGAUAUUAAAUCAGGACUAUCUCUCUGGAUUCACCCGCUAUUCCUCUUUUUGUGUCUCUCACAUACACACACAUUCACGAAUCUGAUCUUUUAGAUAAACUCUGAUCUACGUCCAGAUCCAUGUUGUCUGCCACUAAGGGGACACUUACGCAAAUCUGCAGGAGUAAACCAGAUCCCACCCCCUUCCGACUCACUUCUCUGUAUUUGUCUCUUUCUCUCCAUAGUUCCAGUAAGCAGGCGUGUAAAUAAUUUCAGUCAAAGCCAGUAAUGGAAGACAGCUGCUGGGAUCGUGCAUUUUCCAUUGUAUUUCAGAGCCCCGUGAAAUAGGCCACUGGAGUAAGAGAGAGUAAGAGAGAAUGACUUCAUUGAAGGAAGAGAAAGUAAUUGUGAAAAAUUGGACUCUGUCACUACAGAUAACCUUUAGAGGCAGCAAGAUAAAAGUGUGUUUGCUGUCCCGCUGUACGUGACUGAGCUGUAGUUUCUUCUUUUUUCAGAAACCAGUGUGAGUUUAUCUGGACUUUAGUUGCCUAAUAACUCUGCUGAGGUGCCACAUUUUGUGUGCAUGACUCUUAAUCUCCACCAAAAGUCCUAAUAUGGGAUUGUAGCUGAAGGCUUCCAGGUGGUGUCUUUCAUCAGAGCAGCCCCUCCUGGGGCCUCACCUUCCCCACUCUGUUUCCACCAGAUGAGUCCUGCUGGAAGACCAUGUCCCACUUUUGGAAGAAUCCUUUGGAAAUCAGGAGUGUUUGUCCAGAAAUUGACAGAGGGUCUCUAACUUUACCACGAUUUGGUUUGAAUCAUUAAAAAAAUGCCAGUCAUGUAUUUUGUCCUAGCAGGAGUGUAACAGCCUAUACAACUAGCCAGGGCUGUAACUCUGUCAACUGCCAUAAUGCUAUAUUGAUCAAGUGAAGCGAUGAAAAUAGGCACAGAUGGCAUGUUUUAGCAUAGCAUAGUUUAUCAAUAAUAUUUUGAUUUAGAAAAUAUAGAAUAGAAUUGUUUAGUGUUCAUGUACAAUUAAAUGCAGUGCAACCCUUCAUAGUGCAAAUAAAGUUGUAUGUAAGUUUGAAACCUACUGUUAAUGUUGAAUGGUUUGAAGUUAGUGGAAUCUCUUCUUACUCAUUGCUUAACUGGAUAUUGAAACAGUUGUAUAUCUUCAAUGAAUAUCUGAAUAGUCAUAUUUUUUUCAGGGUCACUGACCAAGCUAUUAUAAGUGGUAGGUUGUGGUGAAAAGGCUGCUGCUGAGGUUGUUGCUGUGAUAAAAUAGCCAAAAGCUGCAUUUAACCACCAUUCAAAGUGCUGUAAUAGGACACAUGAAUAAUAUCUGCAAUAGAAGCCUUUACUGUUGAUAUUUUAAUGGUCACAUUAAAACACAGUUAUUUUUGUUGUCAUUUAGAUGCAUAUCCCCUUUGUUGUACUUUUUGGUUUUCAACCAAAAUUCUAUUCAUAGCUUUAUGGAUUUAUGGCUGUUUCAACAAAUCUUUCAUUCAUCACACUUAUGGUUUGUUAACUGUCCAGUUAAGAGGCCCUCUCUCUGGCCUUUUCAACAUGUCAAUACUCGAGGCAGCAUGGCAUUUGACAAGUCAUUCUUCUUUUCCUGCCCUCCCGUUCCUGAAGAUGAAAAACCCCAGAGGAAUGCAGCCUCUUCCACUGGUGUGAAAACGUUGUCUGCCUUGGCCUUUCUCACCUCUCUGGCUCCUUCACACUGGGCUCACACACUGGCAUAAAGGCUUGCCAUUGUUUUACUCUUUGCUUUCUGAUGAUGGCGACCUGCUGCUUCUCAAAGACCCCUUUUAUCACAUUUGAGUGAUGAUUUUUUUGUGAAAUAUCACAGGAUCAAAGCCAGCAUUAUGGAGUGGUUUUCCAUUGAUGUUAAGAAUAAAAAAAACAUCAGUGCACUAUUUACUUGGUAAACUGAUUCAACUUUUCCUCAAGCUCCUUUAACCAAAGACCUGCAUGUUGUUUUUUCAAGUUAGGAGUGAUUUCAUCUGUGUGUCAUUUUAGGUAGAUAAGAAGAGAUGUGGAUACAUUUGGCUUUGUGUGAUACCAAACUGUUAUUGGAAUCAAGAUCUUCCAGUUUGUCCAUGCCAUUAGAUUAAAUGUUCAGUAAUGAGUAACAUAUGUGCUGUUUGUGAAGGCUUUGCAACAUAUUUUUAAACUAUAUUACAUUCUGUGGGAUCUUAUAAAUCCAUGGCUUCAAAUUAGACCUCAGCUUGUCUGAUAUAUUACCUUUCCAUCAGUGCUGGAUGAUGAUAUUAAAAUCUCUUCAUUGAGGAUUUCUGACUCAAGCUCAAAUUCAAUGAGGCUGAUAUCAAGUAGAACAACAGAGCAGACCUGAGGCCACACCUCUGUGUAUCCCGUACUGGGUUUGAAUAUUUGUAAAUGUAGAUGAAGGGUGGGCUGUUUCAGAACUCCCACUAUGCAGCUGUCAGAGACCAGUGCUUUGCAGGCAUGUAUGAUUGAUGAGUGAAGUGCCCCUGGAGCAGCAGGACAGACAUUUCUCUCUAUGAUGUUGUUUCACCAGAAAGGGCUCUUGUCCUCCAGUACUUUUAGUGUUGCUUUAAGAACAGGAAUGUGCAGGGUGAGUUGGAGCCUGAUAAAGUCCACUAAUGGUGUCUCAACAAAGUCAUGUGCAGUUUAAACAUCCCAAAAUUGCUAUAAAGUACUUCAAUCAUUUCAAAUUAUUUAGGCACGUUUUACAAACCACCUGCAGGACAUUUUUCAUGCCCUUAAAUUUUUUCUCUCUUUGUAUAACUGGAGGGACCAAAUCUUCAGCUUCUAUUAGUAACAUCACAUUCAAACAGAAAGAGGCAGUAAGAAUUUUUGGCAAAUACCAUGACAGGUGGCAAAAAGUGAAAAUUAGUAUAUAUAGUCGUAGUCUUCAAAACAGAUGCAAUUCAGGACAGUAUAGUACGAUUGGAUCCAAAACGAUACAAUACAAUAUGAUAUGAUAUUAUUGUCCACUUGGGGAAAUCUGUCUUUGGUUCAAGUUCUGCACAUGCUUAACUGCAUCCACAACUUUACCAAUAAAUAAAACAACACGAAUCAAACAAUAUUAAAAACUACCACACCAAGGCCACUACAACCAAUGAGCAGCACAUACAGUGUAAAAGCUAUUUUGAGUAUGACCACUUUGCAUAAAUGAGUCUUGCCAUCAAUUUGAAGAGGACAUAUGUCCUUUUUUUCCUACUAUGUCAUUGCAUUUGGUCUUUUUAUGUAUUUGAUAACAUAACAAAGUGACAAUUAAUUAAUCUUGAAUUGUUCACUCAAGCCAAACACAUCCUAGUUUCACAACAAGGCAGUCCCUGUAAACAAUUCUUCCUCUUUCUCAUCCUUGCUGCCCUUUUGCUUCUUAUACUCUGCAAGCUUUACAAUCUCAACGUUCUCACAUUGGCUAUGAAAUUAUGCUCUAUUACUUGGAUGUAAACAAGCAAAGAUGACAGAUAAAAUCUCAUAGGCAUGGUGUAAUUUAGAUGGUGGUGCUAGCUCUGCUAAUGUCGCUUACGUGAUCCUAUGUUCAACUAUCAAUUUACUGUAUGCUCAAUUUUUCCUUUUUUUUCUUCAAUUUUUGAUCCAGUCAGUUAGACAGAAUUUAUGUUUCCUUUGAAAAAAACUGCAAAUAUGUUGCUUCUCCGUUAUAAACUGUGUAUUUGCUGAGACUUGUUCGUACUACACUCAAAAACAAGACAGUAACAGAAGCAGAUUUAAUCUGUGAAGAAAUCCCUAUAACUCCUUAUUAGAUUACAUAAAGUCAAAUGAAUUGUUUAAAGUCCCACUCCUAUCUUUUUUUUUUUAAACUACUUAAAGUGUUCUCAGUGAUCUUUAAAACAUGAAUAUGAAGUAUUGUGUCAUUUUCAAGGGCUUUUCUUCUGCAGAGCUCCAGUAGCUCAUUAGCAAUUCACCUCUGAGGUGUGGGCAGAGACAGCGAUGCUCUCCACACUCCUCUUCAUGCUUGCUUGUAGCUUAACAUUGCUGGUGUAGUAGAAGUAGCAGGUAACAUAGGAGCUAUUCAGCUCUUAGACACUAAUGUCUUUGGGGACAUGAUGAAAGUUAAUAUUACAAUUAGCUUUCUUACGGGCAUUGCAAUCCGCUAGCACACAUGCUUAUUCCGCGAUUGUUCUCUCUACUCUUCUGAGUGUGGUCUCCACAGCGAGGCUCCAGAGGCGGAGCUUGGAUUUGCUACGUAGGAAACCUCACUGUAUUUGUACCUGCUGUUUGGGUGUGCCAGAGAUUAACAUUGAUUUAUAUGCAGAAAUAUUCAGAAAUGCAAUUUCACACUUAUUUUUCUCAUGAUAUGUCCUGUAGCAUCAGAAAAAUGCCAUAUGAACAUGUAGACAACAAGAAAAACAUGAUUUUCACCGGAGUGGGUCUUUAACUUAUAUCUGAUUAGUGUUCGAGUACCCUCUUUAUGAAGGAUUGCUUACUAGUGUUAAGCUGGUGUAGUGAUAAAUUCUGUCCUUAACCAGUUUAGUUAACUAAAAAAUGAACCACUGUGAUACUUAACAGGUCUUAAACAUUUACUGCUUUGUAGAAACCCCCCUUGUUUCACAAGUGUGCUGACAACUUUUCUGUCCUUUGAUAUUAUAGCUCCAGACAGCACAUGUCAGCACCCAUCAGCAAAGACAUACAGUACAGUGGUAGAACAGCCAGUAAAGUCUUCAGUCAUAUGCACACAUGCUCUUCCAUCUCUCCCAGCUGUCUCACUUUACACAGUGGCUCCUGUGUUCCUCUGGGACUUAGCCCUGUCAUCCAUCUCUUCAAAGCCUUCUGAUUUAUGUCUGCAUUUAGAGGUAGAGAGAAAUGCACCCGUGUCCAUCUCCUCUGCUCCACUGUUGCUUCAUAUGCUUUCAGAAAUUGGUAAAGCAUUUUUUCUCAUUACUGAUGUGAUGGUUUAGCAACAGGUGCUCACUUCCUCUGUCAGGGCUAAUGAAUAAUAACCUGGCUCACGGUCAGUUUUCAAAAAAAAAAAAAAAAGAUAUAUAAAUAUAUAUAGUGUAUAUACAGUAUACUCUAUACAUAAACUCUUUUUUUUUGAGAACUGAUUAAAUCUGUUUUUAACUUGUUUAUUUUUCUCAUAGCAGCAUCCAGCCACAGCUACUCAAUGUAUGUUUGACUGAACAUGAAUCAAGUGCUCUCUGUUAAAACAAGAAAUACCAGCUUUAUGAGCAUGAGGUGAAGAACUCAGGAAACUGAACAUUGUAUUAAACAUGAAAUAACAAGGCAAUUGAUGUAGCAAAUGUACUUUUUUUUUUUUUUGCCAGUCACUGCAUUGCAAAGAAGACGGACUAUUCCUUACACUUCGGCAUGAGGUUGACAUUCGUGGUUUUACUUUAGAUGGAUUUCCAUAAAAUCUGCUUGAGGUAUCCAUGUCUGUUUCAGCGUAAUUUGUAAUGAUUAUCCUGGUAUGUUCAAAUGAAUUCAGUACUUCAGUUUAAGACCAGUGCCUUCAAAACUAAUGACUUUCCCAUCAGUCUCAGCUGUACUGCGGUUGCUGUGUAAGCUAUUAUUUCCUUCAUAGUAAAAGUUUGUAAAUGCUUGCACCGGAAGACUAUACUUAUACGGUAAGCGAACUGAUUUAGCAUUGAGGUCCAGUUGUAAUACAGUGGUCUGAAUGGGUUAAAGCUGUUAGAUUGGGUCAGUUGAGUUGUUGAAUAUAAAAACAAAAAUCAUUGUGAAGAUUUGGUCAGAUUAGGUCAUCUAAUCCAAGUGGACACCACUAGUGUUGAAUCAUGAAGCCAAUCUAGAAGUGUAAAAAACUGCAGUACCUCAGUUGUUCACUAGAGGCUGGCUACCAAAGUAAAGGAAUUACCAGUAUGUCCCAUGUUAAAAUCCUUUUUUAUAGCAAAAUUAAAAGUUCAUUUUAUUAUUGACACAUGCUGUACCCGGGGUUAGAUAUUUUAUAAUGCAUUCAAGGUAAUAUAAAAGGAAAAAAUAAUAUAUAAAUCUGCAUAGUUGGGGGCAAAACCUGAGCUGAUUGAUGGUUGGGCAUGUUGUACCUGUUUGAUAUUAGGCUAUGAGCCCACCUCUCAUACCCUUUUUGAAUGAAAGUCAGGUUGAGUUAACAUGGCGCCUACAAUUAUUGAACUUCAUAUAGUCUCCUCACAAACCAGUGGGUGACGUCACAGAGACUGCCUGUGUUUUAUCAAGUCCAUGAUUUAUAUUGUCUAAACUGACUGUUUGUUAGGUUUUAGCAGUUAUCAUCAUGCCUUCUUUGUUUCCCCUCUCAUAACUUGACUCCUGCAAAUGAAUAAGAUGUAUAGUCACAGGUAUAUUUUUUUUCGUUUGGUAUCUAGAGCCUCAAGUGCUGCUGAAGUUUUUACAUCUACAGGGAUGUUAUUUAUGGUCUGAACACCUGUUAACAUACUUGAGGACAAAAAAAAGGUCUUAGGCUGUAUAUUCAUACAUGCUUCUGCUCCAAAUCACCCACACAGGUAAAAUGCUGGUCCUGACAACAACUUGGGGUCAGUUCCUCAAACACUGUGCCGAUCAACUGUCUUUUAUUUUUCAUUAUAUAUCCAAGAGUUUAUCAAAACAGCAAAGGGUUCUACCACUGUGAAAAAAAUCAACAAUUAUACCAGUAGCAAAAAAAGGCUCCAAAGUGCAUUAAGGAUGUCAGUCCUGUGGUUCUGACCUCUUUGGGUCCAGUUUGGAGUCUGCAGCAAAAUGGUGACUCUCUUCUACAACUGCAUGGUUGAAUCUGCCCUAACAUUUGCUAUCAUAGCCUGGUUUGGUAACAUUUCACUGGGUCUCUCUGACCUUUCAGCAACUUUUUUCAAGAGAGUGGCAUCUAAAGCUCAGGACAUCAGUCAGUGUCCUGAGCAUCCCCUGCAUGCUGAAUUUGCACUCCGUUCCUCUGGUAGGAGAUUCAGAUUACCAACAGGACGAAAAACUUUUUAAAAUGAUCCAGUUUUAAGUAUUUGGUUUUCAUCACUGAUAUCUGAUGGUAUUCAAUGGCAGUUCUUUCCUCCAGUUGCCCCCUGAUGUAUGAUGGUGUUGCAUCUAUGUUUUCUUUGUAACCAGUUUGUGUGUUGAUGUCGUUCAUGUUUUGCGUUUUAUUUCCAGGCUGUAAAGCAAUAUUUCUUCAGGGGACAAUAAAGUGAAAGUUGAAGUAAAGAUUUAUAUAUAAUCCUUUGAAACUCUCUUCUUUUUGCUGUUUUUCUCACUCGUGUGCCAGCUUACAAGAUUACAGAAGAUGAAUCCACCAAUAAAGAUGUUUAAGUGAUAUUCAGUUUUAGGCGGUUUUAUAGGAUUUUUGACUUCAGAUUUCACACUUUGAUGGGGGAGUUUACGACUUCCCUAAUGGAGUUCAGGCUCACCCCUGGGCUCCUCCCCUCAUCCCAUUCCAGCUUCCUCCUCUUAUGCCUCCAGUUUUACAGUCCAGAGAUAAAUCCUUUUCAUAGGCAGGCCAGAGAAGUGAACUUACUCUACCCUUAUGAAAGGCUUUACUCACUUCCUGUAGUAGUGGCUGAAGGUUCAGGGGUGAGUGGGCUGCGCUAAUGUCAACAGUGUACAGCUAGUGAUUCUCCAGUGCAAAGCCCCUUAGGAUAACAAGAGACGGCAGAAUAUUACGCUCUCUAAACUGGGUUGCAUGGUCCAUGGGAAUCAUGCCCUGCAGGAAAAAGGAACGGAGACCAGGGAUUCAUGUAAUCCUGGAGUCCAUAUGGGAACAGGGAUAUCUUAGGUAGGGAGGAGAUAAAGUUUAUUGAACUGGAGAGGCCCCUUCUCAUUGUUUUGUAUUCAUUCUAAUUAAAUUGGUCUUAUUAUAUCUUUGCAUUAUUGGAAAAGUGUAUUCACAAUGUAUUAAGUGUCAUUAUUGUCUUCCUUUGCUGGUUGCUUUUUUUCAUGAAGAGAAUCCUGAAAAGCAUGUGUUGACAUGUGUUAGGUAAUCUACCUUUACUUUGACUUUCUCCUGCAGCUGAGAAACACAAUUAGCGUGCCUGCUGAAGGAUUCUGGGAACUAGAUAUUUGAGGAUGUGUAUGCACACACAGAGGGGAGGGUUCUGUUUGUUUAUCUUUGGAAAUGGCUUUGUGGGAAUAUCAGAUUUGUCCCUAACUGGCACAGAGACUGACAUCACUUCCUGUACCCAACUGUUGGCUCACUGUGGACGGCAACAAAGUGCAUUCUUUGGGAACAGAGGCGUUUAUCACAUACAAGAUGGGAGAGGGCUGUAUUGAUAAAUGCGCUUUUACCAUGCAGAGUCCAGUUAGACCCUUUUAUCUUAAGCUGAUUAUAAACUGAUGCUGAGUAACCUUUUAACCUGCUAAUACAAAAAGUACACUUGCAUAUUUUUAUUAGAAAAUUGUGCUUGAAUUUCACAGGCUUUUACUAUCAUAACGCUCCCCUUCAGCAACUCACUGUUUAUCACUGAAAGGACAGAAGUUGGGGGUCUUGGGAGGAUUCUCAUUGAACAUUAUCCAAGUAAUUACAGGGCUACUUACUUGAUAAUCUUUUUUUUUUUCUCUAAAGAUAAGCAAACAGUCAAAAUUAAGAAUAAGAAUAAGAGGAACCCCGAGGGGAAAUUCACUUAGGCACCGUAAAUGAAACCUGGCUAGACUGAAUCACAGUCAGUGGAUAAAAUAGCUCAAAUGUUUUUUUUUUCAUAUGGCCAACCUUCAGUCCUCCUUGUAGGUUAAUGCCAAAGACUGUGAAAUUCCUGGACAUAGUGUUGUUGAGGUCACCCAUUUUGGCAGCAGUCGCCAUAUUGGUAAUGCUGUCUCAACCAAACAUUUGGUCAAGCUCAUAGACUGUAUAUAAGAUGGACAGAGUCUGCCUCCUCGCUGGGUGAAGCCACUCCGAGAACAGCACCCUCUGAUGGUGGGCUGCAGUACAGGUCAUAAAUCCCGCCUCCGCCAGCAAAGCUUAUGGGACUGUGGACAAACUUUAGAAAUGUAUUACACAGAACAUACAUUUUUCUCCCCCCUGGUUGUGAUGUUGACAUAUAGUUACAGUAAGACUGGUUUGUGCCCAAGUCCUUUUUUUUCUGUACAGCUCCGUUUUUUAAAGUUAUUAGGGGGUUCAUGUUUUCUAUGAUUGACACCUGGUACAGCCAAUGGGCGUUCAGGGAUACCGUAGCUCUUCCGGGGGAAUACGCUGUUUGACCCGAGCGUCAUCACAGGGACUCUCGGCGACUGCGCGGCCGAAUGCGCACAACGCUUCUGCACAGCUCUGGUUUCAAGGAAGCGGAGAAAAACCCGGAAUUACCGAGAGCUUUUUGGCUUCAAAUCCGUAUACAGGCGGAAGGCGGAACCACGGCGUCCAUCUUAUAUACAGUCUACGGUCAAGCUACCAGAGGCGGGCCUUUAGCCUCCUAGCAAAUGGCUUGCAAAUGGCUACUACAGCCCAUAUAUCAUAGUUGGAUCUUGAUUUCUAGAUCAAAUGACUGACAAACACGCCAUGCUUUGAGACACCAGGGGCCUAUUCUACGACGCAAGUUCAACCUAGCGAGGUAGCCUUGGAGCUACCUUGCUUAACUUAGCACGGUAGCCAGCGGUCUCGCUAAACGGUCUCGAAUGCAUGUAAGGCGGAGCCCGCCGCAUCUGACCAAUCGCGAACAUGGACCAGUCUGGAGCGUCAGAGCAGGCCGGAGAGCUCGCGUACUUUACAAACGAGGAGCAGGAGACGAUCAUGAGAAAGUAUAAGGAAUUCAAAUCCAUCAUAAACCUCAAAAGCAACACCGUUGCCGCUGCAAAAGCACGGAAGAAUUGCUGGCAGAAAAUUGCCGACAGUCCCAAUGCGUAAGUAUAGUGCGCAAAAAAUCUUUGAUGCCAUUAUCACCCUGAAAUAGCACUGUUCAACAUGCGCUUUUAACAUGAACCAGACAUGUCUAAUUCAUUUCCAAGAUGAAUUCUUUCAUUUGUUCAUUCCUAUCGUGUUUACAUUUUUUUGUAGGCCAUAUGAGCCUUUCAUAAAGGUGGUCAUCCAGAAAAGUAAGUGGGUCCAUGCAGUCCCUGAAAACUCUUGCGCGCCGGAGUGCUCCUCGGCCAAUGCGAGCACCGAGGUCUAUAGGAUCCUCCAAGAACGGACAAGCCUUUUUUUGAGAGAGCUCAUUGGUCAGUGGGCGGGGUUUUUAUACUCGGUGAGUUCAAUCUGGAACCUAACCUGCCCAGGAGCAGGUUAGCUGUUCAGCGUAUGUUGUCAUGGAGACUCGCCUCGCUAAGAAAUGAACCCGUGUCGUAGGAAACCGCGAACUUACCCUCGAAGUUACCUUGCUAAGCACUAAUCCUGCUUCGUAGAAUAGGCCCCAGCUCUCAUCUGUGCUUGUUUACAUCUAUAGAGUACAGCUAUACAGCACUGUGGCAAGUGGCAGGUGAGUGCAUUACAGCUUGGACAAAACAUAUAACUGGAGAGAUGUGUCAUGACCUCUGGGUAUAUGGGAGUGAAGUUUUCUUGUAAAAAACUUGGUGGUUAAAAUGACUCAGAGUACAAACACAAAACCUCUUGGAGCAUUACAAACUCAUUACAACAUCAUUUUUGACCUGACUCCAGAGUAUCUUUUUUAUUUUUGAGGACAUGCCCAGAUUUCUAUCAAAUCUUUGUAAACCUUGUCUUGUCCAAUUUUUUUUUUUCAGCUUGUGGUUUUGUUUCUUGAAAAUGACCUCUUCAAAAGGAUCAGUUUCCAUGGCAUAUGUCCUUGAAAAGGAUUAUUAUCUGUUGAUCUUUUUUCCCUUUUAAAACAUCAUGUUUUCGGUUUCCACAAAAGCUUGUGGUUAAGUAAAAGGUGUGAAAAUGAAACUAGGGCAUUCAACUACCUUCUUUUCAGUCCUAUCUGAUUAACUGUAGUCAGACAACAGAAACACACAAAUAAGACUCAUUUUAAAAUGAGUAUCUCAUUUUAAUCACAGAGUCCCCCCAAAUUUUCCAAAGUCACUCAUUAAUACUUCACCAUUACAGUGUGAAGUCUUAACUGUGGAAUGAUGGGGUGGUGGUGGGUGGAGAUGACUCUGGGGUGGCAGGACAUGACAUUAAAAUGUGUAUAUCAUGGCAAAUGGUGAAGCAAAAAAGUAAUGUUAUGAAGUUAUAAAGUUUGAACAGAAGGAUAUCAAGACUUAUUUACGCUCUCACCUUCAAAAUGAUUCUCCUUCUGCAUACUUGGAUGUUUUAUUCAUUCUGUUGAGUGUAGCUCCUACAGCUGCAUCAGAUGCGUGCAUCAGAUACCUUUGCACAUUUGUUUGUGGUGAAUUUUACCAAAUAUUUACUGGUGCAUACUCAAAUACUCAUUCUAACUUCACUUAGAAAUUUGUGAGAGUGUUGGCAGGAAUGUCAGGGUGACGUUUGGUUGAAAAAUUUGGCUGUUAGCGUUCACAUGUGCAGCUCAUCCUGAAGUGAUGUUUUUCAAGAGUCUGUGCAUGUGUUCAUACAGCUUUUUGAAUUUUUUUCACAAAAAGUGCAUUUAUUCUCUUUUUUGUUGCUUGCGGUUUUUGAUUCUAUCUACCUGAAUACACAAGAAGUAUAGGAAAUAGUGAAUAAACUUAAACGCCCCUGACUUCUUACCUAUUGAACUCUUACAACAAAAUUCUUUAAUGCUCAUGUACAUGGCUUGACUUUGUGACACAGAUGAUAGCUUUAAUGCAUGCCAUUUUGAAACCUACACCUUUAAUUUUAAUCUACACUGGAGCAAAUAAAAUGUUUCAACACCUUUUAGCUUAAAUGUGGCCUGAGAUAACAGAUUUUCAUGCAGAUUGUUUUAGUUUAAUAAAGUAAAAGAUUUUUAACCCUCUGGACAUGACUGUCUGGUCUACCUGAUCCGUCCUGAAAACCUGACUUGUACUGCGCAUGUGCGAAGUGUACAUCACUUCUUCUCCUCGCAUUUCAAUGCAUUUUACGGCAGUUAGUCGUUACUAUUGCUACCUACCUGAUCCGUACUGCGCAGGUGCAAAUUUAUGUCACCUAAAAAACGUUAUUUAAACUACCGAUUGAUUUUAGAAACCAGCUGGUGAUGUAACAGGCUAGCGAGCAGGAGGCUCCAGGGCCAAUGCCGAGGCAUUUGCCGGAGCUCCUGCCCAGCACAGUGAGACCUUUUGGGCCACAGGGUGCCACCACCCAGUCAAAAUUAUUGUUCUCUGACUUUUCAAAGUAUCAAGGGGGGAUGCUCUGGAGGUGUGUGGCAACCCAUUGUGCACCCUUCCUGGUGCUCUGCUUCAAUCGGCGGAAACACACUGUUGAGGAGAAAAGCAUGUAGCUGGUGAUAAACUGAAGCAUCUCUUCUGGCUGUAGCGAGCUGGCUGAUGCUGAAGCUGUCAAACAAGUGUUGAAGCUGUAGCAAACCGCUAGGGGCAAAGAAUUGCUGAGCUGUCGCAAAGAUGGCUAGUAGAGGAAGUGACGUACAUUUUGUACAUGCGGAGUACAAAUCGGGUAUCCGGGACAGAUUGGGUAGGGACAAUGACACCAGCUGUGAAAAUGGUUGACCAAUCCCAGCAUGCAAAGCUGAAAGAGUACUUUUGGAUCCGUGGGUGAAGUUUGAUGAAUCUUUGUUAGACAUCCUUAUAAGAUAACUUGAUCUAUACUUAGAAAUGACUCAAGUUAAUAGACUUAAUAUGGUGUAAUUAACAUUGCAAAAACAUUGAGAACUUGGAAAGAUAAAAUCAAAUUUUGAAAUCCUGUCUCAGACUUUUUGGAGAUGUCAUUGUGUUCAAAUAGUUGUUUUAGUUAGAUGAAUGAUGAAUGUGACUUAAUCUCACAGCUGGACAGAGGCUGUUUCGGGGGACUGGGGCAAUGACGAGAUGUUGAUGUUAUGUCUAUCAGGCUGGAUCAGGAUCACAAAGUCAUGACUUUGUUAGUUUGUGUCCUGAAGUAUCGUCCGCUGCUGUUGAUUCAGAGAAAAAUAGAAAGUCCUAAAAAUGAGGCUCCCUAUUGAUGACGGUACAGAAGGUUCAAGCGUAAAAUUGAGCUGCCCGGCCUUUCAGUGUAGUUUGGCUACAGGGCUAGUCUGCCUCAGUUGGCAGGAUCAAUAGUUGAUGUAAAAUACAAUGAAGCUUAAUAAUAAAAGGGAUCUCAGAUAUCAAGGAUAAGCUUAUGCAAUAUCCUUGGGAAAUGAAGCAUCCCACCACAUUUUCAAAAAAAAUCUUAAACCCAAAAGUGCACUGUAAUUAUCCUGUACCUUUCAUGGUAAUGGAUCAAAUUCAUGUAACUAGUUUAGUUAUUAAGAUAUUUCAUUGUGGCUCACCACAGUAUUUUUGUACAGCAGCCUCAGCAGUUUGGUACCAAGAAACUGAAACAAUUCAGCAAGCUUUGAGGUCUAUAAUAGAUGGUAUUGUUGCUCAUCCUGACUCUUGAUAGUCAUGAUACAUUUGAGAGGUUACUGUUAGAGCUGGAAUAUGAAAGCUACCCUCCAGUUUAUGCUGGGUUUGUUGGAUCUAAUCUGUAUUUGUGGUAUAGUCUGCAGAGUGUCUGGUCAGCCCAGACUGGACUUGUUUUUCAGGCAGCUUGAACAACAGCUUCUCUCAUUCCUCUGGUGUGGAUGUUUGGCCUGGCUGAGUAAAAAGGCAGUUCUAGCAGCUGGAUUGGACUUUCUCUGUACUCAUAAGAUGACCGAGAAAACAGAAAGAUGGCUGGCGAGGAGGAGGUGACGGAUGUGGGGGAGAGAGGCAGCUAGACAAGGUGACAAAAGACACAAAGCUGUGUCAGGAGAAGUGUUUCAAGCAUUUUCUUCCCUCAGAUAGUAUAAGCAUGUGUGAUGGGAAGAAAAAAAAAACAAUUUAAAAUGGAUCGAAAAAACUGCUGAAGUGAAAGAUUUCAAAAAGAAGGUUUAUCUCUCAAUAAUCAAUCAAUACUGCUCAAUAUCACGAAAUAUUGAGCAGUUCACCUCGAUAACAAUAAAUGGAUGAUAACUACUCCACAAGCUGCUCACCCCCUCCCACAUUAACUUCAUCUACUUCAGCCGCAGCUCCAGCUGUUACAACUUAUGAACCGUCCUCCAUCUUUCUUUCUCCAUCUUUCUUUCCCUCUUUGUUGCAGACUGGAUGGAGUGGAGUCCAGCUCUGACAUAGGACAGCGUCUUAAAGGGACAUGAGACCAUAGCCUACCUACACGCAUCCAAAACCAUCUUUUAUUUAUUUAUUUUUUUGACAUCAAACAUAUUGACACAGGCAAAAUGACAUUGGUUAUUGUCGUACAUUUCGGUAUCUGUAAAUUUUCAGUUUAUCACCCAGCCCUAGAUAACAAAUAAAAAUAGUAGUAUAUUUUAUAUAAAUAGCCUUUGCAUAAAGGUGCUAUAAUCACAAUCUUUAUCUGUCUAUUCAAGGAGCUGUGGCCCAGUGGUAUAGUCGGUGGUCUCCCAAUCAGAUGGUCAGGGGUCCGUCUGUUUACAUACAUGGUGUAGCACAUGGGCUUUGUAUUGGGUAGCCUAAAACGGUCGAAUACAGGUGAAAAUGGGCUGAAAGAUGCCAAGAGUUUCUUAUGAGUGUUUCAAAAGCAAACUACACUUAAUGACGUCAUUACUCAUUUAUCAGACACUGUACAGUAUUACGCUGCUUAAAAUUGUGCAAGAACUUGUCAAUGAUAUCACCUUAUGAGGCGGCUGAGGCUCAGCGGGUAGAGUCAGUCAUCUUUCACUUUGAAGGUCAGGGGUUCAAUCCCACAUGCUGAAGUGUGCAAGACACUUGACCCCUGCCGCCCCAUUGUCUGUGCCCAGUGGUCUGUGAAUGGGAUUAGUCAAAAACUGAUUGGCUUCAUACAUACCAGCCUCUGCCAUCAGUGUGUGAAUGUGGUGUGAAUGAGUGAAUGUGACAUGUAAUGUAACACUUUUGGUGGUGAGAAGACAAGGGAAAGAGCAUUUUAAAUACAGUUUAUUUAGCAUUUAUUUGAUCAAAUUGUUGUGCAGUCAAGAGAGGUGGAAGAGAAACUAUCUUCAUGAAGAUAAAAGUGACCUCUUAUAGAAGCCUUCUAGGGAAAGUGAAACAUUUUUGGUGAAGUUUUGACCCCUUAAGAAAUCAACUUGUUUUCUCCAAGUUUGGGGUGAUGCGAAACAGUCAAAUUUGGGAUUAUACAUGGAAUAGAUAAAAGAAAUUAAGAAAGGAUAAAAAGGGUAAAUGUUUCUAUAGGGUCCCUGUACUGCCAUUUUGGUCCACAACCUGGGCUGCACUUCAGAAUCAGUGUGCUUCGUGGCUGUCUUUGUCAUUGCCUUUUCUGUGGUUUGUUCUGUUGCUGAUAAGCAUGUUAGUCAUUGUACCCAAUGGUGAGAAAAGCGGCUAUUAGAGGUCACGUUGAAAGUCAGUGAUUAUCAUCUGGAGACAAUGAACAUAAGUUAAUUUUCUAAAAGCAGGGCUUGUAUUUGGUGAGACUCAUUGGUCUGGGGAAGAGGAUUUUGGACAGAAUGACUGAGAUCACCUUUUCCUAAGCGCUGAAAUAACAGUACCAUGCAACCAUGUCCUACUUUUCUAUCCUUGUAGUACCCUUUCCUCCCAUACGCCUCCUUUUUCUGCUGUAUUUCCAACCAAUCCAAAAAAAUCAGAUCACCCCCCCUAUGUGUAAUCUUUUGGCAGUCUCCCAGAAAGAGCUACGUUUUCUUUGUUUGGCAGUUGUUUGUUAUUCUCUUUGUGUGAGGGGAAAAAGUGAGUUGGAGUGCCCUCAGACAUGUUUGUGGGAGUGAAGCUUGAUGACAUGGGUAGAGAGGGAAUAGACUUGGGUCCUUUGGGAGGAAAAGGGAGGGAGGGGGAUGGAGGUGGGCGGGAGUUGAAAUACUGAUGCAUGCACCACAGGUUUUUGCCAUUAAGCCUUGUCCUCUUAUUUAUCACUACAGCAAGUUCUGAUAUUUAUGUUUUACAUUAGAGAUUCAGAAAUGGUUUCUCUGGGCCUGGAGUUGGUUCACAAGCAUCAGGAGACAGCAUAAAGUCCAGGUUGAGACAUCUGUCAAGGGUUUGGGAUUUGUCUCAAGAGACAAGUAACAAUAAAGCCUCUGUGUUUUUCUCACAACAAAUAGGGGAGAGGGGAGCUAUGGCAUAUACAGUCUCUGGCUUUAUGCUGAUAUAAAAGUGGCUUAUUGGGCAGCCUGACAGAGAAAACAAUAGCAAUGUGUUCUGAGUAAAAAAAAAAAAAAAAAAAAAAAAAUCCCCCCUCAGUUGCACCCCACUACUGAGGCACCGUGUUUUUGGAGUCAGUUUUAGAGAAUUUAACAUUGUUAUCUAACUGUCUUUCACUUAGACUUUAAUGAUUUCCAAAUGCUCCAUCUGAUUGCAGUUGGCAGCCAUUGUAUGUUUAGCGUGAUGUGUUUGAAAUGCGAGCAGACCUUGGCUGGCAUAAAGCUUUGGGGUAAAACACAAGGUUCGGGGGAAAACAUGAGGCCUGACCCUGCAAAAAGAAAAAAAAAAAAAACCCAGCCACAGACAUUCUCAGAGGAUACACACUCGCUAAUGGAAAAGAGGUGUUUGGCACUUCUCUCAAACCUCAGUGCUGUGCCACCCUGACUCCAUGUUCGAUGAGUAUGUUCUUGUAUGUGUUCAAGUUUCUCUCUGAAUGCACAAAGUGGGUCACACAGAUGUAAACUGUAAAAGAAGUUUACAUUAUGGGUCAGGAGGAUUUUAGGCUGUGGUUAAAUUUGUCAGCCAUCUGGGAGCUCGUGGCUUGUUUCAUAUCAUGCAGGAGAAAUUGUGAAUGCCGAGUGCAAUCCUAAAUAAGAAUAGCUCUUUAUUUGCCAUAUCUACAACAAAGUGAAGCAGACAUUGGUAGAACCAUUCUUUCUAUUUCCAGGCUGCUAUAAUAUUUUCCUCAGUUUCCCUUGGUAACACCUGGAGUUUGACUUAUAUCUAAAAUCACCAUCUCACAAGGUUCUAAUUUAAUAGAUGUGUUUUUCACUAUGGACUACAACAGAGCGAAGAGGUUUUUGGAAACUGCAGAUAUUUCCAGUCUGCUUACCUCAGAGAACCUUUGGCUCAACUAAAGAGCUUAUGUUACACCAACGAGAAUCAUCAACAAUAAGAUCGCGUGCUGCACAAACAGCCAAUAUAAUUUGACAGUGUAUUUCUCUGAAGGCUUGUGAGCUCUUUAGCCAGGUCGUUGUCUUCAAAUCUGUAAAAAGAAAGGUUGACUUCUUUAUUCAGACACACUGAAGAUCUGUUUAAGAUGUAUUUAGCUGUGAGAAAUACAUUGUAAGACAUAUAGGGGAGACUAGGGCUUGUUAUCACAUGGGUAAGUUGUCACAUUGCAAUUAUCUUUGCCACCAGAGGGUAUAACCAAAAAGUGAAAUACUAGUUUUCUUCCUUUAUAUGGUCAGGGGUCGUGUCCUGUCUGAGAAGAGAAGAGCACAUUGUGAGCUGAGAUGAGCACCAAUUAACCAUUUUGCACAACCCAAAGAAAAAAAUAACUUUAUAUAUUUUAAAAUAAGCUUCUUCCAGAUAAAAAUCUGAGCAGUGAUACACGUGGUCUUGUUAGAGGAGAGAUUAAGGCUUCCUGUCAUACCUCAGUCAUUGUUUUAAACUAAUUUUAAGCUAAAGCUAGAAUUAGCAAACAGUAGUUUGGGGCAACAUGUUUCAGUCAUUUUUGGGUUAGUUGUCACAUGUUUAAAAGGGAUUCAAAUUGACAUAGAGAGUCUGCUUAUCAGCAGUUUUCAUAUUGAAUUUUUGACUUUAUUUUUACAGAGAAAAGAGUGGUUUAAAGGAGAGGAGAAAGUGAAAAGACAUGGUCAGGAAUUCCAAAAGAAAAACUAAACGUGGCAGUGCAGUACAUGACGUGAUGCUGAGGGCAGUCAGACAGAUGACCUGAGCUAAUAAAUCAAUCUGAAGUACAAUAAAGGACUUUAAUGUCAACUACCAUACCUUGGCUCGGUACUGCAAAACAUUAAUUCCUGCCGAGAUACAGAGUCAGAAAGCUCCAGUGCAUGUUGCAUUAUAUUUUAUGUUAACGUUUGUUCAAUGGCUACGAUCAACAACUUUUUCUUGCUCAAUGAAAAACAUUUUCUGUGCCUGACUUUGAUGUUCACUUUCAUGUAAAAAAAAUGAGAACAACAAUUAUUUUGUCCUUGUUAUACUAGCUGUGAAAUCCACUGUGACAUCUUACCUCAUGUAGUGAGACAACUUACCCCAUGGUGGGGCAACAUCUCACAUGUUCACACUCUCUGUUUGAUUGCUGAUAACUCUGCACUGACUCAAGAUAUAAAAAUGACAUGCAAAAUAAAUACCUGAGACUUUGGUCUUUCAUCUGGUACACAUUUUGUUUAUGAUGUAUUGCAUACAAGAAAUAUAUGAGUGUAAAAAGCGUGACAACAUGCCCCAGUCUCCCCUACCUGUCAGUCAAAUCAGCCAUUGAUGAACGCCACGCAUUAUAAAUGACAGAUCAUCUUAAGUGUUGUGUACUUCAAAUAUUGUACCCUAGAGCACACUGUCAAUUAGUUAACACUGUGUGAAUAAGUAGCAUUACAUAAAGGUUAAUGAGGACUUUCAAGGAGCUGCGACUGUGUUUAAGUCAAGUGGUCCAGACAUUAACGGAUCACGAAAACUGCUCAUUCCAUCAUUUUAACUAACUGUGAAGUAGACAAAACACAGAUAGAGACCCAGCAGACCCUAGCCUCAGUGUCCUGUCACCCUGCUGAGUUCUACUUUGUGUGAUUGACCAAGCUCAGUCACUGUUUUAGUAGUUAGCCGCAACAAAGGCUCUGACUUAAAUAAAAUCCUUUAUAAGAGAGCAAAAGCAUGAUCCAUGUGUCUGAAUGACUUCUAAUAGCUUUGCACUAAAAAUGGAUUUCAAGUAAACAAGUAAGUUAAAAGCAUUUUUUUAAUGGGCUACAAUUAAUUUAAGUGUUUUAAACAGACAAAGGAAAAUAACUCCAGAUACCUCAUCAGAAAGGAUUAAGAUAAAUGCAGCAGGGACUAACAUAUUCUCUUGCAGCUUGUAUAGCAUUGAGUCUUUUGAUAAGAGGAUCAGGCUGCAUAAAGUUUUCUUUUCCAUCUUGUAGUGUGAAGCUCAUUCUGGUGAGACUUUCUGCAGCACUCCCUUAAGACACAGAUGACUUCUACAACUUUUCCCCACAGACUUUAAUUCGUCAAAUCAUUCGAGCUUAUUACUGUGCCUGAUUAAUAAAACAACUUUUGUCAUCACCACAGGUCCAUUUCGCAGCCCCUGUGAGCUGCUGCCUGUUGGGGUUGGACAUCCUGUGCAGGCCAUGUUGAAGAGCUUCACCGCACUGUCAGGCUGUGCAAGCCGAGGCACUACCAGCCUCCCCCAGGAGGUCCACAUCAUCAACCUGAGAGGACAUGCUCCAGAGGGACUAGACAACACCCUGGCAGAAGUGAGUCAUCCUCAACUAAAGACCUAACCUACGAAUUAUAGUCUCCACCACAAUAAUAAACUCUUCAAUAAAACAGAUUAAAUUAGACUUUGAGACGGUGAGCGAUCAUAAGCCCUCUCAUCUUUUUGUUAUUUGUAUCAUUUAACUCAUACAGAUGCAAUAACUGCUGCAUUGGAUAUUUCCACUGCCUUUGUUUUUCUCUUAUUUCUUCUAUUUUAACACAUGGCUCUGAUGAAGCCUUCAAUUCCUUUUCCCUUUACUCAGAGGAAGCUUCCUGGCCAAGGUUAGGGAGGAAAGGCAGGGUCACAAGUUACAGAGUGAAGCUGACAUGUCUUCACUGAACAGCUGAUGGACAAAGUAAUUUGAUUCGGUGACUUACUGGACUAGUCUUGUACUAGAUGCUAAGGUGACUGAGCUUUAGCGUAUCUCAUUGAUCUUUUUAUUUUGCUGUAUUACAUAAUACAACCCAAAAGGUGCACUGAAGUAAACUUAGUGUGGAGGAUGACAGACAUACGGUCUUUAAGACUUACUUAAAAGUCUUCUGCUAGAGAUUUUUCUACCACAUAAUUGUUCUGAGCAGAUUGUUUAAUUGAUGUAAUUGAAGCUGUCAGCACAUUUACAGAUAAUAGUUCAUGCAGGUUUUGAUACCCCUCCCUGUCUCAAGGUGAUUUGCUGUAUGUCUCAUUGCAGGUCUUUUCAAAGUUAGCCAUAGUUUGUUCAUGAAUCAUGAGCCCACGGCUUAAAAAAAUGCUGUGUCUGGAUUUUAAACUGUCCAAGACUCCCAUCCCCCUCAGUCACUUUAGUGUGAAAGGCAGCAUGUAUAGACUUGUCAUGACACUUCUGCUGCUGAUUUAGGUUUAAACCUUCUCAAGGCCAAACAUACAGAAAUAGUGUGUGUGAGCACGCUGCAUCAGCUGGUAAAUACAGGAAUGACUCGAUUUCCUGUGCUUGUUCUGAAGCUUCACAACACAGACUUAUAUGACAGAUUACUGCAAUCAAAGUAUGAAGAGAAAUUUGUCAUGCAAUGGUAUAACCAUGUGUUUCAUUCCACCAUCUCACAUUAUGGGCUUUCAUUUGAGUAGUGAGAUUUGUCAGAGUGUGGUAAUUUUUAGUCAACAGUGAAUUAAAAAUUGUAGAUUUAUGUGCAUGACAAGUAUUGCAAUAGAAAUUGAAAUUGGAGCAGACUGGGUUUAACAUGGCUAAGAUUCAAAAUACGAUUGGGGAUAUCUGCAGUUCAUUAGUUAGAAUUGAUCUGAGAUCAUUUAAAUUUGGAUUAUAAUGAAAUAAUUUUAUAAUUCAAACCAAUCAUUUUGGAAUGUAUUUGACAUCAUUUUGUGAUUUUCUCACUUUAGAAAAAUUGAAGCUCAGUUUGCUUUGUAGAUGACCUCUCAAAAUAACUCUCACAAAAAGGCCAGAAAAACCUUUACCUUGAAUGUCUGUGAAAUCCAUCUCUUCACAUCAGUUUAUCCAGCUGUUGGUAACCCAUCACCUUCAUGGUCAAAGGAGGACUUGUGGGGAGGAGGCACAAAUCCAGCUGUCUGUUUCCCAGCCUACAGCCUUGGCUGUAGAAGGUCACUGAGGCUGGGGUUGAUAUUAAGUGACCCAGCUGCACGUCCAUUCUGUGAGUGGACGUUUCUGUUUAUGAUGAGAUAAAAUCUCCUUAAGGACACUUAGACAGUCUGCCCACCCCUGCCCUGUCCUUGAUUGCAUUUUCACCUGGAUUGUGGGCACAGAUCAGCCUGUUCGGACACAAACAACCUCCUCCAAAGUGCUUGCCUUGGACAUUACUCUGCUGGAGGGGCGCUGUGUGCGUCAGUCUGGUCUUAUUGACACUAUCUGUUCAGAAUCUCUCAUGAUAGUGAAAGUGAAUGAUCCGGUGGGAGAAAGGAAUAAAACUUAACAAGGCAUCUUAAAAUGAUUUACACUGAAACUCCCAAGGCUGUGGAAAAGGCUCAAAGCUGAGUCAUGAGUCAUCCCAUUCCUCACUUAUGAAGCCAAUCAAAAGCUAAUAAAGUUGGAGGUUUUUUCUCACCCAAUGAAGGGUUUUUCAAAAUUUGCAACACUUUUUCCCCAUAAAAAGGGGAUAUUCCACCAGAAUUGACUAUUUAUCGUCAAACAGAUGCAUUUUUAGGUUUGAACUGUGGUGCUGAAAAGUUUCUUGCUUGCUACAACAGUUAAUGACAGAGGUUUUGGCAAAACAGACCACAGUCUUAUGUGAAGGAAUAACAAGUAGCCACCACCGUGAGGCUGUAUCUUUAGCUAAUGGCUGUUCCCAUAAUGCUAACACACUUUACUACCUGGAUGUAAUCAAGCAUGGGGACAUGUUAUAGUGCAAUUAGUUUGGCAGUAUAUUGAUCUAAAACAUGGAUCUAAAGUCAGAUGUAGGCUCUGGUUGGCAAACUUAACUAGAACAAUGUGUAAGCAGCACAUGCAUGUUCCUGUAAGUAGCACUGAAAUUAGUCUAGAUACUGAUCAGUGGCUUUACAGUUGCUGCAACCAAACAACCAAAAGGAUGUUAAAGAUAUUUGGAUUCUUUUUGCAAUGCAGCUUGAAAACUCUGAUUGGAGUAUCACAACAUAUACUUCAUAUAAAAAAAAGAAAAACUGAUAUCUUGAGGAGAGUUGAGAGAAAAAGUUUUAAGUUGCUACCUAAAACCAUAAACCAUAAUCUUGCAAAUGCUCAAUAAAUAAGGUAACAUCAGCUCCAGUGUCUAUAAAAUAGCCCUAUGUUUUCAUGCCUCUACACAAAAUUUACCUAUUAUUUCUCCAGUUUAUACAAAAGCUGACAUUUGAAGGUUAUACUUAAUGAGGGAGCAGGACAAAGGUAUAGGCCAUGUAAUAAGAGAUACUUUGCAGAAAACACCAACCGUUUCAAAAAUGAUUGAACAAGUCCUUUAAUUUUGGUGGUUUAACCUAUUUUAGUCGUCAAAUGUGGGAGCGUUCAGAUUGUUUCCUCUCUAAGUAAUGGGUGUUUUUCCCUGUUUGCUUUGGCAUGCGUAUCCUUUGCUUAUUUUUGAAGUCAGCAGAGAGGUGGCUGCUCGGUCUGUGAAUAAGUCGCUUUCUCCCCUUCACCUCUGCUGAUGUUUGAGGAAGUGGUGUCUGGGCCACAGAACAGACAGUGUUGGGAUGUUUGGAGUGAUGGCCUGCAGGACAAAAGGUGCCUGUGGCUGAUGUUUUUCUGUGCUGGACUGGAUUGCUUGUCGGGGUUGAGAGGCUGCCUGAAAACAUGCUGUGCCCCAGUGACUCCUCACUAAGUAUUUGCAAAGCCCAGUUUUUAACCAGGUAUGGGACUGCAUGUGUUGUUGCACAUGGUCUGCAUGGACUAAUGCACACAAAGGGGAUCACAUGGUCCAUUUCAGACAGUUUUACACACACACUCUGAGGCAGACACACAUCUUGCAGCUGCGAUGUGUGAGGCCUGCUUCACAUCUCUUUCACAGCCAUGUGUAAAAGUUGCGGCUUGCAGUUUGUCCAUAUUUUUCAGUAAAGACGUGAGAGCAAUGAAUCGUUUCCUGCCUGCCCCGGUGAACCCACUCUGUAUGGGUAUUAACUAAGGGGUAUGAACUGUGAGCCACAGAAAGAAAUGCACAGCUGGCCUUGACUCAGAAUACACACUUUGGCCCCUGGCCAAUUUCCACACUAAAGCUGAGUUAUUAAGUGCAACAGAACACCUCAGCAGUGACUGUGCAUAGUGCGUCGUCUGGAAUACCCUCACAUUUACAGGUCAUGCAGUCAGCGUAGAAUAACACACCGGAGAGAGAAAAUAUGCUAAUCAUCCAUUCCAGUAGCCUAAAGCUAGAAUUAGCCAUAAUAAUAUUUUGGAUAGUAUUGUGAUGAUGCACAAGCCAUGUGCUCAGAUCUGUUGGAGUAAAAGUAUGGCAGUGCCAAGUAUGCAGUAAAUCAGUCAUUUUUUUCUUGCCAUGAAGCCCCCAUAGUUGAAGUAUGCAUCCAAUCACAAAACAUAUUUAGAGUUACUGGUGACAACAGCUGCAUGGCUGUUAUAUCGUAUUUACAAAGAUUCUCACGCUAGUUCUGAAGCAACAAAAUUUCAACUCACUGAGUAUUCUGAAAGUAAGAAAACACUCAGAAAAUGGUAAAAUUUCCAGUCUUAUUUUUAGAGCCGUUGGUUGUAUUUGUUUUGGUUUAAAAUCUUUAUUUUUUGUAAUUGUCCUGGGGCUACAGCAGGUGGCUUAAAUUCCUAUGUCUGUCCAUUGUAAGUAGAAGAAGACGCAGGUGGCAGGUGUUUCUGUAGCUGGAGAGGUACACAGUUUUUAACCAUCAACAUCUUGGUCGCCAUUGUUUGGUUUUGUCUUUGUCUUUUAUUUGCUCUUGGUCGCAACAAGUCAGGGAGAAUAAACACAGAAAAUGUGACUUUGAUGAACUGUUUCAUUCACGCUGGGAAACUAGUCAGCAAAAGAAGAUGCUUCAACUGUAAAUCUGGCUAAAAGAACACCUUGGUGUAUUUUUGACCAACAUCGAAAGUCAGGAGUUAAAGUCACAUCAUGCAGCUGACUAACUUCAAAACAAAUAUUCACAUUUAUUCAAUUGUAAAGUACUCAAGAUCUCCCCCUCCCUGCCCUCAAAGCCUUUUUUUGUUGCUGUAAUCCAUGGGUGGAGUGGGUAUGAUGUUGCUGAAAGCCCUGAGGGCACACACUUCCCGUUACCAAUCUUUGUCUGCUUUUCUGAGUAUGUGCUUGAAGGCAAAUACAGAGAUUGAGGAGAAUUUUGACAGAUGGAAUAAAUCAAGAAUGACUAAAAAGGAGAUCAGACAUUUGAAAAUUGGCAGUAGAGUUAAUUGUAGGAUGAAACUUAAGCAGCAUCAAACUGAAAAAAAUGACCAACUGUUACAUAAUAUUUCUUAAAGAGUCUCCAAAGCCAGAGCAGACGUGGACAGACAGGUUUCAUUUCAAAUAAAUCUUAUGUAUAUGGUUGAGCGAGACAAAUGCGACCCAGCGGGCCUGAUAAAACUGGCCAAAACAUCCUUAAAAGUGCCUUUAUUAUGCUGGAAAGACUUUUUAUCGAAUGGCAGAACAGGUCUGUCAGUUGAUUGGUGGUCAGUUGGACUGACACAUUCAUGGUUCACAAUCUGCAGUGCCGUCAGCAAUGCAUUGUAUCUAAAAGAAGCACUUUUCAGUGGUUUUCUGUGUUUUGUCCUGAAACGAGACAUGCCCCAGACAACGCCCACCUAGCAUUAGCUAAGCAUAUUAUCCCCCCAUAACUCUCCUGUGUUCUGAAACUUAAAUAUUUUUAUGGUAAUCUGGAUUCCUACUUUACAUUCUUCGAGACAGUGGGCUGUUUGGGUCACAGGGUCCAAACUCUCCUUUUUCACAGAAUGACCAGGGCAUAAAUUGGCUUGUGUGAACAUUUUUUCUAUGCUUUAAAAGAGUUAUUCACGUUUGUCUGAAACGGAGACCAACAGUUACAUCAGCUCUGAUGAAUAUGAUCAAAGAAACAGAAGCCCCUUUUUUACUCUUGUACCAAUGUGGGCCUCUAAAAGAAAGACAGUCUAGGCUCAAUAUCCCGGAAUAGGACUAUUAAAGUGACUGUUCUUGGCUUGUAGUGGCAAUACGUGUCAAAUAUCGGCACAAUCAUUUUCACAUUUCCACAGAAUUUGACUUGAUUGAAUAAAAAGGAUCUAAUCUUUGAGAGCAAGAAAACCAAUGACAGUUAGAGUGAGCUGUCCUGCAGACAUGCUGAAAUUUCAUCCAAGCGUCUAACCCCUUGGGAUUAAGAGGCAAAAUAUUUUUUUGUGGUUUGACUACUGACCUGAAGGUGUUUUGCCAUUUAAGCUCAAAUCAAAACAAUGACCUCAUUUUGGAGUUCUUUUUUCUGAUCCCUUACACUCUGGUUCAGCAGUGUAGGUAUCAAGUUUGAACAUUGUUUCCAUAUGUUUCUGCUGUCAGACACUGAAGUGGCCUUCUGCACCUUGUAUAAAAGCCAUCAACACCACGUGUGCAUGGAUGUAGAGUUUGGCAUUAUGGUGGACACCCUUGUCCCAAGUGGAAGCUUAAAUCCAGAACAAAAAAGCUACAGGAUUGAAGAGGCCUGUCUGGGCAUACAGCCGGGUGAUAGGGUGGAAAAUAAACAAAAGGGGCCAGUGGUAUCUGAAAUCAGCCAUCUUUCUGUAAUCAGCUCACCAAAAGCAAACAUCAAACACAGCCACUUGCUGUGGAUCAGGGUGAGGCAGAGCAGAUGAUUGCUUUAUCAGCUGGAAUUUGCAGAUAUCUUGUGUGAGUGACUCUAGCUGGAAGAACUCACGAGGCUGAGAGGACAACAGCAGAUAUGAGUGGGGCUUAAACACAUGACACAUGACUUUUGUAGGGCUUUUGAAUGGACGGACACUGUUAUAAAGCAUUCAGGGCUGUACCUGACUCAGUUAAAUGAUGUUAACUGUACAAUACAAAGACUAAGAUGUGAUUUUAACUUUUUUUAUACAGUUCUUUCUCAUGCUUAGAGCCUAGAUUAGCCCACAUGGAUCUAAUGCUAUCUGCAGAGUACUUGUUUUCCAGUAAGCACUGGCUGUCGCCCUGAUAUCAGCAACUUUUAUCUUCGUGUUUCCUCCUAUGCCACAUGUAAUUUUUAUUAAAGCUCCUGUUUUAAAGAAUGAAAUGAGUACUGGUUUCUCUUUCUGACCCACAAAGGCAAAUACGACCAUCAGCUUAAAAUCUUUCUGUUUCUAUGAGGUUAUUUUUAGGGUCUGAAACCUCUAGUGGAGGGAAGAUGUCAGUUAAAGUAAUUACUGUAACUGGACUUUGUUUUCAUUUUAAAUAGCCCACACUUCCAAUCAGUGGUAUAAUGUUAAAUCAAAUAGGACAGGUUCUCAUAGGCCAUCGCGGGCGCCAUGCUGAAUAUGACCGGUUACUUGCCUUUCAGAUGUAGGACUUUUGAUGAUUCUUCAAUGCAAUGCUUUCUGGCCUCGUUUUGACUCCAUAUAUUUGAACCUGAAACUUUGAACCCCAGCAGAAUAUGUGCUUAUGAAAUGACUUUUACUGCAAGUCAGUUAAUAAAAGUUUUAUGUAAUCUAGCUGAUAAAUCAUGGUUUUGACCAAGUACAAAUGAAAACAAAGACCAAGUUGAAAAUUAAGUCUCAGUUCGUGCUAAAUGAGAUUGGGUUUUCUUUCCUUCUGAUCCAGUGCUAUGGCCUCGGUGCUGUUAUUUUCCUCAGCCUGUCCCUCGAUUCUGCCAUAUCACUCAGAUCAUUAUCAGGACGUCCUGUCUCACUUUGACGUCUUUUCAGGCUGUUCAGGCUUCUCGAAGCUUGGCGUUGAGUGCAGACUGAUUAGCAUCACAGUUCAGGGGGGAAGGCUCCAGGUAGCAUCCCCAUCGCACUCACAAAUAUGUGGGUGGCACUGAUAAGGGCAGUCAACAGGUUUUUUUUCGUCUUCUUCUAGGCCCCUCCAUCACUUAGCUCCUCUGCUCGAGCUCCUCCCUCUUCCCUCUGUACUCCCUCAGUGAUCCAGAAAGAACCAAGAUCCAGACAGACAAGACAAAUGCACAUGCACACACAUCAGAUAGCACAGUGUGAUUGGUUCCAGACAGUGUUUUCUGCUCUUGGAGCCAUGACUUCUGAGUUCCCGGGCAGAUCUCUUUGGUGUUGGGUUUUGUAGUGUUUGAGUUUAUAAUAAUUUUUAUAAUGUUGGUUAUUAAUUAACUAUAGCCCAAAUAAUGUGGGAAUUUUUUUUUAACUAGCAUGAGAUGAAAGAAAUCGCCUGGGCUGUGAUUGUGGCUGAUAUUUUAAUUAUGUUGCUGUCAAAGUAGACCUCCUUUGCUUUGCUUGUACACAUUGAAAUUAUGCACCAAUAUGUCUUUGCAAAGAAAAAUAAAUAAAUAAAUCCUGUAAUUUUGCUGCAUACAAGCCAGAGUGACAAUGUUUAAUCAGGACAAAUAUACACAAAUCCUGAUACCAGUAAGAAAGAUCAAAAACUUUUACUUAAAAAAUGUAGACAACGGAAAAAGACUGAAACUCACACCGGUAAGAGACAAACUGGCACUGAAUCAAAGGAACACAGAGACUUUGGCCUUGUACACAUGUAGCCAGGUAUUUUUAUAAACGAAUAUCCAACCCUAUUCAUUCUGUGUUUCAUGUUUGUGGAAGUCAGGACAAUUGGAUAGAAUGGGUCUAAAGUUUUUUGGCAAAUACUAACAACUCCAGGUCUGGCAUGUUUAUAACCACGGUCAAUAGCACAUUUAUGGAGUUUUGUGUGGAUGGGAUUUUAUUGGAAAACGAUGAUGUGUGUUUGUAACUUUUUUUUUUUUCAAAGGUAGGGGGUUGGAUAUUUGUUUAUAAAAAUACCAAGUACGCUAUGUGUGUACAAGGCCUCAAUACUCAAGGUGAGUGGAGACAAUCAGACACAGGUGAAACACAUUAGGGAGGUGGGCAGGUCAUCACAGAAUGGGAACACGGGAAGGCAGGAAGUGGAGGAUCUAAAGCAAGACACAGGUGAGUAUCAAAAUAAAACAGGAAACACAUGAAACUGUAGGAUAACAAAAGGUAAAUUUACUAUAGGGAAGUGAUACACAUCCUGUGCAAGAUGUAUUGUGCUCUAUUUUUACUGUUUUUGAUCUUCAGUUUUUAUGCCUAAGACUUCUCCUAGCUGAAAUAUGAAUAUUCACUGAAAUGACAGAGGAAUCGGUUAAUUUUAAACAUCACCAGGCACCUAAUGAGCUUUGUCAAUAAUGGAAACUGCAAGCUCUGAUACUGAGCUCUGACUGCGGGGUGUCAGUGUUAUGAAAGUAUCCUAUAACAGUGUUGAUGCUCUGUGUUUAUGAAGCACACUUGAAACUUGGUUUAGCUGGCCUGAAAGGUCAUGAAAUUACAACCACAUGCUGAAGACAGAGCAAACAAAUCACCCUUUAUAAUUACAGCCAUCAGUAGGUUCUAAAUCUAAGCACGGAGCUUUGUUAUGAAAGACAGGAUUGCGUAUGAUUCAUCAUUUGGGUUCCGGCUGACGCUGUUUGUUGUUGAAGCUGAAAGUUGAGCUGAAAGUUGAGGCUGUUUUGGUAUUUUUUUGAACAUUUCCAUUGUUUACAUACACUACCACCACUAAUGGUAUGCUCCCUGAUGGGCCUGGCUUAUCCUGCUACAGCUGUCGUCCCCUGUGUGGAGUGUAGUUUCAGUAACGUGAUAGGUCCCCAUCCUUUGCUGCUGGCAUAAGCGCCCCAUAACUCUGAAAAACCCUGGAUUCACAAACCCCUGUGCCAGCCUCCUGAUGAUCAAUCAAGUGUGCUCUCUUGAUCCUGGUGGACUCUCUGCUCUCUCUAGGGUUCAGUGAAGGGGACAGAAACUCAGUGGCGCUGCUCUAAGAGGCUGUGUGAAGCCUUCUGUUUCAGCAUUUCUCCUCUUCACACCCUGGCUGUCUUUUUGGUUUGUUGCUAUGUAAACUGUGACCUUGUUACGGUAACCCUGUGGGCAAGGAUGCUCACCAGCUGCUGUUGAAUCGUAAUCAUCACUUACAUUGUGCAACCCAGCUCUGGGGUCACAACUGAUAGAGCUCGGUUGACUGUUUACUUGCUCAACGUUGAAUAACAGCCUGUAGUUACUCAAGUUUUCCCUUUUUCACCAUCAACUUCUCUUGGCACUAGGCUUUCUGUUUGUGUUUGGUUUUCAGGUGACUCACGUCUUCUGGAAAUGUCUCUGUCUGGGUUUAAUUUCCUCAUCUUUUACAACUCGCUCCCUUUCACUCACUCAAGUUCUCCUUCUGUCUUUCUCUUCCAUCUCUCAAAGCCAGGGCCUCAAAGCCAGGCCAGGUAUGAGCAUAUCUUGGUUUUUGUUAUUCUCAGAGGAACGAUGAACAUGCUUUUUCCACAGUCUGGAGUAAGUGGAACAAAUAUGCACAUAAAAAAAAGAACUAGAGCAGUGAGUCUCUCAUCUGUUUGUUUGGAUCAUUAUCUGGUUUGCAGCACAAAAAGCUGCUCAGUAAUAUCUUCCAUUUGCUCUCAGAGUAAUGAUUCUGGCAGCACAUUACUGGACUACGGCACUAACACUCAUCUGUGUUGCUAUUCUCCAGCCUUGGAAUCUACAAAGGACCGAUAAUAAGGCUUUGGUUAUUCAUGUCCUCUCCGUCUUUGCUGUCUGUGUCCCUUUUUAUGGGCUUCAUACCAGCAUCACAAUGACAAGUCUUUGAACGCAGAGUAUCUACCAGAAGAUAAAAAUCACACUCCACUGACUGGAAUACAUAUCUCCUCACGUGACAAAGGUGGGUUUAGCGCACAGAUCACAACAUAAACUCCAAAAAUGGCAUUAAAAUCGGAACCAUCUGUGCGUAAAUGACGCAUCGCGCUCCGUGGCCUGGCUCUUUCUUUCAUAGAUGUUGGCAUAUAAAAUAAAUUUGGCCCACAAAACUGAAUAUUAUAAUAUCCGUAUGUCGGCUUAAAGUAGAUAACGCAUCUGAGCACUGAAACAAAUCAGCUGUUCAGCCGCAGCAGCAAGCAAGACGGACAGAGGACACAGAGACGUGUCCAGGUCGAGCUGUGCGAGAAAUAAGAGGAAGAAAGAAAAGGAGGGAGACACAUUACAUAUCUUGUUAACUUCAUCAUGUGUGUUUAUUUACUAGAUAUUUAAUUUAAUUUGAUGCAGUUUCAGCUGUAUUGAUUCGGUCAGGUUGUGUGCCCAAACGCGUGCCAAACGCGCUCAUCAGAUCAGAUAUAGAUCAGAAUAUAUCGAUAUAGAUCUAAAUGUAUGUGCUGACUCAGAUUAAUAGUUGUUGAUGAUUAUUUAUUGCACUGAAAUGUGCCUGACACUGUGGAAACCUGCCGGUGAGGCAUCAGUGACGUAUGUCGAUACGCCGCCGGUCUACCAAAAUACUACUAGACCAGCUGCGUUCCGCCUUGCGCUGAAAGCUGACCAGGUUUGAAUCGGCGAGCUUUCAGCGCACGUUACACGCCGGUGGCGAGCACGAAAAUGUCACUGCGCCAGCUGAUUCUGUCAACACCUCCCCCUGCCACGCCACCACGCCCAGCUUGGCGGAUCUCGGCUUGCCUCCGUGCGACUCAGUCCACGAAAAUACCAAACUCGCCUUACGCCGGGCUCCGCCAGACAAAAAUACAACUGCGCGGGGCUCGCCGCCCUCCGCCGCCUCACCGGCGCGAACGAAAAUAGAGCCCAUUGUGUAGAUGAGAUAUUUUGGAGCCAAAAGAUGUGCACACUCAGAAAAAUUAACCAUGACAUAGUUUAUUUACACAAGGUAUUUACAUCUAUUUGAUUUUGUUUAAAUUAUAAAAUUUCUUAGAAUUCAUUUAUUCAGACGUCUUAAAAUCAGCAAAAAUAUGUUAUUCUGAAAAGAAUCCAAUUUAAUCAGUUAAAAUAUAUGAAUUUAGUUUAAAUGUGAUAAGCUGUGGCUCAACCAAGAUUCAUUUAGUUAAAAUUUAUGAGACAGAAACAAAUACGAUUUAUCAGUGAUGAAUACGUAAAUCUUCAUCAUUUAUUCUAAACACAUGGCUUUAUUGUUAUUAUUACAUAAAUCUAAUUCUUAAUGUGUCAUUUACAUUUUUACAUUUGACCGAAAAAUAUGCUGUACAUAGAGUUUAUUGGCCUGUUUAUGUUCAAUCUAAGUCAUUCAAAUGGAUUGAAAUUUUGUAUGCAAUGAGGCCUAAAUAUUUCUGUGAGUGCAGAAGCAGUUUGCUGAUGUGGUAUCGAUGUCACACCUCUUCAGCUUGCCAAAGCACACAUUUACCCUACCCAGAGGAUCCCUCAGUUCAGGUCAGUUUCCAGCAUGACAGAUCUUUGUGUCACUUUGUAGUGGACCAUAGACUGUAUAUAGUUUGAACAGCAUGACUCCGCCUCCUGACAUUGUACGAAUUUGAAGCUAAAUUGCUCUUGUUUUUUCUGGGAUUUUCUCAAUUUCCUGAAACCGGCAUUUGCGCAGGAGCAUUUGGUAGGAGAAUCACUGUGAUGAUGCGCAAUCUUUGUGCGCCCACUGGCUGUAUCAAGUGUCAAUCAUAGAAAACAUGAACCCCCUAAUAACUCUUAAAAUUGGAGCUGCACAGAAAAAAAGAGCACAAACCAGUCUUACAAUGACUACGUGUCAACAUCGCAAGCAGGGGGGAUAAACACUAAUAUUCAAUGUAAUAAAUAUCCAUUCCACGUCCAGUCUAUAUACUUGAUACUUGCAGUUGUAGGAAGUUCAAUAACUAUUAGUUGUUGUUACCUUUCACUCACUGUUUCUUUUCUGCUUCUUUUGGAUGAGACGGCUGCAGGAGCUGCAUCUAUCACCAGAGCUGUCAGUGAUGGUGUCACAUUUGAUCUUUAUAGCACCGAACAGCACAAUAAAGCUGAGCUUUGUAGGAUGGACACCUGGAUAUAAAUAGGCAUGAUAAGAUAUAACUAUAAUGACAGAAAGUAUAUUAGAGGAAAGACUUUUUUAAUAUGGAUUUAAUAGUCUGACUCAUGUACAAUCUGUUACCAUGGAAGAGGCCGAGUUUAUGUCCUUUCCUGCAGCAUGUCAGUAGGGGGAGCCCUACAUGUUUCAGAGGCUAUUUUGAUAUCCAUCAACAUGGUCUGUGAUAUUUACCUGAAAUAGCUGAGUGAUUUCCUUAAUAAUCUGCGCUCACUUAUUCUUUCUUUCAAGGAGAGAACAGGGAGUGACAUCAGGAAAUGAGCCACUGGCUGAAAGUAAACCUGGGCCAGCCGUUUGAGGCCUAACCUCUAUGAGGUGCUCGUGUUGGUCACUAGGCCAAAGGCGCCUAGCUUUUCUUUAUUUUAGUGAUAAAACUCUCAACCCUUUGUUUUACUUCAGAUAGAAAAGUUGAAUAAGGUGAAUAACGUUAUCUCACACUGAUUGCAGGCCACUGAAUUGAAUCCAAACAGAGUUGGAACAGGGCAGAUAUUAUAGUGAUGUUAAUAUGAACUGUAUUAUUUUCAGAAAAGUAAACAAAAACAUGAUGAAACUUAACUGCUUGUUACUGAUGAUUUUGAGUCACCUUACUAGUCUUAAGAAUCAGCUGUUGGAAUUCUUGUACCUGUUAGAUCUAACAAGACCUGCCACCAACACUAACCGCAAGUUUUACCAUGGAUCACUGUAAACAUGGAUUUGAUAUGCGAGAAACAUUUGAAUUGCAAUGAGCUAGGUUUUUUUAAGUUUAAUAUCAUGGACGAUAAAUUUGACAUACAUCCAUAGACUGUAUAUAGAAUGGCGCCGUCUGCCUCUUCACUGGGUGAAUCCUCCAUGAGAACAGCACCCUCUGGUGACAGGCUGCAGUACAGAUCAUAAAUCUGGCCUCCUCCAGUUCUCCUUAUGGAGCUGUGAACAAACUUCAGAAAUUUAUUACACGGACUGUAAAUUUUCCUCCGCCCUGGUUGGGAUGUUGACAUGUUGUUACUGUCAGACUUGUUUGUGCUUGAAGCCUCUUUUUUCUGUGCAGCUCCAUUUUUAACUUGAUACAGCCCAUGAGUGUACAAAGAUUGCAUGGCUCACCCAGGCGAUUGAGCAGAAAGUCAUUAAAGCGACUCUCUCGCUGAAUGCGUACAAUGCUACUGCGCAAGUGGUGGCUCUAGGAAGUGGAGGAAAUCCCAGAAAUACAGAGAGAUUCAGCUUCAAAUUCGUAUAAUGAUGGAAGGCGAAAUGGAAGGUAUGUAGUGAAAGUUUUGCACUUACAAAAGCAGCAGGAACUCAGCAUUAAUGAAAAAAAAAGACUUUAAUUAAUGAUGUAGAUCUUCAUCUUGAUGAUGUGCACACCGUGACCAUAUUAAAACAAAUUACUGCCGUGAUUGUUCCUCACAGGUUUUAAUGGUUCUUGCUCAUUCAGACUCUCCUAAUAUGAGACUGUCAACUCAUAUUUACGACCCCGGUCAUCAUAAUUACCAAUCAUUUAUUCCAUUUUUAGGUUCAAUGGAGGCACAAAGGCUGUAUUUAUUCAGAAAAGGCGUAAGGCCAAUAUUUUUGCAGGCCGUGACUGAUUAAGUUACUGCCGGGGUCUUUAUAUCACAUAAUGUGAAUCCUUGUGAAUUAAAUUAGUGAUUUACAGGCUUUAACUGCUGACACACAGGAUGGAGCUAAUGUGAUUAGUCUGGGAACACAGAGGAGAGGAAGUUUCAAGUGUCUCAUCAAAGUUACUGAGAACAAUUGAGAGUUCGAGCACAUCUUAAGAAAUCUUUGGUUAAGGUGAUAAUUAAAACUAUUCUGCUCUGUAAAAUGGAUCAUAGAGAGCCAGAUUACUGCCUCAGAUACAACCUCAGUGCAUGCUUUGAUUGUGAGCCACUUGACUUGAAAUGGUCCAAGUGGUCCAGGCAACUCUUGCACUGAAAACAAGUAAACAACAGCAAAACAUGGAGAGUGUUUUCCCCAUUUCUCUACCAGACUGUGAAAAUCUAUUUUAAUAGCAGUCUGAGAACCAAAGGCAUAGUUGCAUACUGUAGAGAUGCUAACAGAGCCCCACUACUUUCUAUUUUUUCACUCUGUUAACAAAGACUCCACUGUGUGAAAGUUCAGAUCCCACCGAGGCUACUUAUCAGAGCUAAGCAAGUGCCUUUUAGGAAGAACACAACACACCAUCUUUGUGAAAUUAUCUACAAAGUGAGUACACAAACAACUACAGACCUCGAUAAAGAAGAACAAUCUACCACAUUAUAGCUCUGUAUUUAAACCAACAAAUAUUUCCACUUGAUCAUCUGGUAGUUUUUGUUAUACUUCAGUGAACAUGAGAAAAGGAAAACUCUGACAUUUACACAAGGUGGCUGAACUUCCUCAGUUUCUCUCCUUAUCUCCUCCUCCUCAGUAUAUCAGUACACUCUAACCCUGAUGUGUUUCUUUGCUUCACUCACAUACCUUUUUUUUCUCUCAACAGGUUGAGCUGCAUCUGAAGCCCAUACAGUCUCUCCUGCGCCAUCAGAAGCCGCUAGUCUUCGUGCUUAACUCCCCCCAGCCACUGAUGUGGAAGAUCAAGACAGAGAACCUGACCCCGGGCCUUAAACAUACCUUUCAUGUGAGUCCAGCAUCACUAAAAGCCUCUAAAUCCUACUUCCUAAAACUGUGUAUUCAUUUCCUCACAGGAUAAGCUGUAUUCCUGUUCCAGUAGCUGUCUUAUAUCAGUCAAAUAUAUGAAAUCAUAGAAGUUUGCAGAGGAGGCCAUUACACGCUCCAUGUGGAGACACUUCAAUUCCUGUGUACAAACAAAAGGACCUUGUUUUGUCCAGUUGUAUUUGAUACAGAUGCAGUCAAACUCCCUUUAGUAUGAGUGUAAAUAGGAGAGUUUUUAUUAUUUCUCCCUAACUCAGACUGGGAUCACACUCUCACAUCAGGCUGUAAGAUAUAUUCAGCUAUUAAGACACAAUGUGCUCUGUCAGCCUUAUUCCCUAACUAUAACCACAGGGCCGUUUCCCCGCCACCUCCCUCCCUCCCUCCUCCCAGCAGCCCUGUUGAUAGCUUGGCAGCUGUUCAAAUCAGACAGGGCGUAUCCGCAAAAAUCCCUAACAAGGGGGGAAUGUUUGGGAGCAAACAGAAAACUAGAGCUCUCCUGAGAAAGGAGUUGAACUCUCACCUUAAAUGUUUUUUGCUGAAAUCCUAAACUGUGUUGCAAGUUUGUUUAAAAUAAUCAGUUGAAGAGGCAAGUUGCUCAUUUAGCUGCAAAGCGUCUAUCUCUGACUUAAACUGAUACUGUGUAGCUUUUUCAAAAUUGCAGUCAUGGCCAAAAGUGGUUAUAAUAGGACAAGGAAUUAGUAAAACAUUUUUUUUAUUGUCAGUACAGGACUAUUAUAACCUAACAUGUCCUUCCAUUGUUAAUACCUGCAUUAUUUGCCAAACUUUACUGCAGUGGCAUCUCCCCACAACAUCUACAGGUUUGGAUGCAGGCUGUCCCAAACAACUCUCCACUUCUAACAUUAUUUUAUAUGUUGUUUGGAGCUUUUUGGCCUUUGUAGACGGAUAAAAAUACAGAGGAUGGAGGAAACAAGGGAGGGGACAGGGAGUGACAUGCAGGAAAGGGGCCACAAGGUAGAUUCGAACCCACACUGUCUUUGUAUGUGGGACUCUCACACUGGGCCAUCUGUGGCCCAUGUUGUUUUACUUUUGACAGAGAUUAGGAUAACAGUGAGAAGAGCCUGUGGCGCAUGUAGCUGCUCUAUUAUCUCCAUCAACAGAACUAGAGUCCCACUUAAAGAGGCUGGACACUUUGGCCCUACAUAGAAAUAAAAGAAAAGGAAAUGAUAAAAAGAAUCAGCCAUUUUGAUCCAUGUGGAUGUAGAUUAUUAUAAACAACAUUAAUGUGGCAGAUUAUCAAGUUUUUUUUCCUUUUCUCCACCAUCAGGCUGUUGUUGUAAGUCAUGUCUUAUAUUUAACAUCCAAAUGUUGUUGGAAUUAUUGAACAAAAGUUCUUUUCUCAGCAACCAUUUAACAUUUUUAAUCUGUCAUCGUUAGUAGGCAGCAGACACUGGGCUCUAUUUUUGUGUCCGCCGGUGAGGUGGCGGCGGGUGGCGGACCCCGCGCAGUGGUAUUUUUGUCUGGCGGAGCCUAGCGUACAGCCAGUUUGGUAUUUCCGUGGACUGAGGCACACCGAGGCCCGCCAGGCUGGGCGUGGUGGCGUGGCAGGGGGAGGUGUCGACAGAAUCAGCUGGAGCAGUGACAUUUUCGUGCUCGCCACCGGCGUAUAAAGUGCGCUGAAAGCUCACUGAUUCAAACCUGGUCAGCUUUCAGCGCAGGCGGAGCUCAGCUGAUCUAGUGGUAUUUUGGUAGACUGGCGGCCUAUCAGCAUACGUCACCGAUGCCUCACAGGCAGGUUUCCAGUGUCAGGCACAUUUCAGUGCAAUAAAUAAUCAUCAACAACUAAUAAUCUGAGUCAGCACAUACAUUUAGAUCUAUAUAGAUAUAUUCUGAUCUAUAUCUGAUCUGAUGAGCACAUCUGGCACGCGUUUGGACACACAACCUGACUGAAUUAACACAGCUGAAACCGCAUUAAAUUAAAUAAAAUAUCUAGUAAAUAGACACACAUGAUGAAGUUAACAAGAUAUGUAAUUCGUCUCCCUCCUUUUCUUUCUUCCUCUUCCUCUUAUUUCUCGCGCAGCUCGACCUGGACAUGUCUCUGUGUCCUCUCCCCGUCCUGCUGCAGCUGCUGCUGCGGCGGCUGAGCAGAUGAUUUAUUGUAGUGAUCAGAUGAGUUAUUUACUUUAAGCCUACAUACGAAUAUUAUAAUAUUCAGUUUUGUGGGCCAUAUUUAUUUUAUAUGCCAACAUCUAUGAAAGACAGAGCCAGGCCACAGAGGGUGAUGCGUCAUUUACGCACAGAUGGUUCCGAUUUUCAUGCCAUUUUUGGGAUUUAUUUUGUGACCUGUGCACACAACCCACCUUUGUCACGUGAGGUUUGAAUAUAUGCAACUUUAUGUGAGUGUCUUUAUUUGUGGAAAAGGGUGUUUGUCUUACUAGUGGCUCCAACAUUACACACACCAAAUCCAGGGACGCCCUCUGCAGCGCUUACAGUGACACUUGUUGAGGGGCUGACGCCAUCUUGUGGCAUUACUGUCUUCAGACAUCUCUUGAUCUCUUUGACUACUUCACGAAAAUUGUAAUACGCCUCACCGGUGGCGGAUUUAAAGGCGAGGAGAGGAGCUGAUGUUAUUGGUUAAUACAGGUCCCACUCCACGCCCUCUCUCCUCCCUCGCUACGACUUACGCCGCUGGGAGGAGCUGAGUUAGGGAGGGGGGAUACUUACACCGGGCUGCGCCGCUCACCAAAUACCAAAUUGUGCUUGGGAACACCUUGUCGGCACGGCGGACCUAACUUACGCCGCGCCUGUGGCACGUCUCCGGCGAGGCACGAAAAUAGAGCCCACUGAGUCAAUAUGACGACCACAAUGCAACAUGGCUGAACACACAAUUAGCUCACUAGAUUUGUUGACAUAGCAGGUCUUGUAGGUGUCAGUUAUUAAGGGUGGUCUGAAUAUAAGGGAUUACUUUGCAGCAUUUUGGAGACAAUUACUGUGUUCAGACAAGUUCUUCAAAGGAGCAAAUUUAGAUUCAUCAAAUCUGAAGAAAAGAUCAGAUAGUAGAAAAAGUACAUGCCAGCGUGCAGUAAGAAAAGUUUUCUUUCUUUCUUUCUUUCUUUCUUUCUUUCUUUCUUUCUUUCUUUCUUUCUUUCUUUCUUUUUUCUUUCUUUCUUUCUUUAUCUCUUUCUUUCUCAUAAGGGCCUGUGGUUUGUUAUGAAUAAAAGAGAAUGUCAUGCAUGUCCUAUACAGCAUGCCUGGACUUACUCUAAAGGUCAGUCACAUGGCCUAUUUCAGGUUGUUUCUCCUUCUUAGUAACAGUCUCAUUUUGAAAAUUGUGAGCAAAAUCCAAAUUACUUGACGGAGGUUUGCAGAAGCACUAGAGUACAUGUGAGGAAAGAAGAGACAAAGAUUUGGUGAGGGGGCAGUCAGUGCAGUAGGAGCCAGGUCCCCUGGAGAGCCAGCCAUAUUUAGUAAAGGUACCAUGGGGCCUUGCUGGGAAACUUAAUAAAAAAUGUAAAAAUGGACUCUUACAGUGCCCUUGUUUAAAGCAGUUGUCUCACAUGAGAAAAUCAUCGCAAAAUGAGGUCCAGAGGCCUCAGCCGUGGCUUACUUGGCUAUAUUGUACUGGAAUUUUUUUCUAUGCCCCUAAAUGCCGAGAGAGCUUUCCUGUCUUUUUGGCUUCCCAGAAGUAAUCAUUUUCAAUUGUAUGUUAACACCACAGCAUUCUGCAAGAAUGCAGUAUCAGGUACACAAAUGACUACCAGAUGUGGUCAAGUGUUUUUGGUGCUUACUUUUUAUGAGCAAAAUAUUCUGCUGCGAAAACCAAUGUGACACAGAGAAGAACAGAGAUUGAUUGCAAAAUCCAUGUAUUAUGUACAUGUAUGUGCACUUGUACUCGCAUAGCAGGGGGCCUUGCCGACCACAUUCAUGCAUUGUCUCAGCCUCUUUAACAUUUAGAAAGCCAGAAAAUAAGUAAAAGGCCUGUUCUUGAUAAUACUAAAUGUUGUAAGAUACAUGUAAUGUAUGACUUCUACCAUGAUUGAUAAUAGUGAAUGUACCAAAGGUGUUACAAGUAUUGUACAGUACACAAGACUAAACACAGCUGUAGGAGAAAUAUGCAACAUGAAGACAUGCAGCCCAAGUUUCAAACGCUCCCUUUAAUAACAGUUUCCUGUUGUGGUGUCACAAGUAACUGCUGCAUUUCAUGAAGAUUGAUGUGCAUCAGUUGUGCUUGUAUUUUCCUAAGCAGUGAUAUUGUGUGGCUGGAGAGACUGAUGUUUCUGCAGAGACCUGCAGGUCAGCAUCACAUUUAAUGUCUCCCCCUGUCAGCGGUGCCAGACAGAGCACAGCUGACAACCAUCACAAAAGCUGUUGGUCCAGGCAGAGCUGUUUCUCUGUGUUAUGAACACCAGGGCUUUUUCAGAGGAGGAGUUUUUACGUCCACUUAUGUUCACAUCUAAGAGUGGCUGCUGUUUUAAUGAUAAGAUACACAUCAAAGGUGUACCUACGGAGACAUUUGCAGCAGCUAUUCAUGGAGCUAAAACACAUGAUCUUAGACUGACCUUAGCGAUUAGUUUUCUCUGUUGACACUUAAUUAUGAUAUGUUUCUGGCACACAAUUACAGUUUUCAAGCAGAGCGAGAAGCGAUAAAGGUAAUCUAAUGGUGAUGGAGGAGGCUCCUGCAGUCAGACAAAACUGAGCUAAUGGCUUUGACUGACUGCAGGGCCUCUCCUGAAUGAGGUGUUAAGUAUUUAGUGUUUGAGUGACAGCUCUGAGCCCUCUUGUAGUUAAAGCUGUUGGCAUCUCAUCCUCCAGUCCGACUGCAGAUGGCUUUAACCCAGAAGAGUCUCAGAGGUUGCUGCUCUGCCCAGGUUCACCCAACAAUGAAAGCUCCUUAACAUGCUGUACAACUCAGAUACUGCACCAUGCUGGAUGAACAAUCAGCAGCUUUCACUUUGCUGUAAAAUGAACUGAUCUCAUUGUAAUACACUUCAGUUUGCCAUUCACAGAUCUCUGCUCUCCUUGUCUACAAUUGCUGCUCUUGUACAUGUCCUGCAUGGCACUUACUUUAUUCAGGGUUUCUGCUGGGACUAAAAAAAGUCUUAAAACGGCAAAAAUAUAGUAAUUUGAAUUUAAGGCCUUAAAAUUUCUAAAAUUCUCUUAAAACCUCAUAAAACGUCUUGAAUACAAAAUUGAAAGGUCUUAAAAAUGUACUGAUGUUACCUACAAAUACAGAUUGAUUUGAACUUAGUUUGAAAUGUUCCAAUUUCCCUUCAUGUCUUCUGUACUUUUUUGCCAGUAUGGAUGUAAAAUGGAUGGAAUGGAAUUAUAUUCAUUAUGGUCUUAAAACAGUCUUGUAAGUCUUAAAAUUGACUUGCUGAAACCUGCAGAAACUCUGUUUAUUACCGCAUGUGAAAUGAUUGAAAUGAUUGAAAUCAAUUACACUUUGAGAGUAAGUACGCUGUGGCUUUUGUCACACUUAGAAUAAACAAGGGGCUGAGCCCAACAUAAACCCAACCCAACCCUUGUGUCCUGUGCCUCUCUCAGUAAACAAAUUGUGCUCCGCUUAACUGGCAAAAUGUGGCUGGACAUAACCUAAUUCACUUUGCCCCAUGAGGUACACAGGGGAUUUUAGAUCAGUAAAAUAGGGUCCAAAGGUGCUUUCACAUCUUGAGUCUUGUUGUUGCUGUUGUUGUUGUUUUGAAAGAGAGGGUAUUUCCCUUAUUGGCUUGGGUUGUCUGGACAUGUCUGAACACAGCGCUGAUUCAGAUUAAACCAAGCAGAUCAUCAUUUAAGAGGUGGUCUUGGCCUGCCUCCAGUAGAAUCCUGGCUCACUGUGUUUGCAAUGACAGUGCUAUCAACCCUGCAGUCAUGACCAAUAGCUGCUUCACUCAUCACUCUCCAGUCGCAUUGGAGCUAGUAAGCAUAAAACUAGCAACAGGCUGAUGUUAUUCACCAUCACCAUCAAAUGCAACAUCAGCUGAGUGAUCGGUUAUCAGCUGGUGCUAGGCAUAGCAACAUCAGGACUCAACAAUACCUGCAUAAUUACUAAUUAGUUUAGUUCAGAGACUUUUGACCCGCUCAGGAAAUUUGUCCCUCUCUUUACUGCAGUCCCCACUUUUGCCAAGAUGGUCUCAUAGCUUUAUAAACUGCUGCCAGGGUUUAUUUACAAAGCUGAAUUAAAUGUAAUGUCCAUGGAAAACAAAGUGAGCAUUCUGGCCAGACUGUCUAACAAAGACAGUUGCACGAAUGCUUAAAUUCUGCAUUCAGGUAUAAAGCUGGUUAGUCUUUGUCAGGAAAAGUAACACAGCAUAUUUUCUAAAAAUAAAAUAUGGUUGUAACAAUCAUGACCCAAAAAUAUUGUACGCAAAAAAUGCCCGUACAUUUGUUUGGGAUUUGCCAUUCUUUGAGCAAGAUUUCUCUUGCUACCAAUACAAUAAAAAAAUAAACGUUUUAGUCAUAAACUUUUCAAAACUUCUUCCAGUUCAGUUACUGUACUAUAGAUGUAUUUUGGAGAAACAUGUUUGGGAAAAUAAAAAACUGCAUUUUUUAAGUUUAGUCAAUUGAAGGCCACUUUAAUGUUUGAGGAAAUGUGAAAACCUUGUUUGUUUUAAAUUCACCUCCUUUAUUUCAAAUGUAAGUAUUUUUUUUUUCUCAUAGCGACAGAAAAUGCUGCAGGAUGCAGACAAAAUGAUUGUUUUGGCAAAUGGAAGAGCAGUUUGAGUUGGCUGGUGUUUCUGCAGUGUAAACUUGUUUCAAUGCAAUAAGAGCAGAACAGAAUGAUGUCAACAAAGAUUCUGAAAACGCCCAGCACUGGCUUCUCCUGGUGGACAUAUAUUAGGAAUAAGAUCUGCUUAUUACAUAUGUUAUCAAUCCAUCUCUAAUUUUCAUCUCAUGAACUUUAAUUGAGAGCCAGUGAUGUUCCUUUUUGCUUUCAAAGAAAUGCUCUGGUCUGACUGUAUUUUACGCUAGCUAUCAAGCAUAAAAUGCAUGUACCUCAUCGGCUUUAUUAGACAGUGGAGGGAAUAAAGCAAAUGUUCGGCUGUAUGAAAAACUUGUUGUGGACCAUAAAAGUUAUCUCGAAUGAGCACAGUGGUAAAACUCUCUGUGUCAAUAAUGACUCUGCCAGUUCCCACACCUUCUUCAUGGUCUCUCUCUCUAAUGGAGGAGUUGUUGUGGUGAGGGCUUUAAUAACAGAGUCAAGAGGAACUAGUUUUGGGCUUAACACUCAAGAACUGAAACCCACAGCCAGACCUCCCUCACACUGCCUUUCCAUUGGAGAGGCUGUUUCCUGGGACUAAUUGGAUUCUGAAUCAGGCCUGCCAUCCCUUGUUUCCUGGUUCCAGUGCUCUGGGCUGGGUGGACACAGAUGGGCUGCCUGGAAAAGCUUCAGAGACGCUGAGCACUCUGUUGCUGUUGGCCACUGGAGGCUGCUGACUUUUAAAAUGCCAGAAUCCAGACUUUUGUUGUAAAACAUGCUCUCCACGGUACUCCUUGUCAAUCAGCAGCAGGAAGGAAUCACAGUGACGUGAAAAAUGACCUCUGAAUUUGGGCCAAAUCUUAUUUUACCAAGGGACGCUGUGAUUCAGAGUGAGACACGUGCAGAGUGUGCCGUGUUGACUCAGUGGCCGUAUGUAUAUAUUCUUUUCAGGGGCUAGGAAAGGAAGACUGGACGGCAUCUCUGCUUGAAAAGCUUGACUUGGAUCAAAUGUUUUAUGACUCUUGAUGGAACAACACUGUUGAGUUUGCUCUUGGAUUGUGUUGCCUAUUGUUUGUUUGCCAAGCGUUGCCUUUUCACUCCUGUAUUUCUUUCAUUAGCUGAGGGCCUUUCAUAAAAUAUUUGCUCUCACACAAGCUCCCUCCUCAGAGUAAUUGUUAAUGGAAAACAUGGGUAUUCACUAUAGUUUUUUUAUUUGCAGACAGAAAUGGCAGAGAAGCGCUCCAGAAUGGCGCAGAGACAUAUGGUAUUGUUUUCUGCACAACAGAGCCUGCCGGUUUACAGGAACACAUGCACAUAUGCAGCGAGCAUUCAGCGUGAUUAGUUCCACAUAUCUCAUCAAGGGAGAUAAGAUCAAAUCAGCUAUAAAAGCAUUUAUCACAUUGAUAUCACCAGGGACUGAGUGCAUGCUCAUGCUCUCUCAACCCUGUCUGCACUUCCCCUCACCCUUCUCUGUUUGCAACACCUCUUAAUUUCCAAACAGUCUUCUGCUAUUCCCAGGCUGAGGGUGUUGCUCAGUGGAGGAUUACAGCUCUAUGAUAAUUGAUGUCAAACAUUUGGCAUGCUUUCUCCUUUUAACUACACAUAUGCCUGUAAUAUGUUGAUACUUAUAGGUUGUAAAGACAGGAAAUAUACUGCUAGAUGUUUUGAGCAGGCAGAUGUGUUUGAAGAGUUUUUUGUAAAAUUUUCAAAAGGAAUGGAGGAGUUUGUUAAACAGAUGCAAUACUGAGCGGACACUAUAGAAAGCAGCAAAAAUUAAAGUUGCAUAAAGUAGUAUGCCUUCCUGCAAAUACCACUGCGAGCUUCAGUCCUCAUUGUAUGUCGCUAAUGUCUCCUCUCAGUGACGUGCAAUGAGGUUCAUGGCUGGUGAGGCACUGACUUCAUCACAAUCAGAUUUACAAACAUAUGAACCCUACAGAGUAGCUUAUUCACCAUUUGAUUGACAGCAGUUAACAGGUUAUGUUUGAAAUCUCAUAUCAGCUUUCUUCACACAUGCAAACUAGCACACAAAGAAGCACAUUUAAUAAUAACACUAAAAAGGUUAAUUAUGAUCUUACCUCAACUUGUAAAUGGUCUUCCUUAAAUGAUUACCUCCUGCUUCGAUUUAAAGUCUGGUUUAGAAAACUGAUAGAGUUUAGAUAUGUAAUCAUUUAUUUUGAAAGUACGGCCAGAGGAGAGGAAAAAACAUAUACGGAUGGCUUGACUUGCUAACUGUAGGUUGCAGCUUGCUAUCACUUACUCUGCAAUCAAGAAGACCCUAAAAGAAUCACUGGGAUCCCAAGUGCCCCCUAUCAUAAGGCAGGAGAACUGCGUGCCUCACUCAGUACCUUUUUACAGCCGAUUUAUGAUUGCUCAGCCCAAGAAACAUGUUACACAUAUACGGUUGUUGACGAAAAACACUGUACGUUGUACACAUCAGCUACACUGUGGAGAUUUAAUUGAUAUAGCAAAAGUGUCUGAACAUUUUCAAAAUGACAUACAGAGAAAUAGCAAUACGGUCUCAUAUCAUGCCAGUACAGUUAGCUAAGUCAUUGCGCAAUCCAUGGUGAGGCUCAUCUGGCUGCUGCCUCAUCACACGUCUCUUCUCAGUAUUUGAAAAUGUCAAAAUUCACCGAUUUUGAAAAAAAAAAAUCCCAAACUGGUGAAGUUGAAUGAAAAAUAUGUUCAUCGUGCAAAUCACUGGAUAAAAUAAUCAUUUAUUUAAUUUUUUCAUUUUACAUUUUUUACUUUCCAUGAUGACAUGUGAGGCAUAUCUCCUGCCUCCUGCCUCCCCUGACUGCACGUCACUGUCUCCUCUACACUCUUUGCUCUCUUUGCCAACUCCCGAUGUCCAGGUAACAUCCAGACUUCAUGUGUUUAAACUUCAGAACACAUUACAAAGCCACUGCAGCUCAAAAACCCACUUUCAAAGUGUUUUUGGCAGUAAUAGCUGGAGCAUGCUUCGGGAGAGAUGAGCUCUAUUUUCUCUCUUAGAGGAUUUUGUUGAACUUGGCAGAAGGCUGCAGCUUACAGCUCUGAAGUACUCUGGAAAAAAGAGACCUUUAUAGAAAAUUUGGUUGGUAACAAAGUCAACAUUGAUUAAACAUAAAGAUCUGUUGGAACUCUAUGUUUAAUAAUUGAGAGCAGUUUACCUGCUUGUGCCAUGCUGUAGAUUCAUUCUGUUUAAUUAUAUUGUCCAUGAGUUCCCCACCAAAUUAUAGGCUAUUUUGCUUAACGUAAAUACAUACGCAUAAAAUGUGUGUUGUAGAUCAAAGCUGGCUUCUAAAUACCAUCUAUAUUUAUAUAUUCCACAUAAACCCAUGAAUGACAUUGCUAUUUGGCUUCCAGCGCUUUCAGGGUCUUUUUCACAGAUGGGCCACACAUUAAAAAAUCAAAACACAAUCUCAGGCACCCACACAAAUGGGUGUGACAUGCAGAUCUUUGCAGUUUUGCUGACCACAGGCAUUGGCAAAAUCUGAGCGCAGCUGGAUGCAACAUAUAAGGAGAACAUUUUUAGAAUGAGGGGUACAAAAAAGCUGUUGAAUUCAGUGUGAGUUUUAGUGUAGAUCAAUCAAAUGAGCCAAUUUAUCCUUUUGAAAGAAGCCAGAGGAUGAAGUGAGGCCUCAGCUACAAAGAGGUCCACAAACUCAAUGUUAAAAUCCCCCUAAUUAUGCUGCCUGUAUGCAGUAAAAACACCACUCAUGUUUUAAGCUGCUCCAGGAAUUUUAAUAUUGCUUGAUGUUUUAUAUUAUUUAGAAUUUCAUGCUGAGAAUUGUUGAUUUGAAAUUGUUGAACUAUUUGCUUUCACAGUAAAGAGGGGGAUCUCUUCACAUACAUAUGCCUGAGAGACUCAGCCUCGUUUGAAUGCCAUCUUUUAUGUCUCCUUUUAAGUCAUGAUGUUAACCACGUUGCAAAUGAACACCAGGAUUUUUUUUUUUCUUUGAUUGGCUAUUGAUGUGAGUAUGUGUGUUAAUGGUUGUUUGACUCCAUAUCUUUGCCUUUCACCCACUGACAGCAGGGAUAGAAGAAGUAUUCUCCCCUGAAGAGAAGAAGUAAAGAUAAUGGAUAGAUGGUUGAACACAUAUGCUAUCAUACUUAGGGCCCCAACUGUAAACAUUACCAACACAACUGCAACCUGAAUAUGGUUCGACAUAAAACUCACAGUUUUCAUCUUUCUGAAAUAACAAAAAACAUGAUUUUAUAACAGUGUUUCAGUCAGCAGGAGAUGGAGAAAUCUAGUUACAACCAAACAUGAUAUUUAUAUGAUUCCAGAGCUUUGACUCUGCUGCCUCCAGAUUAUCCUUCAUCUGUGUUUGCGAAAGAGGUUGUCUGAGCAGAAACAAACCCCCAAAGUUGCCCGCAGUCUGUCUGUGCCUCUCCUCCUCCUUCUACGAGCAAACACAUUUGUUUGGUUCCAGGAAAUUACCAAACAGGCUUAGACUAAAAAAAAUAUACUCUCACAAGAGGAAAAUUGCAUUAAAACUGCAUUUUCCCCUAGUGCUGGCUGUGAGCCUGCAGGAAAAUAGAACCCUGGUUUUUUGGUCUGUCAACUGUCCAUGCAACAGAGGAGACUGAGAGCGAGAGUGAGGAAGAGAGAGAGAGCGAAAGAGAGAGAGGGAGUGAGUUAGUAAAGCGGGUCUGCACUUCCCUGUUUCACAUUCUUGAGGUUUUCAGCUCUCUGGAAAGCCUGGAGCUAAUUUGGCUUUUAGGCUUUCCCCUCUAAUUCCUAGCGACUAAUUACAGCUGUAUUCCCGCAAUUAAACUGAUAAACUUUGCUGAGCUUGGCAAAGUUAUAGCGAAGAAACCCCAGCCCCUCCUCACUGACUCAGAGUACCACCUCUUCUCCAUCUUUCUUUCUUUUGCGCCGUAGUAAACAUUCUAAAAAUGAAAUGAACCUGAAUUCUUCGACAGAGUAUGUCUCCUCGGCCGCAGUAUUUACUGCCUCUGGUGACAAUGCCAGGAACACUUAGAGGAGCGUCCAGAGGUCAGGCAGAUGUUGUGCACAAGGAGAACUCUAAAUAGUCCUGUCUGAGAGAAAUGGCCACCCUUAAAGAAUAUUAUUCCACUAUCACUGAAGCGUCAUUGCAAUUUGGGGACAGCUUUCUAGCAUUAUCUCAAAUAAGUGCAAUGUCUUUUUCCUCCUGGGCGUAAAUGGAUUUAAUGGAUUUAAUGUUGAAUCUGACCCUCCAGCUCUGUGUCAGCUCAUGCAUAGGGAUAAGAUACCUAGGGAGGAAGAAAAACAAGCAUGGAAAUAAAAUGAGGUAGGCUGUCUAGACCGUGUGCUUGGACUCAUUUGGUUGUAUGGCAGGGUUUUCAACACAUGUGAAUGUUUAUCUCCCUGAAAUGAGGCAUAUGGGCUGAGCUCCAUUGAGUGCCAAAGGGGUGGUCCCUCCUCAAUACUCCAAGGCCAGUUUCCCUGUCAAACGCAAAUCAGCACUUUCUUUGCUCUCCAUAUUAUGAAGCCCUCUCCCUGUUAGCUGUCUCCUUUUGUGUGACCAUCACAUUGAGAGUUUAGAGAGCAACCAAAGCUUAUACUUCAUUUAUGUACUCAUGUCUGUUCUCUAGUGAAAGCUCUUCAAAAACAAACCACAAAGUCAAGUCAAGUCAAGUCAAGUUUAUUUGUAUAGCACAUUUCAGCAGCAGGGCAAUUCAAGGUGCUUUACAUGAAACAAGCAGGCAAAACAUUCAACACAAUUUAAAAAGUAAAAACAGCGUAAAAGACUGAAAAUAUAUGGAACCAUUUGUCAAUAGAGCAAAAAAAUUAGGGAUAAUGUAUUGUUACAGCUAGGGGUGUACGAUUAAUCAAUUUUAAAUCGUAAUUGGAUUAUUUAAUUAUGACAAUGUUAAAAAAAUGUAUCAAAUUUAUUUUUCACUCUACCGUGUCUUGCACCCAAAGGCCAUUGUAGACUCCCCCUUCCUGCAAGAGCGCUCCAUUAUUCCCACACACACCAGUGUAAACAAACAUGGUGUUUGCAAAAGAAGGCGAUAAUUUUGUGGCUAAAUAGGGCAAGAGCAAGUCAGUCAAGUGGAAUUGGUACAGCUUCACAGUUUCAGACGAAGAGCAAACCACUUCCUGCUGCAAAGUCUGUCUGAAGGCGGUAUCAACCUGUCCACACAGAAACAAAUCCAGAGGUAAACACAAAAGUUUUUUGUCCUAUCAGCGUUUCAUUCACACAGAAACGGCGUUUCGGGUGACUGAAAACAGGUACGAGAGUGCAUAAUUUCGUAAACGACUACCAUUUCAUUUCCGUGUGAAUGGCUAUCUACAUCUGGAAAGGAUUUUGUGACACACAGCAUAACUCUUAUGGUGCAAACAAACAUUAUACGCAUGCUCCGUACUCUUCUUCUGUCUUUUGUGCACUUCCUCUGCAGCAUUAUCUGCCACUUACUGCCUUGGCUUAUGUGCUACAUUGUUUUCAGUAAUUUCAUUUUGAGUCCUUAACCUCAUAUGCCCUCAUCGAGGGCAUAUUCUUGAGAGGAAGAUCAAUAUCCUAGCCUCCACUGUGCAACCAAGAACCAGAAAGUAAAAAAUAAAAUAGAAUAAGAAACCACCAAACGAACAGCUUGGGCAGGAUCAUGUUUAACCAUCUUUUAGUGAUCGAUUUUUUGGUGCCUCCAAUAAUACUUGUAUCAGUUUUGUAUCUCUCGAAUGGCUUAGGCAUUCGACCCUUCCUAGAAACAAGGUAGCAAAAUCAGAGGGUAUUUGAGUAUUGAACACUGAGCAUAGAGAUAUGUGGAUUCUGUUAAUUUAGGGCAUUCUCAGAAAAUAUGAAAGCACCACAUUGUCUCUAAUACGGCCUAUUAUCCCCUCUAUAUCGUUCCUGGUACAGAGUUUUUAAGUAUCUGAUAAUAUUCUUCCAACAAUGUUCCCUCCAGUACAUGGAGCAUGUCGAGGUUGACUGGAAUUCCCAGAUCCCCUUCCACAUUUCUUCUGAAAUCACUAUCCCAGCAUCCCUUUCCCAUCUUUCCUUAAUGUAUAGUGUUGAGCCAUUCUCAGCCUCUAAAAGAGCAUUGUACAAUGCUGAAGUGGAUUUGCUUGGUGUUGACGUUUGGGCUGAUUUAAAUAUUCGAUAAAACUCAGAUUUGGCUACUGUCAAGUCUCUAUAGUUACACUUUUGAUUAAUAUAGUGCCUCACUUGAAGGUAUAUUAUCAUUAUUAUUAUUAUUAUUAUUAUUAUUACUGACAAAUUGGAAAGAGCUUAAGUCUGCGGUCAUUUUAUUUUUAAUUAAAUACUCCUUUAACACUGCCGAAGCCCAAACUAUGUUUUGUUUUGUAUAUAUUAAGUGGUUUCCCUAUAGGAACAUAGCUAAAAUUAAGCAGUUAAUAGAAUAUUAUUGUCACCUUGGAUAAAGGCUUUAUAUCCUAGAAGUUACAAUUUUAAACAUGAUUUGUUUAAAAGAUAAGACCAGCUUGCUUUUAGACAACAACAAGUCUUUGCCAAACAUUUCAAAUUUGGAUACUAACAAGGGGAGAUUAAAUAGAAAUGAAAAACUUAAGAUGCUUCCAACUGGCAUCUAGCAAAUAUGAAUUAGCUAGGUGAGUCAUCACAAGACCUUUCUGGAUUUAAGCAAUUGUCUCUGCAGCUGCAAAAGUUCAUUACUAGCAAUGUUCCUACUUUUUGGGGUGUUUUUUUUUUUUUUCACGUGUUUAUUUUGAGGCAGAGUCACUUAUUUAUGAUGGCCCAAUACAAAACUGUCCUUCCCCCAUCUGAAUACAAGAAAACCUGAGGAACAUGUAUAAAAAAAAGCUAAAGAAUAUUAGUUUUAGGGUUUUUAAGAAGGGUUUGGAUGGAGAGCAAAGAAAAGGUUUCAUAAAUGUUUAGAGAUCAGGUUUAAUUCUGGAAAGGCUGAACAGUUUGUUCAGUCUGCCUCCAGGCUCUUCAUUUUACAAUCCCAACUACUGGAUCUUCAACAGGGAGGAGCAGGUUGAGUUGACUUUUAUGUUCAUGGCUCUAAAAGUGUCUGUUUGAUUGUUCUUAAGCUGAACAGACUGUAGAUCAAACUCAUAUAUCGGCUGUGUUUGCUGUCACAUCUCCCAGAACUUAGAUAACUACUUAUCAGAGCAACUCUUUUGUCCUCUAACAUUCCUCCACGUUCCUUUCUUCCAGGUAUCUGAGGGCUCUGAGGUCCACUUUCCACAGCCGGGAAACUUCUCCCUCUUCUGCCAGAUCCAGAAGGAGACCCUUCCCCAUGGCAACGAGCACCUCCUUAACUGGGCCCAGAAGAAGUACAGGGCGGUGACCUCUUUCUCUGAGCUCAGGAUGACUCAAGACAUCUACAUCAAAGUUGGAGAAGGUGGGUGCAAGAUUCCCCAAAUUCCCAACAUAGCUCCUAGCCCUAAGGCACACCUCCUGGUUCCGCUUUAGCUCCCUAAACAUCACUUAGCUUUUUGUGUUGGAGUCCUAGCUAGAGGUUUAAACGCUCCAGCAGGAUACCUGUGGUAGUUCACAUGCAGUCAACUGAAUAAUCUGAUACAGGUGCUGAUGUAAAAGCUUACAUACAUGAAGCACUAUUUUGCUUUCAAGUUACAGAGCCAGGACUGUGUUUUAACAGUGUGUUUUAACUGUGUUUUGUAUCUACAUAUUUCAUGGUUUAAUUUUUCUUACAUCAUUCAAUGAUGUCAAUCAUCCUUUUGGCCAACGAAAAGCAUUAAAAAGCUUUGAAAGUUUUCACUUGUAUAAGCAGGAGGAAGACCAUGCUCUACAUAUAUGUGCAAUUGGUGGAGAGAGUGGAGGGGUGUGUUCGAAAUGAUGAAGCAGUGAGAGACUUGAGGAGAGGCCAUGAUUCACUUUCAUGAAAAUCUUAACUUCUCAAACUCUGCUGGCUGCUCUGUCCUGUUUAAUAAAAGCAAUUCUAAUUUCAUAGUGUAUCAGCUCUCGGACAGAACACGUUUUUUGAUCAACAUCUUUCAGCUCUUAGAGAUAACAAAAAGCUCAUGUCUGCAGAGAAAUGAUAGAUCUUGUGCUGCUGGUGAAAGUUCACAGUGGUUACUCAGCCUUCAAGCUUUUGGCUCAUGUCAAUAGAGGGUGGCUGUGGUCUGGCAAAAGCUCAAAGUGCCAUGAUGUUUACUUCAAGCAAAGAGCUGUAGAUUUCCACUCCUUCACAUCAUCAAUGGUGUAUCAUGAAGAUGGAUAGUACUUCCUUUGCUCCCUAACAGAGGAAAAACAGGUACCACAGGAGGUCCAGAGAGGAAAGUGCCAGCUUCAGCUCACAACUUAAGCAAGGCUCUGUUUGCCAAAUAAGGAAACAGCUGUCUUGUGUUUUUCUUGAGAGCUCGGAAAGGGCCUGACAUUUUACUUUCUUAGCAGUUAAGAAAAUUUUGAGCAACAUUUAGGAAAGUUAAGGAAAAAACACUCAAACAUGUUUAUGAAUUUCAUCCUGUUAGUGCUGGGGAACUCUGGUAAAAGCCUUUUUUAGUUUUCCCACAUUAGCCCAAAACAGAGAUUUUCCUGUUGAUAAAAUGGCAGGUUGUGCCAGCCAGAGCCACUGAACUUCACUCCCUGCUGGUCUAGUUAGCAUUGAGACAAUGGAAAUACCAGCUGCAGGGCUACAAGUAAACUUCUAUCCAGUUUGAGCAGUGGGGUCAAAGCUAACAUCCACAAAUCCCCCCUGAGCAGGACAUUGAAUCCCCCCCCCUAAAAGCAGGGGUUGGGUGCUUUCCUCUACCUGACCUUCUGCUCUGACCCUUCUGUGGUGGAAGGGUAACAAAAAGCUGCAUUUCUUCUCCUGGGAUCAAACCAGCCUCUCAGAACCCCUAAAGAUUAACACAACCAUCGCUCCUCUUUUAGACCCCGUGUUUUCUGACACCUGCAAGAUUGAUACCAAGUUCCUGUCUCUGAACUACCUGGGCGGCUAUAUGGAGCUGCAGACAUCAAAGGGCUGCGUCCUGUCUGGACGCGACAAAGACCGAGAAGUCCACAUUGUUGAGCUCCAGGCCCCCAACUCCAGCAGGUAUGCAGCCAAAGCCAAGAAAACAUGUUGUCAUGGUUUAUUUUUGAGGUGGAGAUGCUCUCACUAAUCUCUGCGGGGUUUGUUUUGGAUGGAAAAUAACAUGAAGGCAGAGGGGAGAUGUUUCUCUUUACUUUGGGGUGCUUUUCUUUAGAGAGGUAUAUUUCAAAACCUGGUGUGAAAGUGCAGGUUGCCAGAUAAUUCCCUCACUCCCUCAAAGGAGUGAUUAUUCUGUGUUCAGCAAAGAGCAUAAACGUGUUGGUAGCUCUGCUGUAUCUGGCUCAAGUGCUAUCUGCUCUGUAGUGCAUGUGUCUGCUUUUUCUCUGGGAGCACGUCCAGUUCUUUAAUUAGUUGGCCAGACACAUCAGGCACAAUGAUUCUAUUUUGGCCUUUUUUUUUCUCUCCUUCCUCUGCAGUGCUUUCCAGGUGGACGUCAUAGUGGAGCUGCGGCCUCUUGAGGAUGAGGCCCCUCUUCAUCGCGACGUUGUCUUGCUGCUAAAGUGCGCAAAGUCGGUCAACUGGGUUAUCAAGUCGCACAGUGUGAUGGGAAAGCUGGAGGUGGUGGUAAGUUUGCAGCAUAUCAACAGAAAAAAGCUUUUUUUCCCCUACACAGGCUUCACCAAAGGGAUUUGCACUGUCUUAUCACACAUCCAGUGGUUCUGAAUUCAUGCCACAGAAAAAAAAUUGUCAUUCCUUUCACCACCAACCCAAAAAUGUGUCACAGCAGGAUGUGUGUUGAAAUGGUGCCUGUUCCCCCGUUGAAGGAAGGGUGAGGGGAUAGCAGGUUAGAGGAGUAACUGUGAAGUUUCAUCACAGCAGCUACAGGGACUGUCAUCACAUCUAGAGAGCUGGGGACAGGGUUUGUGAGGGCAUCCCAUAUUUCAGAAGAAAAGCUGCUGCACAGAGAGCCUGGACCGCUUACCACCAUCAGUCAUAAUAAAGUGAAUUAUGAGAGCAGCACUUGCUUCAGGUAUUUUUUGAAGCUGUAAAAUGUUCAGAUCUCCUUGCCACACUCCAAAGACAAACACUGGCUAAUUACAGCAAUAUAUUAGAGUGCCCUAUUUUUCUCCUUUAGAAAUACAGCUUCACACAAAUCAUCAGAGAUGAAGAGACAGUUUUGAUAUGAAAUCUUUUUUAGUAUUACUGAAGUCUCUGAGGACCCUCAGGAACUUUAAGAGUGUGACACCUUGUAUGCUCACUUUGAAAGAACACUUUAACUGUAGAUCAUGUUGACAGGGGAUUGGAAGUUGUCCAAGCACCAUAACUGCUCCAGGGAUGAAACUCUAGACCCCUUUAUUUUGAAUAAAAAAAUCUGUGCAGUAAAACAGAAAGAAACUUUUCAAAAACCCAUUUGAAUUAUGAAACUCUGGAGACUUUUCUAUGUACUUUUAUAUUGUUUAGUUGUGUCCCUCUUUGCCGGCGUUGACCCUGCUCUGUUUUCAGCUGAGGUGUCAGGGGGAUUCUGAGUUUCCUCAGUUUGUAAUGCUGAUACUCCUGCAGGUUUGCUGCAGCCAUGACUCUGCACUUUAGCCAGCAGUUUGUGUUUUUACAGCUGCAGGGUCACUGCAGCAUUGAAUGUCAGUCAGAAUUUGAGAGUGUAAUGCCAGGUCACCUUGUGCCUGUGAGACAUUUAGAGCAGCCUAAAUGAAUGGUUGUGCUUUUGGUGGGGGUUUCUUAACAAACACUUGUACAACAAUAGGGUCAGGACUUAGACAACUUUAUUAAUCCCACCAGGGGCAAUUGAUUUGAGCAGCUUGCAUACUGUCAUCCUACAAAAAACACAAGUACACAGAACAUGAAUAAAGUACAUACAGAAUGGAUAAAAGCAAAGUGCUUAUGGAUCUGUUUGUGGGAUUAUUUUAACACAGCUAUGCAGAUUGCAUUAUUAGUCCUGUUCUCAUUUAUCAACACCUUUAUUAUAUGUAUUAAAGUUUGCUGCACAAUUUGCACCAUCAUCAGAAAAAAAGUAUAUAUAUUGCUGAUUAUUCACAAUGCAUCACCAGCAGUUAAUUUUCAGUUUAUGUACGCCUGUGGUGUCUGAUCAAAAUCACUCUAUCAAAAAGUCUCUAUCAGGACUUAAGCAGCCAGUCUUGAUCUUGGCUUUUCUAAUAUUGAGUGUCUGUUGUUACCGAGGGCUGAUUGCUUUUUUACAGGUUAUUAAUUUUUAGAAAGGACAUCUGGAGAGAGACAUAAAAUAAAGGGAGUAGAAAACGGGGAAAGACAGGCUGCAAUGAGGACUAUAGCCUCUGUACAUGGGGUAUGCACUUUAAAUGCUUGGCCAACCAGCACCUCAGAGUUCUGAUUGUAAUCUCAGUGAUUGUGAGUAGUGUCUUGCCCCUGGCAGGGCCUAACCUCUGGUCUUACACAGAGUUCAGUGGACUGCAUAGGACUCCUUCAAAGGUUAUUUUAAAAUUGAUGACAACUGCUCUUGUUGCAUACAUUUUUUUAAGUAAAAACUUAAACUUAUUAAAAACUUAUCAAACAAACUGAAUCGAGCUCUAUGUGGCCAAUAAAGAUUGGUAUAAAAUGUCUGUAAGAGUCUGAAUAUAGAUCUUUGAAAUUCAAUAUUAACCCUUACAGACAUCCUUCAUAUUGACAUCCUUUUAGGUUUAGAUCUGCACCCGUGAUGUAUCUUGUACUCACAGAUAGUUCUAACAUGGUUUAAGUUAAAUCUGUCAUGAGGUGGAUACCAGACCAAGCAAGUGACUUCUUGCAUUUCUUUGAUAUUUCCUCCUUUACAAAUUUUCUCUGUGUGAUAAAUGUGACUGGUAAAAAAGAAAAAACAACCUGUUAAACACCUGUUAAACUAUGCAAACUCUUUUCUGUAUUCCAUAAUCUACUCUAUUUCUAUUUUGUUUUGAGUUUGGAUGUUUCGCAAAUCCAUUUUAAGACAUACACCUGCAGAAUGUAAGGGAUAACAUAUAAUGAGUCCCUAAAGUUCCUCCCUAAGCAACAGUCUGUUCUUCAUAGCAACAGUCUUCUAUCAAGGUAUAUCAGAUAACUGCAAGAGAAUGACCAAUCAGAAUCAAUAAUUCAACACAGCUGUGUAUCAGUCAACAAAUCAUAUAUAGUAAAUGAGAGUUUAACUGGUAACCUCUGGGUUGGUGCUCAGUGAUUUACACUCUUAAAAGUUGCCUGUGUUCAUGCCAAACUGAAACUUGCCAAGAAAUCAACAGCUCAUGAGUGACGCUACAUGUAACAGUCCAAUUUAGGCCCCAGGACGAUUGUAUGUUAACUUGCACUUUGCAGUUUUUCCACUUUUUUGUCUUUACAGCAGUGGCAGGGAGGAUGCAGUGCUUGUGUAAGCAGUGUUUUGGAGAGUGUCAGUGUGAUAGUCUCAUAAAAACUGAGGCCUCACUUCACUCAGAAAGCAGGUUGUUCUCAGUGUUGCUCAAGAGAGUUAAAAGUGUGGGAAAUGACUGUGAGAAAGUAUUGCAACUCCCUCACACAGGGAGGGAAAGCGGCAGGGCAGAACAUGAAUUUAAGGAGCAAACUAACAUGCUGUUUCUCAGCAUUGAUUUAGCUGUGGCACACCCAUUACCUCACGCUAUUGCAAAUGAUUCACACACUUGACACAGGACUGUACUUGAAGUUGAAUAUCUGUGGUGAUAGUUAAACAAUAAAUCAUGCCUUCUAGUUCUGAAGAUCUUGAAGGAGGUACCUAAAAUUAGGUUCUUAAAUGAUGAUUGAAACCAUGUGAUGAGAUUUUCCUCUUCUUCCUCAGGCCUCUGAUACCAUAAGUUUUGGUUCAAACACAGAGAGACUGAUGCAAGUCUCAAAAACCCCGAAGCAACACUUGCCAUCUGGGUCCCAAGCCUUGAUCAAGUGGGCAGGGGAUCACAGCUACAGUCCAGUAACAUCUUACACCAGCACCCCUGUGGCUAACCACUUCACUAUCCGACUAAGAGAGCCAGGUAAAGUCAAAAAUGUCUCUUGAAUUCAAAAAUAGAAAAAUUUGAGAAUACAGUACAGAAACCAUCUAUUUUGGCAGCUGUUGUAGAUUUUUAGUCUUAACAGUCUUAACAGAAAACCUGGUGUAAAAUUUUGUAAUGGUUUUAUAGUUUUAGUCCUGUAUAAUUUCCCUGCCUGUAAAAUCAGUCUCUUGAGGUCCUAACCAUGUGUGACUUUCAGAUGUGGUGGAUCCUCUGGAGAGCAUGUUGCCUCCAGAGCUCUCCAUCCUGCGAGACUCCAGUCCUCAUGCAGGACUAGGAGAGGGAGAGGUUGCUUCUCGACACUCCAGCCUUCCCUUUCCCUUCCCUCCACCUGGCUCUGACGGCCUGCCCUACCUGCAGCUGCCUGACUCUCUGGACAAUCGGCCCUGGGAAAAUGUAGAGCCGGAGGAGCACCAGGGCGUCCUGAAUGUUGGUCUGACAGUGCAAUGUGAGGACACAAAGAUGGUGGUCAGCAUUGACAAAGAAAGUCUGCAAGUAAGUCAAAAACAUGAUGAGUUUUUAGCUGGUUUAGAAAAGGGGUGGUAAAAUGCAGAAUGUUUAAGAAAUAAGCUGUGUACUAGUAUGAAGAGUAGGAAGUGUAGACAAAACCAGUUUUGUGCUGGUGCAAGAUCAAAGAAUUAGGCAAAAUGUAAAAAAGUAAGCACGAGUCACUGUAACAGGCUGGUGCAUGCAACACUAUCACUGAGUUUUGAUAAAGCUGUACAUAGGCUGCGAUACAACUACUUGACCACAGCAAUGUGUAACUAGCACAUGUAUGUGAAAGUCAACCAGCAGAGAGGACUGCUAUUAAUAGAUAUGGAGAAAACAAAAAGAGGACACUAGUCAAUGUCUAAACUAAUAAAUGAAUGCAGGAUUCAUGCCUCCAUGGUUGUACAUCUUUGAUAUCUAAAAUGUAAACUUAGUGUUCAGGCAUCUGUAUUAAAACUAAAGGAAAAACAAAGCAAAUAAGUGUCAUAUCCAUGAUGAUAAAAAAGUCAGAACCAACACUGACAGGUACAAUGACAAGUAUUGUUCUUAUUCUUGUACCUAUUUAAAUAAAUAAAUAAAUAAAUACCAGCUUCCCUGUUAGACACCAGCUAACAUUCAAGCAUGUUGAGCAGUUCUUAGCGUUUGGCAUCUCAACACAGGGGCAGCACACUCAGCCCACAUCACAGGGUGGAAACUGGCAUCGACUGUAAUUAGGAGAAGCUGUGGCUGGAGCUAGACCACCUUGUGGGAUUUGUUUAUUCCUUGGAACUUAAAAGUUAAACAACCGCUUUAACUUUAAGACUUUCUUUUCAAAUUCUGAAUAUGACUUAAUAAAGAAAGGUUUUUGAUCAUCAUCCAACAAUUCAAUUUUUUUAUAUUACCUCAGGCAAAUGGUUUUACUCAUGCAAAGCUCACGCUCCAAGAUCCUGCAUGCAAAGCAACAAUCAAUGCCACCCACUACACACUGGAAACUCCUCCUGAUGGCUGUCAGACCACUGUGUAUCCCAUGCAGGGUAGCCCUUUGGCCCUGCACAUCAACUCUGUGAGUAUAAAACGAUUUCCAUGUUUUAGUUUCUUACUGUAAAGCUUUCUCACUUGCAGUAUGCUGAGCUACUUACAAGUCUACACAAUCAAGGCAAAUAUACACAAACAAACUGUUUGAAAGUUACAUUGAAAUCCAAAUGUUUUCACCUGAGCUUAAAGGAGUCAAACAUGACCUUUUUCUUAAACCAAAUCAUUUUAAGGCACAAACAGCACAAUGUGUGAAAAAGCAAAGAACCAUGGCAAGAUUUCAAUUCUGAACCAUCACUGACAUUAUGUUUUAAAUGUGACACAAACAGGGGUCUCAUUAGUGAAUGUCCUGUGGCUGACCUUUUGGCUCUUCCAACCAAUCACAGCACAAUGAUAACGGGCAAUUACAUCUUUAGUGGGGCAGGACUGGUCUUGUUCUUUGUUUGGGGAAAAACAAGCAGCCACCUGCUGUGUUGGAAAACAAAGCCGAUGCUGAAGUAUAAAAAAAAAAAACAAGACAAGGACAGUCCAUUAGAGCUCGUAUUAGAAUAACAGCAGACUUUAACAUGAAGACAGUUUAGUGCUGACGCUACUUUAUUUGUAAUAGCUGUUGAGCUUUUCAUCCCUCAUCUGUUAUGACAAAUUUAGGUGAAGAGUUAAGCAUGAUUAAUUCAAUUCAAUUCAACUUUAUUUAUAAAGCACAUUUCAUGCACAAGGCAGAGUCAGUGUGCUUCACAACACAAAAACAGUUAAAUAAAAAUCAAUUUGAAAUCAAUUUAAGAGUGCAAGUGCAAGUAAACCAACUUGACCACAUACACACAAACUCAUACAUGCAGUGACCCAAUUGAUCCAUUUUCUGUUUCCUUGUAUUUCCCUGUGCAGUGUGUUUUUCAUAACUUCAUUGUGUGAUUUUUAUAGAUAAAAAAACAGCAAAACUAACAUCUUGGAUGUAGCAGUCUGGGGAAUUGCUCAGAUAAAUGGGAUGGGUUUUUUGACUUGCACAGUUUUUAUUUUACUUCCUCUAUUCACCAGGACAUGGGAGAAAUCAUUCAGGAUACCAAGUGUCUUAGUUCUAAUUGUUUUACUCGCUAUUGUAUUCAUAUCUGUCUGAUAUCAGACUCCAGCUAACAUCCUUGGGAAAUAGAUAUGGUUCUUGUAGGAUUUACUGAAAAAAAACAUGUUGUAAUGCAUGGUUGUGCAUUACUUUGGUGGGAUUAUACAUGCCUUAUUACAGAAGGAGACCAGCCGUUACAGAUUUAAGGAAAAAUGCCUUAAACCCCUGAGAGGUCCGCUUUGUCAGUUUCUACAUUAGCCAGGUGUUAGCUGGAGUUAGCAUUUCAAACAUGACAUCUGUCCUUUGCAACAUCCCUAUAGAAACCAAUGUUACUGAGGGUACCGCCAUGUUUUUACAGUGAGAGGUGCAGAGCUGCUCACCAGACGCUUGAAACUCAAACUCAUUUCCAAAAUAUUGUCUUUUCAUUUUACUGGUUGAAGAGAAAGCGGGGGAUCUAUGUAUCGUGGUCUUUGUGUCAUUAUGGUGAAAGAUUUAGAGUGAGAAAUUGAUCAUUUCUUUGCGCUCUGAAGUACACUCUCAUGUGAUGGUCAACACUUGAAUGCCUUUAUGAGACCCAGUCUUCACAAGUGGAUACCCUUGGUUAUCUUCAUUAUAAAGGAAUGCAUUCAUCCAGAGUGUUUGUUCCAACAAGCAGAUGAAUCACUUCUCCCCAACCUUCUGAAAUCUUUUGUGGGGGGACAUUUGGAGAAACACAUUUUGUGUCCAGUGCAGAAAACCUGGGCACAUGUCCAAGGUCAUCUUUUGUGUGAGUACUUUGAAGCAGGGAUGACCUCUGACCUUUGUUCAAAAGAGAUACAUUGUCAUUGACAGGAUCGCCGCAUAUCAAAUACAAUCUGUUCUUUUCUUGUCCUGUAACAUGUUGAUAGAAGUCAGCAGUGGCACUUAUUGAUGGCAGGUCAACUCACCCUUGGUUCAGACUGAAGACAAACACAGUUGGUGUCAUGGAGAUUCUCCUCCCACCUCAUUAAAGUGAACUUUUUUUAAAGCAGCAUGCGCUCAUCUCAGAACCCUGAAAUUCCUCUGCUCUACUGAGAAAUUAAAAGAAUGUUUUUAUGUUUUUACUCAGUGUGGGUCCCACUGCUGAAGCAACAGGACAUUCCCACAUUUUCAAUCCAAGUCAGAUUGUUUUGGCGACCCCUCUCAAAGAUUCAAAUCUCCAUGACUUUGACUCGUUGAAAACUCAGGAUUAAGCAACACUUUCCACAACUGGAACCUUAAGAAAACAGCUGGAUAAGAUUUUGAUGCAAAAGUUUUCCCUUCUCGUGUUGCAUUGGUAUUUGUGAAUAACAGAUUCCUCUGUGGGCUGCAGGUUCUGAUAAGUCAUACUGAGAACAAGGACGGGAGUGGUGGACCAAUGGAUUAUGAUGACCUGGAAUCUGGAGAUGUGUUGUUCCCCAGGGAUCCAGCGGACUUAGAGAAGACGUUCAGAGAGCCCACAGAGCAUCAGUCAGUCAUAGUGGUAAGAUUCACACCAGUCUGUGUGAGAACUGUACUUCACUUUUGAGUCACAGUUGUCAAGGCUGCAUCUUUAUGUUAAUCGUGCAGAGCUGGGGAAAAAAAAAAAACCUCUCUUUCCCAGGGUCCCUUGGUUCUAGUAAAGCCUCAUCUGACUCUUGCAAUUUCUCUGAUUUUUCCAUAUCUGUUUUAUGAAGUUGACCUGAUAUUUUCCAUUUGAAGUUCCUCCAUCUUUAUUCCCAUACGGACUCAUUUUCCUUUGUCUCAUCCAUUUCUCCUGUUGCACUCAUUGUUCUUGUUUAAACAGUCACGUUAUUUACUGCUCCAUUUUAAUGCGCCCAGUGUUAGAAUCUGAUGUCCAAACCCUGAGAUAUAUUUAAGUUGGCUUUGUCUCUCUUUUUCCCAGUUUAACUGCACAUACAGUAAGCAGCAGGACACUUCAGAGACACUCCUGAGGAUCAUACCAGGACCAGGGAAGCAGCCGGUCAGCAACAUGACAUUUCACAUGGAGCUGUACAACACACUGCCGCCCCACAACCCUUCACGGCAGGCCUUCUACACUGUUAUGCAGAAUCAGCAAGUCUUUGUGGAGGUAUUCUUGCAUUUCUGACACAUUGUGGACCAUUUAGGGGCUUGUGUUUCAGCAGGUCGAAGCAGUUUCAUGUUAGUGACAUGUUGAUGACACAUUGGACACAUUUUCUUACUGGACACUUAAAGUAGCGAGUCCAUCUCCCUCUGACCAGCUGCAACACAGAAACAGGAUUUAGGGAUCAACAAGGUGCACCACUCAGUGCCGCGUAGUACUUCUCCAAUAGGAAUUUAACUGAUGUGAUGGUUGGUGGUCACUUGCAUUGCAUGCUGUCAGGACACUGUUAAAGAGGUUCCUCUUUAACAGCAAGUCUUGCACAGUAGAAUGGUACAGUAAACAUGUUUUCAGCUUUGAUUUAAAUGACCUGGCCUCAGGUAUCUAACAAACCAGAUGACAUUGACCUGAAUGUUUCACAUGGUGUCAGAAAAGAGACUUUACCUACAAAAUAAAAUAUUAAAUAAACAAAUAAGAUGUGUGCUCAGGUCAAAGACCAUUAAAUCACUCAUGGACAAGUAGAAACAUUUAAAGCUCCUGUGAGGAGAUUUUACGCAUCACUGAAAUAAACUGAAAUCCAUACUGAUGAUUUUUUAUAUUUAAAAGCAAAAGAAAUCAUCAGCAACAUGAGUGAUGAUUUUUAUAUCGUAAUUAUUGUAUGCAUGAAAUUGUUGAGGGGGGUAGGUGUCACCUGAGCACAUGAAGGACAACCCUAUUUUUACAAUGUUAAUAUAAAAUAUUCACAAUAAGUGAUGCAGUCUGAAGUCACUAGGAUUAGACUUUUUAUCAGAAGACACAGUUUUAGCAUGUAGAAAACAAGGUAUGCAAAGACUACUUUGUCCACAGGGGGCACCAAAAUAGACACAAACCAAAAGUUCCACUCAACAGCUUCAAAAUAAAAGCCAAACUUACAGGUGUAAUAUGCUGUAGUUGGUUGGUGUUAUCCCAGUAGUGUAGUAUGAGUCUAGCUGUGCAACAAAUUUUUUAACAGGACUUUUACAGACUCUUUUAUCAAACUCAAGACCAUCAGAAAACAAAUCUGAACAAAACACACACUGUAUCAUCUUCAAACAGGUGCCUUUAUUUUACAAUCUUCAACAUUUCUGGUAUAGACAGAAAAAUAGCUUAAAAAGAUAAUAAUCUAUAUCAGCAGAUAUAAAAAUUUCUGCUGAUACGUACUGUUGAUAAGGUAACAGCUUAUGUAUAUCGACAAUGUGAUGGAAACAGCAGACACAUGACUUAAUGUCUUUAUUUGAAAAACAUCACAUUUGGCAUUCAUGGUCAAACCAGAGGCUCUUUCUUGUUUUAUGGUGGUUUUUAAAAAAGAAUUCACUGGUAAUUUAUAGUACAGGAGAGCUUUUGUAUUGUUUACAGUGGAUAAAAAGCUGUAUAUAUGUCAGUUUUGUCAUUGGUAGCAGUUUGUAAACCCUGGCAUAUCUGCAAAAAUCCAUCCUGCAUCCUUGCUUUAUUCCUUGCAUUUUUUAAGUGUAGUCAUUUUACCUGAUUAUGUAUCUAGCCUUAUGUUAAGGCUAGAUUAGUCUUAACAAAACCAACACUUCAAACUUAUGAAUUUUGUUCGCAUGACCUCAGCAGUGAGGUUAUCUUACAAUCAUUUUUCUGUGGGUCAAAUAUAACUUGAGCAGAUUUCAAAGAAACUCUUCUCAGUUGGAGGACAUGAGCUCUUACUCCAUUGAUCCCUUUAUGGGACAUCAACAGUGUCAAUUUGUAUUUUGUCUAGCUAGGGCUAGACAAGGCCAAUACUCACUGUCACCCCUCAUCUUCUUUGUAUCUCCUCUCCAUGUGUCCCAGUAUCCCGUCUGUCUGGCUCGAAGUCCUGUCUGUCUGUUUCGCAACAGUAAUCAUGGAGGUCAUGUAAGAGAUGGCAGAGACCCAUACUUUGAGGUCUUUUGAAGAGUUGAUUUAGGAUGAUAUCAGCAGGAGAUGCUGCACUGACAGUGUGGACGCAGGGCCAGCUGCUUACAAAGAGUUGUCUGUGCAUGUGAAUGCAAAACCUUUCCAAGAGGAUACCAUCACUGCCAAUCAGUGAAAAAAGGAAGGGGAGGAGUAAUAACUCAAAGGACUGUCUCAUGGCUGAAUAGAUAUUACUAGCACCCUCUGAACUGUGACUGAAAUACUACUCAGAUAUAUUUGUUGUUUUAGAAAUAGUUAAUGUGUCAGGGCCUGUGUUAAGACUUCAGCCUUGAUUUAGAGUCAUUCUCCUGUCUGCUCUGGUCUGGUUUUCACAUUAUUGCUGUAAAAAAAAAAACAAGGGAGCAUUUAGAGGCAUAUUGCUCUAUAUCAUUGACUAGUUAAGUGCUGACUUCAGUAAGAUCAAAAGUGCUGCCCUGACGUCAAAACAAUCAGCUGAGUGAUGCUUCAAAGUAACAUGAAUGUUAAUGGACACUAGCCCUCAGAUUAUAAACACCUUCUAAGUCAACCACCUCAAAGUAAAUGAGAGUGGGAGUGGAUUUAUCUCACUUUCUGCAAAAAUGUCAGCCGGCCUUGUCAGGUCAUUAGCUGCAUAAUCAGGAGCAGAAAAUUGCUAUAAAAAUAUCAUAGCAGUAAAAACAAUUCUGCACACCCUUAAGAGUACAACAGUGCAUUUAUGUUUGCUUUGAUAUCACAAAGAGGAAGGGAAUCAUGACUCAUGGUCUGGGAACAAAAUGAUCUAUACAGUGAGCUCUUAUGGAUCAAAAAGGCUCAUUGGAGAAAUCUUUCCAUACGAGUACUGUUUAAAUGUUUCUCCCACAAUGGGAUAUUGUUUAUUUUGGUUCUUUUUAUACAUUAUUAUACAAAAAAGAGACAUUUCUGAACAAUAAUUCAGUAAUGACCGCUCCCUUUCAUUAAGACAGUUAUUUAAAUGAGAAAUAAGGGAAAAGGAAAAAGAGAUUAUCUGGAUCAUUUGCUCUGUGUAAUAAAUUAGACCUGGACAGACCUGCUCCCUGUAUGUGGUUCCUCUGUAUUUGAAGAAUAAAUGUUGUUUUUUUCCUCUCCCCUUCUCCUCUGCACUUAAGGUCACAUCAACCGCAUCAGAUCCAGAGCUGGGCUUCACCAUCGUAUCGUGCUUCGUUUCUACCAACUCUAACCCCAGUGUGGCCUCAGGCUACACCCUUAUCGAGACAGUCUGCCCCACGGACGACUCAGUCAAAUACUAUCCUCAGAGAGAUUUCCCUGUCCCCCACACACAGACAGAGAAGAAGAGGUUCAGCUUUAACUUCAACUCUAAUUUUAACACCUCCCUGCUUUUCCUGCACUGUGAGAUGUCUUUGUGCUCCAAGAGGCCGCAGAGUAACCCAAGACUACCAGUGGUAUGCUGCAAAAUCUCUUAUUAUUUUGCAUGUUUUAUAAUUUCCCUAAAGGAUUCUUUAAUUUCUCCAGAGAUCUGCAGUAUCGGGAGUAGUAUUGUUUGAGGAAGACUUUAAUUUGGUGUUGUAGCAUACCAUCUUUACUCUGGCUGACCUAAACCAUUCAGAGUCAGGUCUGCACUCAAAGCAGGAAACAUGAAAUGAUGCAAAUGUCGCCAAGUAUCCAGCUGCUGAACAAAAUAAGCGUCCAUCUUGGCCAUUAUUUUCCUUUUUCUCUGAUGUGUUAUCUACCUAACUUAUAUAUCCUUUUGCAGACACUUUCCUCUAUUUGUUUGACCUUUUACACAUCAUAAAUUUGUGUUAAUAAGGGGACUGUGGAGCUAGUUAUUAUGUUAUGAUUACGGUCAGUGUAAGGUUAGGGCUCAUGAGUUUGUCUUUUGUUUGCCUUCACAAGUCAGGAUUAAGAUAAGACAUUUCCCUGAGAAAAAGAAACCUUGUGACAUUUUCUUUUCUUUUUUUUUUAAAUGAAGCAGUAGUUCAGUUUUUUAAAUUUGAUCUCUUGCAGUGCUUACAACCUGGUGAGACCUGCGAUUCUCUCAGUCUGGACAACAUCAUGGCGAUGAUGAUGAGAACAAAGACGUCAACCAAGCCAUUAGUAGUUGUGGAUGGAACCAGCCAAUCAGACAUAACAGGUUAGCACUGACAGGAAAAAAAUACUUUUUUUUCACUCACUUGGACCUCUCUUGUCUCAUCUCUGUCCUCCAUAUUUUGGUCCUAUCUGCGCAGCACAUUAUCAAUUAAGCUUGGAUUUCCUUUGUUUUGAGAACAAAGUGUGAUAAGGAAACUGUGGAGCUAUGAGAGGCCAGUGUGAGGGCAACAGAGCUGGAGAAAACUCGGGCCGGCACUUGGAGAUUAAACCAAAACCACAAAACACUGCACAUCACUCCCUCACAUCUGGUCAUCAUUAACGGUGGUGUGUGUGUGUGUGUGUGUGUGUAUGUAUGUGCCUAGUAAUGUUGUGUAUGCAGGUGCGUGUAUGUGCACAUUUGCGCCUGUUUACAUUAAUGACAGUACACAAGAGUGUGUUUUUGGGUGUGUGUAUACACAAGCAUGUGGUUUACAGCAAUGAAUGGGAGUGUACCGGUGCUGAGGCCCUGUUUGGCUGCUCUGGACCGGUCCAUGCUCGGGGAGAGGUGGAAAAAGAGGAGUCAUACAGAACCAAGCUGCAGUUGUUUUCACUUAGGACCUUCACUGUGGCCUCAGCUUUCCACUGGAGAGAGGGAAAGGGGGAGAAAUGAGAGGAGUGGUGGUCCUCUUGCUGGCUUCAGGAGUCCAUCCAGCGCCUGCAGACUUGAUCAAAACUUGUACAGUGACUUAUUCACUCACCAUAUUCAGUCUGGAAGGCUUUGAAUGAGACCAGGGAGGGAGCAGCCUGAAGAUUAGAAGGGGUCUGAAGACAUAUUUUACUCAUUAUGAUUUUAACUUACAUGGGGUGAUAUCAUACGUGCCUGAUCUCUGAGGGACAGUCAGAGCUAGUCAAAUCAGCAUCCCCUCUGAGCCAUGACAUCAGCAAGAGAUCUGUGGUCCGUUUGAGUCAAUUGUACUGACUCAUCAUGAGUUUAGUACAAAUCAUGUCACUCUAGGCAGCGUGAGAGUGAAACUGACUAAUAUAUUAGAAUAGCCAAUAUCAGCAAAAACAACUUCAUUGUAAUUUAUAGUUUGAUAUCAAUAGAUUCGAUUAGAUACAACUUUAUUUAUCCUUUUGGGAUGUACUAGCUCUAAGUAACAUUAAAUGGCAGUAAGUGGUGGCAAGUAAUGUGCCUGUGCCAUAAACUGUAUAUAGAAUGGACGCCGUCUGCCUCCUCGCUGGGUGAAGCCACCCUGAGAACAGCACUCUGUAGUGACGGGCUGCAGUAUAGGUCAUAAAUCCUGCCUCCUCCAGCAGUCUUUAUGGAGCUGUGGACAAACUUCAUAAAUUAAUUAUACAGAAUAUAGAUUUUUCUCCCCCUGGUUGUGAUGUUGACAUGUAGUUACUGUAAGACUGGUUUGUGCUCCAGUCCUCUUUUUUCUGUACAAUCAAUUUUUUAAAGUCAUUAGGGGGUUCAUGUUUUCUAUGAUUGACACUUGAUACAGCCUAUGGGCAUACGAAGAUUGUGUAGCUCACCCAGGGGAUAUGCUGUUUGAGCCGUCAACACAGCACAUCAAAAUCCCGGGAAUACCGAGAGCAAUUCGGCUUCAAAUUUGUACAAUGAUGGAAGGUGGAGCCAGGUUGUCUAUAGUAUAUACAGUCUAUGGGCUGUGAAUUCUGGUCAGAAUUUAAAAAUCUGUUGAAAAAAAAAGGAAGUUAGUCUGUUCGAAACAUCCUAGUUAGAAAUGGGCCAACAGUGCCCAUUAUAACUAACCAUGAUUAAAGGUGCUUCGUGAUUGGCUUGGUUUUUAACACCAUGAAGAUAAGUCCACUUAUGCCGUGCAGAUACUGGUUUUCCCAUAAACUGAAUUAUAGUCUACUUUAGACUGUUGGACAGUAAAUGUUACUUAAGUGAAUUAACUUUAGGUUAAGGGAAAUGAAGAUGCUACUGACCCCUUUAUGAUUGUUUAUCGACCCAACUAUCAAGAGCCUUACAAGCUAAAAUAAAACGCUAAUCAAAAGUGGACAGUAGUCAAUAAUGGGCUUUGUGUAAGGAUAAGUGAAAGGUAUCGUAUUUUGCAUGAUGACUGAAUCAACUACAACAACUACAAAGCAGUCAGGCACUACAUACAUUCAAAACACUUCAUUGAUUACAACUCUUAAACCAAAUUUAGGAGAUACUGAUCCAAGACUUGUGCUAAUAGUACAUUUUUAUGAGUACAUAAAAUAGACUUUUUUCCAUUUCUAUAAACUGCAAAGAUGUAGGCUUCAUAAGUCUGGUAUCAGUCAUUUUUUACAGAGAAGUUUUGAACAUGAGAGGGUUGGAUUUAUGACAUUUUAAUUUGUCAUCGGGUUUCAUUUCUGGGCAGAGAUGCGAAUGGCGUCACUUUUGGGCACUGAAUUCCCAGUGUUGAUGUUAGAGAAACUGCUGAGGAUAUUGGUGAACAGAGACUCUGCAGUGUGCUGUAAUGAGUGAGGGAGUUUGCUCAGCUUGUCCAGGGGAGAAAGCAACAGGCUUUGCCCACACCAAUAUGCAAGUGCAGCGGGUUUGUUUUCCAUGGAGCAGAUUAAGUAAACACAGAUAUGCAAUAAACACAGUGGAAAAAAACUCAAUUUCAAAGGCCGUGUUUUAUUACACAAAGGCAUCUCUUAUACUAGGAUGGCAAACAAAACAAGCAGCCUUUUCAGUGGCCUUCGUUUUGCACUGGACGGCAUCCCAAAGAGCUGAACUUGAUCUACAAAUCAAAGGCGGCCACUUGUAGCCAAGUUGGUGCAUGGAAAAACAUAGGAGGCUCAAAAUUCUGCAAUUGAAAGUAGAUUUACUGCUUCACAACAUCAGUAAAUUUUAUGCCUUUUUUAUGGAUCUGGUAAUGUUCAGAUUUAUUGGGGAGGCUGGCAGAGGAGAGGUUAUCAUUAAACCAGUACAGGUAGUAUUACUCUGGUUUUAGCCUGAAGAGAGUAACAGAAGGAACAAAUCUGGAGUUCACUUUCUUACAUUGCUGACCUCUCUGAAUGCAGAUCUUUCUUAGGAGUUGGGUACUAUUAUAAUACCGGUUAACAAACAGGUCGGUAUAUCUUUUUAAACCUGAACGAUAUGGAUAUUUGGACUUUUACUUAUUAACAUUCAUGCCACAGAAGAUAAAGGUUUAGCAGACUCAAUGUAAAUAAAUCAACACUUAAAACCAUAUGAACCACUUUAUAUUAUAAGUUAUUAGAGGCAUUGAAGGCCUUUUGGAUCAAGUUUAUUGCAGUAACAGGCUUCUAUCUGUCAAAUUUAACUGCACUCGUCUUUAUAAGCAAGAACAACUGUUGUAAGGAGUCUCAAAGAGGCCGUCAGUGGUUUCUGCUCGCUGUGGGGAGAGGUCAGAGGUUAACAAAAACAAGUUUCUACCAAGGGGUCCUUUCUCAUUCCAUAGCCAGCAAACUUACACAAACAAAUGACGUUCAUAGAGAUAUCUGAACUGAUCCAACUCUGGCAACAGCUUAAAGCUGCAGACAUGAGUUAUAACUUAACCUCCAAAGUGCUCUUUGUUUCUUUUUAGAGGGAGAACAAAAGUUAAGAUCUGACUGAUGUCCAGCAGAGACUUGUUCCCCUUGGACAUCGAGGCAUUAUUUCAAAAGUGUGUUUUUCUUUUUAGCAUGGUAACCAUGGCCAUACUUGGAUGAUUGUGAUGUAAAGUUGGAUGAUCGUCAAGUCAAUUUUUCCACAUAAAACUUCAUGUUUGCAGGAAAACAUUGCAGCCACUCUUCCUCUCUGUUGGACUCAUGGGGUUGGAGAAAAAAAUGGAAACUCUUUGCUUUCCUACUGGAGUAGAACAAGUCACAUGGAAGAGAUAACACUGGAGCACUAGGACGGAAAGUGGUAGAGGGUGGUGGAGAGGACGUCCUCUGGCCAUCGUCCCCCUCUGAAAUUAAAGUCCUCACUGAUGACCUGUCAUCAUCUAUUAUAGGAGAUGAAAACCUAAAGGUGUCCUCUCCAAGAAUAGCAGUCAUUGUACUGGAGCCUUGGACAUGUACCAGGAUCGCCUCUUGAGUUUGCCCAUACACAAGCGCCUUUGUAUUGUUUGUUAAGACAUCAUUAGAGCUGAGUAACUUUUGAAAGCCUUCCAGAUGGCUUGAAAUAAAUGGGUUAGCAGAGUUGGCUGGAGUCAGUAGGUUCAUCUUUUAGGACACUGUCAGCAGACAGAAUAGCGGCUCUUUCAGCGAUUUCCUGCUCCAGGUUUCUGUAUCACAUUCCUCAGAGGACUGCUUAUCAACACACAGCAAUAUCAGUAAUCUGCUGAUCCUCUGGCAUGUAGCUGACAGGCUGACUCAGGCCAUGUAUUGGUUUUUAAAUAAUUAAAAUUUGUAACAUAUACCAUGAAACAGUAUACACAAUGGUAAGCAUUUAUUCUUCUUUCUCUCUGUCUCUUGUUGUAGAUAUACCUACUCCGAAAGCACCUCCAAGUCCGAAUGAUCCUACAAAUGACGGUAAGUUAUUUUUCAUAUUUUAGGAAUUAUGAUAAAAAUGAGAUGAUGUCAUGCUGGCAUAGACAAUGUAAAACAUGGACUUAGUCCUACAGACAUCAGCCAUCAGUCUGUGGAGAAGUGAGUCAGCUGAUAUUAAAAUGCUGCAUCUUAUUCAACUCUUAGCCAAUCUAGAAACUGGCAAAGAGUUGGAGUCUAACCACCUCCUAUCCGUCUGUGAAAUAAGCUACAGCAUAUGCAUGACUUACUUCUCCAAUAUGAUCAGAACAAGUUAGUUAUUAAAAAAGUCAUCCUCUGUGCAGGUGUCAUAACUUAAAAAGUAGAGGUAGAGACCAAUAAUGUAGAAUGGAGUUAGCUCAGGCAGGCCACAAAGUGAAGUUAGCUCAAACACACCUGCUGGUCUUGAGCUGGCAGCUUAGCCAACUACCUAUUGUGCAUCCAAAAUGUGUGAAUCCUCCUAAAAAUGCUUUAGUAUGCUGACUCUUCCUGCUGCAAACCCACCUCCAUACCUGCUCCUCCUAACAUGCUGCGCCUGAUUUUACCAGUAUCAUAUAUACUGUCACUGGUGCCUGCUCUAUUUUCUACUUCAGGGGUCUUUGCUGCUGCUCUCCCUGCUUUAGCUCUUUCGUGUAUGCACAUGAAACUGUGGGUAGAUGUUCUCUCCCUGCCUCUCUUAACUGCUUCUUGUAUUGAGGUGUAAUCUUGUUCAGUUCCACUGUAGAAAUGUGUCUUUAACAUGAGCUGUAACAGGAAUUCCUGGGCUGUUUGAGGCAGCCUCAAGUGAACAAUUAACUCAAGUAUCAUGUACUCAUGCAUCGGCUUUGUCUUUAAUACAGGAAGUCUUAGGCAUCAUAAUUUGAUAUAUUGACGGGAAACACUGUUUUGAUGCAGUUGCUUUUUAUUUAUCUGAACAUAUUGUACUUAUUUAUGUGGUAUGAAAUAUUGAGGAGCUUAAAGAGUUCAUCAUUUGUGUAUGUGUACUGUGUAUGUCACGUGUGUUUCUUUGUUUACCAGGCACUAUGUACAUCCUGGAUACUCCCACAGUCGUUGGGAUCGCCUUUGCAGCCUUUGUGAUUGGGGCUCUGUUGACCGGGGCCCUGUGGUUUAUCUACUCCCACACAGGUAGGUUCCUUUACCUGCUGCUCCCCGGCCUCUGCUCUCCUUUCUUCCACAUUAAUGAAAAGAUAAGAUGCUAAGGAAUGCCUGAGUGUCUCUGUGCCAGAAAUGUGCCGCUGAGAUUGCCAAACAUCCUGCUGCUGACAGGGGCCAGUUCACAAUAACAUAUUGACUCCUCUACUGUAAAUAUAUCCUGUUGGUCAGCAGCAAGAGCUCUCCUCUUUCCUGCCUUUGAAUGUUUUUUCGGGGCCGCGAGGUGGUCAGCGAAUAUUCUCAGUACAAUGGCUGGAGACAAGUUGGAAAUUCCCUUUGUUGGGUUUAGUGGCCCUCACAGGAAAAGACACACAAUCUGUCCAUUAGAUGCCAAGACCUUCCUCAUCGCCCCCUGCUUGUCGACCCUGGCUGACCCUUGAGAGGAAGUGAGCUCCCAGCAGCUCUUUAAGUUCAUCAUUGCACAGAGCUGCCCUGUUCUCACUGACCUGACUGCUGAUCUGCCAUGCCACUGACCUGUUGCCCCAUGGCUGAUGUGUUCUCCAUGGACACCUUUCAUGCACAGGGUCAGGGCGUUAGAGCUUAGCAGCCUUUGAGAAAAAACAUCAGUGUGAGUGUUUAACUUAACGCCAAGUUUGCAGUUUAAUAGAAGUUCUUGGUUGGAUUGCCUCGAACAGCUGAGACAGUAAAUCAUCCUCCCUGAUAGUUGUGAAUCUUCACGGAUAAAAACAAGUACAUCCAUUGGAAAUGCAAAAAUUAUGGCCGGUGAUGAUAAGUCACAUUUAUAAGUAUUUAUGAACAAAUUCUCUAGUAGCAGAAAAGAUCAGCUGUCAGAUUUAAGUGCCCUUAUCUCUAUCACAACAUUAGUAUUGGCUGCCCUUUGGAAAGCCACUUUAUUUCAGCUUCAUAAGUUUCUUUCUGUGACCAAGAAACACAUCCUUUUCAGUUGGAUUUCCAAAGAAAUGAGGGCAAAACACAGCCUGUGUAAAGAAACAGGUGGAAGCGUAGUUGUUGUUGAUAGACUUCAAAAUGUUAAGAUGAAGAGUCUGGGCCUGUUGAUGUUGCUAAAACAGGGCUUUGUUUUGAAGUUAAUGGAGCUGAAAUGACCUUACAUGGUAGUAGUGGUCGUUCCACACAAACCCCAAGAACGGAGAUCCCCCAAAACAACAGCCUAAAGAUAUCCCAUCAGUGUAUUUUAAACUAAAGUACAGAGUGAAGAAACAUGAAAACAGAUCGGGUCAAUCCCCUCAGGGUCUGAGGACAAUGUUCCUAGUCUCUUGAGGAGGAGGAACAUUUUUUCCUUUUUCAGAGUGAAACCCACUCAUUGGCAUUAAAUAUGAAGUUUUGUAUUCAUUACACUUUGAUUUCCCAUAAGGCAAUUACAAGAAUCAAAGCUUCAUGAUAUCCUUUGACAUUUUGCUCAUUAUCUUGGCACACGUAAUUGGCCAUCACUCUGCCAGGGCUGCAGUCAGGACUGCCAACAGAUCUGCUCUGCACCUCGGCUCAGCUGGUGAAAUAAUAUACGAACCAAAGAUCAAAACCAACUGUGAAAACAGGCUGAAUCACUUACAUGAGGACAAAUUUCACACUUUAUCUACUGUGACGUCCAAACACAUGCAAGUAGAUUAGAAAGUAAUGAUCACACUCUCCAAGCUCUGAUAGGAGGGAAAAAUGAACAAGAGCUUCUUUUAUUGAAUUACUCUUCAAGGAUCAAUAAAGUUCUUCUUCUUCUUCUACUACUUCUUUUUCUUCUUCUUCUUCUUCUACUUCUUCUUGUCCUACUCCUUCUUCUACUUCUUUUUUUGUUCCUUCUUCUUCUCCUUCUUCUUCUUCUUCUUCUUCUUAUUAUUAUUAUUCUCAUUCUUAUUCAUACAGCAAUGCAAGCAGCAGUGCUUAUGACCAUGCUGUUGUUUAGCUCGCUGACGCUUUAUCACUCCUCUUGUAAAAUGUCAAAAUCCUUACACAUGGUCAUAGUCACUGCAUUGCUUCAAUACACACACGCUAACUGGACAAAGAGGGUAUCCCUCCCGUCAGCAGAGGUUGAUCUUUGCAGGAGGACGAACCCAUGCUGUCAGCCCUUUUUAAAUAAUGUUAGAUCGAUCGAAAUUUUGCGUGAUCAAUGUCAUUCUUAACGAUCAAUGCCCAUUCCUGGUAUGAAUAGCCUUUGGUGUCUUUUAAUGUUGAAGGGAACUCCCCAGUGUAAAACGUGGAUAUAAAUGGUGGUAAAGCAUAAAUUUACAAACUUCAGUUGUGUCUUUGUUUUAUUUAGGAGUUAAAAAAUGAUCCCAAACUCGGAAUCUCUUUUAGUUAAAUUCUGUUGCAAAAAGAUGUGCUAUGAUGUUCACAACUAUUGACUGGAGUGGACUGAUGGUAUUACAGCCCUUAAAAAUAGCAGCCACAAACAAAAAGAUGAUUGAUACCUUUGAACAGUGAACCAAGGAUGAAUCUAAAUGAUUUGCAGUGAUCAGAUCAAAAUUUUUGUUUGUCCUGCAUACUGCUAAGGGACAAAGUGACCACAAAAUAAAUACAAAUAAGUAGGUGUUAGCAUAGUAUAAGGCAAAAGUGAGAACAUUUUUGCGGCAUAUUUCUGCAAUUAAGCAAAAUUUGAAGGGCCUCACAAGGCUUAAGUCUACAUUAAAUUUUAAAAUUAUUAAAACAGGUAAUUCAAAAUUAAAAGAGAAAAUAAAAAAAAAACAGCAAAAACAAGGCUAACAUGCUAACUGGCAUGCCAACUCUGGCAUAUGGUGCGAGGUGCAGGAUUAGCUAAGCAGUUAAAUCACACACCUCAUGUACAGAAGUUACAGUCGUCAAAAUGGACAGCCCAAGGUUGAUUCUGACACCUGACUGCAUGUCUGCCUCACUCUUUCUUCCCUCUGUUCCGGCCCCCGCCACUGUCCUGUCUCAGAGUGAGUGGGUCAGCUCAUAAAUUUUGUGUUAUUUGACUUGAGAGGUCAGAUUUUGCUUUGGUUUAUCUCCAAGCUCUGACAAAGGGACACAGUAGUGAGUCAAUUUAUUAAUUCUGUGUGACAAUAUGGUAGCGCCCUUCUACUCUCCAAAGAUAAGAUUUUCAUUCUGUUUCUUCCCCAUCUGCUUUGUUUAUCUAAAGAUAAUAAAGGAUAUGUCAUCACCUGUCAGACUAGUGAGUUUCAGAGUACCACAGCUUUUAAAGGGAUUUUGUGCAUCACAUAAUUCUAAACUUUAUUAAAAACAUUAUAAAUCUGGAACAUCGUUUAUGCGCAGACAUGUUAAGGUUGCAUUUCUGCUUUUGUAAUUCCUCAAUCUUGAAGUCGGACAUUUGCUAUAACAUGUACAUGCAGUUUUGAAACUCAGUAUGUUUCUCUGACAUAAAAGCGGCCGGUAUCUCUCCCAUCUAAAAAGAUAAUAUUGGACUUGGAUUCACCUCAUCUGUCGGAGGAAAUAUAAAUUCCCAAGUCCCUUUGUUUGGUGGAGCUCUUGGUCCUGUGAGGGAAAAACUGCUGGCAGCUCUGCUCUGGUAAACAUUAACAGAACUCAGGGGCCCUGAAGAGGGAGUGGGAUGCAGGAUUGCCUGUGGACACAUAUGCCUGUCAUAUAUAUGCAAGCACUCACAUAUGCACACGCAAAAGUUUUAGUCUAAACCAAACUGUCAGCAGAAAAAUCUUUGUCUGUGAGGGGGGGAUUUGAUUGGGAGUUUUUCCAUUUAUCCUGCAGCAAAAGCUCAGAAGCAACCAAAGAUGACUAUCGUAAUAACCAUGCCAAAUACUCCAAUCAAGCAUAGACUUGGCUUUAAUUCAGACAUCACUCAUUGUCUGUCAGAGAUGUUUUUGAGUAAACAAGUUUAAGAACUUUCAUUUGCUCCUCCUUUGUUAAUCAGUGUUUCUCAAGAGUCUCUGACAUGCUCUGCUUAUUUAAGCAUGGAAAAAUAAACCAGUGAGUAAUUUGAGCCCCAGCUAGAGUGUCCUGUCAUGUGUUUGCUGUAUCUGCUAAUUGAGUUCAGAUUACAAAAGAAAUGAUCUCGGUAUAAGAGAAUCUUUUUGUCUUUCUGUUCAAAAUAUGUCUUUUUUAACAGAUGCGAUGUUAGCUGCUGUUUCCGAGCUCUCUGAGGUGACAUUUUGGGGUACUUACGGUUAGAAACGAGCUGUGAAUCUGUAGUAGAUUAUAGUCAAAGAUGCUUUUAUUCGAGGCAGAUGGAGUCCAGAGUUCUUUGUGCUUGAAUUUGCUCAUGUGGAAGUGCACUGGGCUGAAAACGAGACUGUUUUUACUCCAGUUUGCCCCCUCCAUUGCUCUAUUUGCCCCCUACUAUUCAGGCCUCAUGUGUUGUCUAAGUGCAACCAGAGCAAGUUGUUUUCUGUGGCUUUAGAUUGAAAGAUCAAAUAUGUUUGCUAAGUUCAUUGUUAAAAUCCUUUAGUUUUGUUACCCCAGUUAUUUUUCAUGGAAAUGUGUGAAAUGUACAUAUCAUGUUUUAUGUUUUCCCUUAUUCAUAUGAAAUACCACUUGAGCAGUUGAACAAAAAAAAAAAAAAAACGUCCUCCAGAUCAAAAUAAAUCUGUUUUGGUCUUAAAGGGGCUUAAAUAGCAUUGGACUACAUUUCAAAAAGUGUGUUUACACCUGAUGAAUAUUAGUAUUAGGAAAACAGCAACAAAGGAGACUGUGGUGUUUUAGAGAGGAGCAAUUUGUACCUUGAAACCGAACUAUUAGUGGAGUUCCUUUCUGUGUGUGUCUUUCACUUAUUUCAGUCUUUUCUCCUCUCUCUCCCCUUCUGUGUCUAGGUGGAUCUGCUACAACCACACAGCAGGUCCAGAAACCCCAGCCUGCCUCAGAGAACAGCAGUGCGGCCCACAGUAUCGGUAGUACACAAAGCACACCCUGCUCCAGCAGCAGCACAGCAUAGCCCAGGGGGACACCGUGCAACAGAACCGGAGGGGUCUGCAUUCACAGGGACUGGUGUGUUGAUCUCCUUCCAUGAAAGGGAUUAUGCAAUAAAAAGUUUAAAGGUAAUGAAAAUAAUAAUAGUGAUACAGGCACCCUCGGAUCUUUUUUAGAUCCUUUAGGUGACGCUUAAGCUAAGUGCUGUCAUGAUGUUUUUGGUCAAAAAACUUUAAGAUGCAAAUGCAUCUAUACAGGGCUUUUCUUCCUAAUCCAAAUGCUGUUGUUAGAUCCCAUCACAGCCUUUUAUUUUUCACCAUAAAUGGUCUGAUUCAGGCUGUUUAUACCAGGCAGGUGUAGUCAGACAGCAAGGAAAGCAGUAAGGCAGCAGUGAAGUCAGUAUUCGUAAGUGAGAUGUUGAUGGCUGGUUUUACACAUUAUUACUUUGUGACAUGCUAACCUUAAAGGGGCAAAAGAGCGGAGCAACCACUACAAACAUGCGGACAAAAGUGCAGUAUAAAGGCAAGUUCUUUUUUGCAGAGGGAGAGAUGAUGGCUUUGAAAGGAAAGGGCAAUUAUUGAAUGUAUACAGAAGAGUAAAUGCCAAAUAAUGUGACAGAUAAAUGUGAAAAAGAUGUUUAUAAAAGAUGCGUAAUAAUGUAAUCACUUUGCUGAUACUUCCCUGAUAAUGAAAGCAUACACAGAGGUAUGUGCUUUCUACUGCUAUUCAGUAGUUUUAGUAGUAGUUUUCAGUUGACAUGAGUCUGAGACUCAUAGGGACAUUAUGUGUUCCCUUUUUCCGGUGUUUGGUAACAGAAUACUUUAACAAUUUGCCAAAUGUGGUCAAUACUGUUGUGUCUUUAUGCUGAGUCAAAGUCUGACACAUUGGCUGUAAAGAUAGAUGACACCUUUAUAUCUUCACCAGUUGUUAGAAAGUGAAGCCAUAAUACCCCAAACGAUCAGUGCAGACAGAGUGCACUGCUGUAGUCAUGUGAAGUUGGAGUCUGGGAUGUGUGUUUGUUUUUGUUAAGUCUCCUCCCACUUUUCCUUGUUUACUCUGCCAAUCCAGUACACAAGGGGCUGCAGGAGAAGCACUUGUCAACAGACCUGCCAGAUGAGUGACGGCAGUCCUGGUGCUAAAGCCCCUUUUUAAAAAAUUAAAAACCACAGUUAUCACGAAACCAGCACUUAGACAUAAACUGUGCUAGUGAGAUUUUGCGAAUGCAUUUUGAUUGCAUAGUUUGACCCAUGUUCUGUCUGUCAGCGGAGGAGAAGGCAGGUUUUAUGACCUUUACUGUAGCCAGUGGGUGGAGCUAGCGCCAAAUGUUUUGGCUUCACUUCUGCAGAACUGUAUGUCAUUCCUCUUUUCAUUCUGUCUAUGGUUUGGCACAGAGGGUUAAUAGUCUUUGCACAAAGACCUGAAGCAAAGGCAAACAGCGAUCUCAAAAGAAGUAAAAAAAAAAAAAAAAUUGCACAUUUGUAGAACAAAGGGUCCCCCUUACAUCCAUAAAUGUUAUUCGUGAGUGUUUGAAGAAGUUACACCUGCCCCAAAAGCUUUGGACGCAGCAAAGCCAGAAAGUCAUUUCUGAUGCUAGGGUAGUAGCUUUCCAUCAGGCUCUGUCUGGAGCUCAAAACAAGGCUGACACAAAGUUACUAACACAUCUCAAACAGAUUAAUAUGUUAUACUUUCUCAAAUAGAAAUGUUAAAAUGGUAAUUUAGUAAUUGUUGGGUGGAUGAAACUACUUCUCUUAGCUUGCUGUUUCCCUUUGCUUCACAUUUUAAGCUAAGAGAGGCUAAUGUCAUCCAGGCUUUGACUGUAUACUUAGCAUAAAGAAAGAGUGUUAUUAAUCAUCAUUUUUACAUCCAAAAAUACAAUAACAAUAAUGUCCAUUUCUCAAAAAUGUAAAAGUAUUCUGUUAAAAUUUGUAUAUUUUUGUAAGUACUGUAAAUACUGACAAAUGUUAGAAGGCUAAGUCUGGCAAAUUCUGUUUGCAUACUUCUGAUAAAGCCAGUUUUUCCAUAACGUAGUUUAUUAUCUUGUUUUCAGAAGUUGUAAAAGAAGAACAGAAGUCUCAAAUGAGGACUUAAAUGCAAAAUGAUGGAUUAAUAUUGUUAAUACAAGUUUUGGAUCUGUGUGUUCUCCUGCAGUUCAAAGUUAAUUCUAGUAAGUUAUAUAAAACAUGCAGAGAUCAUCAUGCAGAGACACUUUCACAAUUGUUUAAGUUUGAUUGGUCUUCUAAUAGGAUCAGAGUUCGGCAGGAUCUGUUACACUCUAUCGUUAGCUGUUAAGUGUUUUUUUUUUUUUUAUUCAUGCUCAUUUUGUAUAAAUCUUGGCACUGAGAGUGUUAAUAAGCUGUAGCUGGAGCUCACUAUUCUGAUAUUGGUAUAUCGUCAUGUUAACUUUAAACUGCAACACCACAACUACCCCACCGUCUCAGAAUAAUAUGAAUGUUUGCUGUCGUGCUUUCCUCUCACCUGUAUAUGUUUUAGCAGACUGUUUGUGGGCCCUUUGAGUUUCCCCUGUCAGAAUUCAACGGUGAGAAAAACAGAAUGUUUGAUAUCUCAACUUUUGAUUCUUUUUUGUAAACAUGUAUAAAUCUUUCUACAGAGGGAACAGAGUAUAAAUACAUAUAUAUAUUUGUGUAUAGAAUUAUAUUUUGGAAUAUAUUUACUAAGAGAAUUUAUUGUCCUGUGUGUGAAAGUACUGUGAAUUUUUAUGGAUGUGCUCAUUCUUUAUACAUGAUUAUUUCAGAUUUAUGUACUAUAUUCAUGCAAGCCUUAUAAUGUGUUUUAUGACACUUUGACUGCGGUGAAACAUUUAUAUUUUUGUAAUGCAGAAUUAUUCAGCUGCUCCAGUAGAAUCGCAGCAUGAGCCUGUUUUUGUGAUUAAAAAAGUAAGGAGUGAAAAUGGAGUGAACAUUUAGUCAUAAUCAAAAAGCUGCACUGACGUGAAUUUGCUUUAUAAUACACUUUUAUAUUCUAGUCUCUAAUUCAGUGAUUUUCAACCUGUGUGCCAUGAGAGAUCGUCAGGUGUGCUAUGGGAAAUUAUCCAAUUUGCAAAUAAUAUGCCAUUGUUGAGUGUCCGUGCAGUAAUAAAGUGAGCGUCAAGCAGUACUCUUUUAUGUCACUGGGUGGAAGCAGAAGGUUAAUUGCCUGUAAAAAAACUGAAAACAGGGAGAGGCUGGGAGCUGUUGAGGAAGAGCUUAGUGUGUGUCUUUCUUACAUUCCUGCAAGGAUGUCAGCUAUGUGUUCAUCUAAACCAGGGCUCACACUCAGUGAGUAUUAGUAAAUUUAGAAACUAUAUAGCAGGGAUGCACCAAAAAUUCGGCUUCCGAAAAUGGCGAAAAAGUGCUUUUUCGUUUUAAGCUGAAACACUUUUUUUCACCAAAACAACACGGCUGAAACAGAUGUGAUGAAGCAAGCAAAAAACGCGACCAGUACGCGCUUGUCUGGAUAAGAGCCAAAAUUUCUGCGGUGUAUUGCUAUGUAUCUGAGAACUACCAAUAGCGAUCGGCAUAGCAUGAAAUGCAAAAAUUUCAAGAGGGGGUGCAUCUGCAAAGAGUUGCUUCACACUGGGUUUAAUUUAUCACCUGAUAUCCAAACAUCCCAAUCACCAUUCAGAAUAUGAGAUGAUCGUCACGGAACAGGAAAAUCCCUCUGAGCACACCCACUCUGUCUGCGGCAGAUGUUGCAGCCGAUUACAAGUUUUACUUCUUCUCACUUUUAUUGAUAGAUUUAACAGAAAUCAACACUGCAGACUCAUGCUCAGCUCCCACCCUUGGCUGCUUGAAAGUAAACAUUGUAACACUACUUCUUCUAGCCGCGUCUCUACCGCUCACAACGGGCGCCAUCUAAAGGUGUAAACCACUCAGAACAUGCAGCAACAUGCUGACUCAAAAACUCAAAAGUCACAUUGCAGUUGCAUAAAUUAAUAUUAAAUUAAUAUUUAACAUUAAUUAAUAUUGAUUUAUACAAUUGCAAUGCCUUGAUUUUAGUAAGAUUAGAACAAAGUCAUAACCAUAAAUGCAAUAGUACUAAUACUUGGUGUACUAAUUUCCUUCGGUUUUUGGCUUUGGCUUCCUCAUUUUCAGUUUUGGCCAAGAAUAUUCAUUUCAGUGUAUCACUACAUUCUAUAAUAUAUACUGUGUAAGGCUAUAAAGUGUCAUUUUGGUUGGUGGUGUGCCCCAGGAUUUUGUCAAUGUAAAAAAUGUGCCGUGGCUUCAAAAAGGUUGAAAAACACUGCUGCAAUUCUGUGUCAUAAAACAUGUUCUGAGUUUGUCAGGAAUAUUUUAUAUAAAUGCUUCUCAAAUUGAACAAAUUGCCUUUUUUUGUAAUGGCGUACAACUUCACAUAUUCAAACCAUAUUAAAAUUUUGAUUUUUUUUCCCUGUUGCAAAUUCAGUACUGUUUUGCAUGAAUAGUACAUUUUGCAAGAUAUUAAGUAUUUUUGAAGGAAGUACAUACAUUGGAUGAAAUAUUAACUUUUAAUUAAUUUUACAACACUUAUAGUGAAAAAAACUAUUUGAGGAAAUGCUGUGGCAGUGAAUAUAAAUCUAUAUUUAUAACAUAAUGUUACUGUUAAUGGAAACUACCAGCAGUGCUGAAGAGACACUUGGCUGGUGGAGAUAACCAGUUACAUAUAUGGGGGACUACACCACAAAGUUAGAAAGCUUAUCCAGGUCUUUCCGGCCUUAACUGUAGAAUGCAAAGCUGUGCAGUUCUGCAGGAUAGCCGGACAAUCAUGGACAUAGUUUCUGUAAUGUGAUUGCGUUGGGUGGCGUUAACCUGACUCUAACCCUCCAGUGUUAAAAUACAAAUCCAAUUCAGAAGUGGUUAAAACUGCAGUUCCUUCAGUGCCCACUGGGGGCUGGCUGCGAAAGACCUGUAAGCCCCAUUAAUUACCAUUUAAAAAAAAAAAAAAAAAAGGUUUAGAGCAAAAUUAAACACAUUCACAUUUUUUUCUGCAUAUUCAGAUGCGUUGUCGAAUUGACUUUUUGCAAACGUUAUAUAACUGUUUGAUAAGAGUCCACUUUUUGGACAGUUUUUAGGCUAACCAACAAUUGGGUUAUGUUAGCAUAUCCAAUUUUGCUAGCAACCUUGGAUUUGCUCCAGAACUCCCCCUCAGAAGCCAAGGACCAUGAGUCCUCCCAUUCCACACAAGCCGGUUACGAUUGUGUCAUCAAACAAAAACCCAGAUAACGAACUUGUUUGGGUACUUCUGUUGUCACAACAGUUACAACACCCCCUCAAAGUAAUGACAAAAUCAAAUCAAGGCAAAAACCUCGGAUGGCAGCAGUCCAUGAAAAUGAAAGGAGAGUAUACUGUAUAAUGAUGUGUGUAUUCAGUUACAAUGGAGGUGGAGCAAAUCCAGCCAUCUUAUUUCAUUUCUGGAAACUAAACUGUUUUCAAUAAUACUUGAGAAAUGAUUUUUAUUGAGUUGCAGUGGAACCACUCGCUCUUAGAACAACAUUUAAACUUGUUUGUUUUAUCAGGCCUGCUGCCAGGAGCAUCCGUGCCAAAAACCCUGCUGAAUCCUUUAUUCAGUAAAGCUCACAGUAAAUAUACAGCAGUGAUAGAUAGUGCUCUGCUGCUGUUAUCAUGCUGUGUUAUUGUGAACAACAACACUGCAUCCCUCUGUACACAGAAAGUACUUAGUGAGGGAUCUGUGUUUCACCAAGUUGAAAUCUUCAGCCUAUAAUCAGCGGUCAUUGUGGGAUUAAGGCUCUCUGACGUUUCUGUAGUUUUGAGGUUUCUCUUAUCGACUGUGGUGAAUCCAUCUCCCAUAUGUAAUUAUCUCCUCCACCCCCUCGUGUCAAGUUAUGCUCUGGAUCUAAUCUUCUUAUUUGAGAUAAUUGAGGGAUAUUCUCUAACUCAAAUUAACAUUACAGUCCAUGAGAGUUGCUUUGCUAACAUUCCUCUCUGCUUUUUGCCUCAGUGCAUGCUCGGAAAGGCUCCACUCCUUCCUCUGUAAAAAUAAUAUGAAAUAAUCUUGCUGUAUGACACAAAAGGAGCAUUAUCAAAGGUCUGUGUGUGGUUUUUGUGAUCUGAAAACAGCUGUAAUCUGAGCACAGUCCAUAUAUUUUAGAUAUUGAUUGUAUCGUUUUAACCAUUUGACUACCUCAUGUUGUUAUAUGAAUGUGUAAUUUGUGUAUUAAGUGUGUACUUAGUGUGAAAGUGUUUUCAUUGCCAGUGUUUGAGCUCAAUGGUCAUUACAGAUUACACUGCAGAUGGAUGAAUUUUUGCCCCCCAUUGUUGCAGUCUCUCUUUUUUUAAUCUCAAAAUCAAUCAAUGAAGAUUUUUAGCUUCACCGUGAUGCCAAGAUUGCCUUAUUUGGGCAUUUUGUAAAUGUGUAAAACCUUUUUAUCCUCUUAUGAAAUUUUUACUCUGUUGUUGAAUCUUUGAUAUAUGCUGUAAAUAUGCAUGAUAUGUGUAUACCUAUUAUGUCCAAUAAAUUCUCAUACUAUUUUACAUCUUACACUUAUUUAUUGUUGAUUUCUGUGGCACUCUGGGUGGGGAGCGUGUGUGUGUGUGUGUGUGUUUGUGUGUGUGUGUGCACCUCUUGUAUGGAUCUGGUUGAGUACAAUGAGCUGUAAUAACGAUGUGUUAGGUUUGGCUCUGCAGUGAAGUCAUGACUCGUCUCUAGUGAGCUCAUAGCAUGAUAUGGACCAUGUGGACCUCUGCUUGGAGGUUUUUUUUUCUCAAUGAGAUGUGUGCAAUGCAUGGGUCCAUACCCCCCCCAACACACACACACACACACACACACACACACACACACACACACACACACACACACACACACACACACACACACUGCCUUUGUGCAGUCUUUUCUUUUGAUUAGAGCUCCUUGGAGACCAGCUGUAUACAGUAUGAGCCAGACUAGUUUUGAUUUUGAAGUCUCUGUGAUUAUGGCACUAUAGAAAAGAAAAGCAAGUUCUUAUAUGCAAGUGAAGAUCAAAUAGUCAACAAGUGGCAGAUCCUGACCCCCAUUUAAAUCCACUAAAUUGUGAACUUGUAUGGCAGCAAUAUGAACUGUAAGGUCGUAUGUACAGCAUAAAGGGAACUAGAGUAUUGAUCUGUUUUAUUCAAAAUUUGUCAUUUUAAGCUUCUGUGAAGAACACUUGGUGCCCCCUGUGAACAAAGAGAUAUCUCUUAUUAUUUUGUUUGUUUUGUUGUCUUGUACACGUGUAAGAAGUGUAACUUGAUAAAAAAUCACAUUCCAUUGUCUUUUACACAGGAAUUUUUGGCUGGUUAUAGAGCUGACUGAAAUGGAUGUGUUUUUAUGACUUACAAAAGUAAAUGAAAAAAAUUUGUGGCUUUAUCUACAGUAGUCCAUCUGCAUUAACAAAUCAGUGCUAUAAUGUACUUGUUGUAAUGUGCUAGAUGAUAUAUUUACUGGAAUAGAAAAAUGCAUAAAAUGAAAACCUAAAGAAGCCAGUUUUAUCAACAGCCAUUUUAUCAACAAGGUUCAAACUCAAACUAGUAAGUGAAAUCAAUGAGUGUAAUCAGCCUAGAAGGGGAGUGAGACUAAAACCAGACACAGAAAGAGCAAGAAAGACAGUAAAACUGAAAAACACUAAAGACCAUUGACACACAAGAGGGAACGCACAAGAAAUUUGAAGAAUAAUACAGAAAAAUGUUACUGCCAGGAAAACACAAAACCAGGGAAACUGAUGAUGAUUUUUUUUUUUAAAUAGAAGAAACAAAAAGGGAAAGGCUGAGAAACACAAAACUAUAAAAAAUACAGAUUUAAACAAAACUCAUUGAUCCUUACGUAGACCUAUUAAAUACAAGCUAUAAAUGAAAGUGCUUCAUUACGCUGGUUAUCAAGUGCUUAUGUCAACCUUAAUGUGACCAACCAUCCCUCGAAAACUUCAGAUUGUCAACCUCACAGCAACAUAAACCCUUUCUUUAUUUUAGUCUACAAAAUAUUUUUUUUUCCUUCCAGAUUUGAAUAAGCGCUGAAGUGAAACCCAAAUCUUGAAUAUCACAAAUGGAUUUUUUCCUUGUCAUGCCACAUGAUCCAAAGUUUUAAGGCCUCUGUCAUGUUACAUCUGUGUCUAUUUUUUCCUCAGACUGUCCCCCCAGAGGAGCCAUAAUGCUCGAUACUCCUCUCCAACCGAUGACUAAUUUAUUAAAUUCCUAAACAAAAUGUUCAUCGAACCAGAAUCCAGACUGUGAUGUCAUUAUUCUCAUUUCCAGCUCUGCUCCUCUGGGUACCUGGAACACACGUUUGUUGUUUGGCCUCUACGCUGUGCAGCUAAUGUGUUCAGACACUGAUUGCAUUCGCCCCAGACAAUAGUCCAUGACAAACUCUGGGUUAAAUUAAAAGAGGUUUUUUUUGCUGUUGUUUUUUUAUUUCCUAAACAAUGGAGUCGGGGAGGCCGGACUAAUUCAGAGCAGACCUUUGCUCCUAAACAUGAUGACUUAAAUUAAGUAAAGUGAGAUGUUUUGGAGCGUUUGGCAGGUUUACAGAAUCAGAGGGGGAUGAGAGCAGAUUAACAGGGUCUGUGGAUCUCCCCCUCACGGCACCUCUUCCUGUCCCAUGGCACUAAACUGUAAUGUGGUUGGAAGGGAGACAACACGUCCUGCAGUGAAAUGAGCCAGACACAGUGAUGUUUAUUUACAGGACAGCACAAAGGAAAGAUUACAAAUGUGGUAAUGAUUUGCAAGGACAUCUCCUAAAAGUGUGUGAAUUAUGUGUAAUGUACUUUCCGCUCAAACUGAUGACACAUUAUGAACUUUAUCUCCCAUCAGGCUGAUUGUAAGUAUUAGGUACUAUACCUGCUACAAAAGAGUGUAACCUGCGACUGAACUCAGGAUUCAUGACACUGUUGGUCGACUAUCACUGGAGGCUGAGCUGCAGCUUGAAUGGACAUUACGUUCUCCUGUUUGAAUCAUCAGCACAAAGAUAAACUGCUGCAUCAGAAAACAUCUGCUGCUUUGAUCAAAAGUUAAAGGUAAAAGUCUGCAGUGAGCUAAUUUUGUUGGAUUGGGUCUGAUUUGCACGAGAAGUGUCCAGUUUAAGUGAGAAACAACUCAUUCAGCCCACUACUUUGGUAGCAAACAUCCAAUCACAAAGACUGAGAGCCGUAAAAAAGAGUGACGGGUCCUACUAAUUCACAGGAUAUGAUUAUGAAUACUGAAGACAGAUUAAAGACAGAUUUUAUAUUGUUUGCACAAAAGUAAAAUGACUUAUCUGCAAUCAAAUAUUCCAUUUCUCUAAAGCUACUGAUUCAUCGUGUGACUCUGGCCUGUGGCGCAAGAAUCGAGUGCCUCUGACUGACUUGUAAAAUUUACUUUUAUUCAAUUCAAAUAAGAGUCCGUCUUGGUACACAGGAAAAUGUACCCCAAACAUAAUUUAAACCACCACCCAGUUGUGGCACACUCCAAGACCUAUGACCUAAGGCAUAAAGGCAUGUUCUGACCUAAGAUAUGCAGUCUGCCUCAGCUCUCAGCUCUCUUUGCCUGUUUGCGUAUUGAACAAGGGUUGAUUGAGUAAAAAUUUCUAACAUGUCAGCCAUCAUUUUUGGGCUUCAUUAUGUCUCUUCAGGUUCCAUCACUGAGAUUAUGUUUACUGUUUUGUCUCCUGGCAAGUAUAAAUCAAGGUGUAGAUGUUGAACUGAUGCUGAAGUUUUUAGCCAAAAUCGUGUUACCUGUGUCAUUUUCAAGAGCUUUUCUUCUGCAGAGCUCCAGUAGCUCAUUAGCAAUUCGCCUCUGAGUCGUGGGCGGAGACAGCGCUGCUCUUCACCCUCCUCU